AUGAUGUGCCUGGAGAGCGACGGCUCGUCGAGCGGCGGCCCGCCGGGCUGCAGCGGGCGCCUCCGGGUCUCGGCCGCGGCCGGCGCGGGCGACGACGACGAGGAGGACGACGGAGGAGGAGGAGGAAGCAGCGGCGACCGCGGCUGCUGCGGGCGGAGCGGCGAGGUGCAGACCCUGUCGGGCGCCGUCCACGCGCCCCAGGGCGGCGCCGACAAGGCAGCGGCGGCGGCGGCGGGCGCCGCGCCUCCCAGCCUGGGCAGAGCGCGCGUGGCGGCCGCCGCCAUCCUCAGCGUGGGGAACGUCCUCAACUACCUGGACAGGUACACCGUGGCAGGUGAGGCGGCGCUUCGGGAGAUCCCUGGCAGGCGGGCCGAGAAGGGGCUCUCUGCCCCCGAGGGGGGAAAACCCACGCGCGCUCCCCCUUCUCUACCUUCUCCCUCCAUUCAUUCAUUCAUUCUCUCUCUCCAUCUGAUCUUUUCCUUCGGUCGCUUUCUCUCUCUUUUGACUCCCUCCUCUUCUCCCCUGUUCUCAUUUCUUCUUUUCCCAUUUAUUCGCCUUCUUUCCUUCCCUGUUUCUCCAUCCUGCGCUUCCCUCCCCCCACGCCCUCUUUCUUAUUUCCCUCCUCGUCUAAAUUUUUCUCCUUCCCUUUUUCUUCCGUUUAUAUCCUUUUCUUCCUCCUGUUCCACCCAUUCAUUCGCUUCCUCUUCCCUCUCUCUCUUUCCCCCCUUCCUCCCCAUCUCCAGCCUUUCUCUUCUUCCUCUGUUCUUCUCCUUUUCCUCUUUCCUAUUCCCUUCCUCUCCCCGUCUCUCUUUUCCCCAUCCUCUUCCCCAUCCGUCCCCAGCGAUCUGCUCGCCCUCCUUCCAUCUGCGCCUCUCUCUCUCUCUCUCUCUCUCUGCCGCAUGCUGUUUAGCUGUCCUAUUGGAAUAAAAGCAGCUCUCUGGUUUGCCAUGGGGAUGUGCAUACAAAAGGCUGAGCAGAGCUGCGGGGCGGGCGGUGAGGGGCGCCCACCGCUAGGCACCUUGGAAAAGCAGGGGUCCUCUCCUGGAUUUCGGUAUGCUGGAGGUGGCCGGUGCCAUUGGCAUGGAUGGAUAGAUGGAUGGAUGUUUUGGUCCGCAUCUCUCCGCUGCAAACAUGCUUCGCAUACCCAGAAGGAAUCCAUUGUGGUGGUUUGACAGGCUUCGCUGUUUUCGCUGGCUUGGUGUGAGAAUUUGAAGCCUUUCUCUUAAUUCCAGGCAGGUCAGCUGGAGGUGGUUUCAGAGCUAGGCUUAUCUCUCUGUGUGUCAUUUAAAAAUGAUAAAGAAUUUAAAACUACUCAGGUCAAUAGAUGCCCACGCUAGACGACCCACUCUCUCUCCUCACACCCAUGUUUACGAUGGCUGAAUUGCAGCGCUUUGGGUUUUAAUAAAUAAAUAAUUCGGGGCCCGUGCAACGUAAUUAACUAAACACUCCUUGUGUGGAGGCUUGCGGCAUUGUCUUCCGCUCUGUCUUUUAAUUGUGCUCCCCAGUAAACGAAGGAAGGUUCUGUUGUCCCUUCCCCUGUUGAAUUUUGCGAUAAAAUAAGUCGUUUGGGGUCCCAGCUCAGAGAUGUUUGCUUCCCAGCCCUGAUUGGGGUCCCGAAAGUAACUCCUCUGUGUGUGCACAUCCCAGAUCCCUGACACUGUGUGUGAGUGUGUGUGGGUGUGUGAUAGAGAGAGAGAGAGAGGGCUGUGAGGGAAAUAUGGGAUGCCUCUCUGCAUUCUGCAUGGAUGACAGGUACAGCUGUUAGACCUGAGAUAAGAUGUACUUUGAAAAUGAAUUGGGUCGGAAGGAUGGUAUUUUCCAGUUAGUUUGGAAAUAUUGUGGUGUGUGUGUGUACUGCCCAAGCAAGUCAUUGUGCGUGCUUGUGUGUGUAUAAUAUAUCCUGGAUUUUCUGGAGCACAAGAAGAGGGCAAUCUUGGCUUCUGUUUCAACACUGCUCUUUGCAGCAGCACAUGGAGAGAUUUGUAGGAGAGCUUUUUUCUUCUGGGCGAGAAAAUGGGCUAUGAUCCCCCCCCCUUUUUUUUUUGCCUGGAGGGGAAAACAUGCUGGAAGGGGAACUGGCAGCCAGCAAGAAUGAGCUGCUGUGUGUUUUCCCUUGAAAUGCUGAAUGCUUUUAAAAUGCUGCAUUUCCAACAGACACAAGUACUGUCCCCAGCUGUGCAAGGUGCCAUGGCUCAGAAUUCAACGCCUCUUUCUUGGAACCAGUUCAGUAGGCAGAACUGAUGGUCCUCAGUCUUGUUCCAUUUUGUAGGAUAUUUUCCUACCUUGCAGGUCUGUUGUGACUGGGGUGAAACGGGACAAGGGAAGCUUGAGUUUCCCCCCAUGUAUGUAAACAAUGGUUGUCUGCCUUUGAAUUCUGCCUUUUUUCCAGGGAGCUGGAAAACAUAUUUAAUCAACACAACAACCCUCUGAGGUAGCUUAAACUAAGAUGUAGGACUAGCUGUAGGACAUUCAUGGUUGAGCAGAGGGAUAUGAAUUUGUGUUUCCCAUAUCCAAAGCCAGUGCUGGCUACUAUGCUAUAUUGCCUCUGUAAUCAUGUUUAGAUAGUGCUUAUAUAAGGCCACAGAGUGUCUUCUGAUUGGGAAAGAGAAUAUGGGGAGGCAGUUUAUAAUUCCUGCUGGGAACUGCUACACACUCAAACAGGGAUGGAAGGACCUGACACUGUCAUUGUUCUCAGUUUCUUAUUUCUUUUUUUUAAAUAAAAAAUAUUUAUUACCUUUUCAACAAUUUAAACACUGCAAAAAAAAAGGAACCAUACAAUACAAUACAAUACAAAACAAUACAAAAACACUACAUAACACUAACACAUUAAACUAACAAAACAAAACAAAAGCAAUUUAAAACACAUCAAACAAUUUCAAUAUCUUAUCUUUCAUUCACUUAUUUCAAACGACCUCCUCACACCUCCCUUUUUGUAUUCCACUUCUGUUAAUUGUUUCAGCAAUUCCUUUCCAUCUUCCUCUGUUUUCUAUCCUAUAAUUAUCUUAACCCAUUCUAACCUUAUUUUUUCCUUUAAUACUAUAUUAAUCUAUUUAUACUUAAUUCCUUAUAACAUUUCUACUAAAGCCAUAUAACUUCAUUCCAAUCAGUUUCUUAUUUCUUUCCUGGUCUUAAAUUCAAUCCUCCACAUUUCUGCAGUAAUUAAUGCUUAAAAAAAGAACAUUCAUGAACAUUCUUCAGCAGUUUGAUUUCCCCCCCUAAUAAGCACAUAUUUGUAUGUAGAUAUUGUUGGACUACAAUUCCCAUCAUCCCUGAGCACUGGUUCUGGUAGCUAUGGAUGAUGGGAGUUGUAGUCCAACAACACCUAGGGGCCCAAGUUUGAGAAAGGCUGGACUAGGACCUGGGAGACCAGGGUUCAAAUGCCUACUCAGCCACGAAGCCCACAGAGAGAGCUGCUUUAUACUAGGUUGGACUGUUUGUCCCUACAGCCUAGUGCUGUUGGCUCCGACUGGCAGCAGCUCCCCAAAGUCUCUGCUAAACUUUCCCUUCACUUCCUGCACAAUCCUCCUUAACUGGAGAUGUCAGGUAUUGAACCUGCAAAGCACGCACUCUGCUACUGAGCCACGUUCUCUCCAUUCUUUAUGUGGGCAGGUUCAGAAAGCUCCUUACUGUGUUUGAAAUUGGACCCAUUUUCUCUACAGAGCUAGCGAGGGGUUCAGAUUAGCUACUGCAGUGUGUGGUGGGGGCCACUGGCUACAGGCAGACUCUCCUGACACAAGUGGUGCUUCCACAGAGUAUACACAACAGGGCAAGGCUUUUAAAAAAUGUAUUUUACCUGCCAGUUUCCCAGAAGCACCUUUCCAGCCACGGGGAGAAAUGAGAGGCGGUAUUUUGGGGGCAGUGGGGGCUUUCGUUUGCCAUAUUUUUUUGGGGGGGGGGAGGGAAACAAAGCUGUUGAAGGUUUUUUUUUAAAAAAAUGAAAUUCACCAAAAUCUGCACUUCCGACAUGGGCUGCUAUUCAUUUUCCCGGACAUGUCAGCUACAAAAGAGGGCCAAAUACCGUCUGUGUCCAGGAAAUUCCAGAUGUAUAGCAACCCUAGUUAUGCUGAGAAGGAAGCAGCAGGGCUCUGUGUUUGAGCAAUGUAUGCAGAAAUUCCCAGGUUCAAUCCCCAACAACUCCAGGUAGGUUUAGGAAAGUGGAUCCUGGAAAUCCACUGCCUGUCAGUGUUGAGGCCGUACUGAUGUCCCAGUGGCAUGGCUCUGUAUAGCUUCCUAUGUCCCUGUGACCACCUCAGGGUGUAUGACAAGACAAAGAGAAGCCUGACUGCUGGAUCAUUGGACCAAUUUCUAGGCCAAAUUCUAGGCCCAUCUAGGCCCACCAUAAGAUACCUCUCCAAGCAACCAUGGCUUCCCCCAAGGAAUUCUGGGAGUUGUGGUUUCUUAAGGAAGCUGAGUGUAGUUUUCUCUCCCAUGUAGCUGCAAUUCCCAGAGCAGUUGAACAACAAUCCCUCUCAGUGCCCAUAACAAACCAUAGCUCCCUCGAUUCUUUGGGGGAAAGCCACAGUUUUCCAAAGUGGUAUCGUAAUGCUCAAAACGUAUGGUGCGAACAUGCUCACAGUCUAGCAUCUUUUCCUCACAAUGACCCACAAGAUGCCUGUGGGAAGCCUGCAAGUCGUAUAGACCUGACUUUUGGGUGGCUGAGGGGAAGGCUCCUAAUUUUUUGACGGUUGUCUAUUUUCCUUAAUUAUUCCCGGGCUAAGGCCCUUUCGAGCUGGCUUACGUAAACAGCUGUAAAAUGCAAUAUGACAUUUCAGUGAAAACCAAACUGCGGAAAAACAGCUCGCAGGCCGGCAGUGACACGCUAUUAUUGUGAGAAAUGGUGUCAGGGACAGCCGGAGUUGUUGGGGGUGGGGAGGGGAAGAAGAGGGAGGGAACUUCCUCCUGGGCUGGAUGGGAAACCAAGCACAUUUUGUAUUCCUAGUGUUUGGUCAAAUCUGCUUACGCCGCAGAAAACCACCGCUGUUCACUCUGGGAGAACACAAACGAGAUCCUUCUUUGCAACCCCACCCUGGUCGCUCACAUCCAUUUUGUCAGGGAAGAGACCCCAGGACGAGGUGGUGGCGAGAGACCUUCUUGAUAGGGUGCGGAGCGAUGGCAGACCACCAUUUUUCAGGAAAUCCAGGAAACGCCUGUGUAAACAAAAGCCUGGGCAAAUGUCAGCUGGCCUUGUGGAAUGGGUGGCUUCCUCAGCCCUAACACAUUCCUUUGUUUGGUCCUUUUUUCUGUUUGGCUUCUGGUUCUGAGGAUGGCUAUAAAGCUGGGGAAGUCCCAAGCCCUCCUUAAUGGGCCAAAAAGCUGGCCAGGACAUCAGAUGCGGGUUGCGGGUGGCAUUACUCAUAGUGGCACAUUCUGGGUAUAGAGAGGCAGGAACUAACUAAGAGGAAAAGUGAUAAGGGCGAUGGUUUCACACUCCCCACCAAACCGUGCUCCAAACUGAGAAACUGCAUCAGAUGAGGAACCAUUGAAAGUGUUUGUGUGUGAUUUGGAGAAGGGAACGAUUAAGGGGAGGAAUGGAAGCUGUUUACAAAUCUAUGAAGAAAGGACAAAUGGAAGAUGGACUAGAUGAGCCAGCGGCCUGAUCCAACAAGGCACUCCUUGUGUGCUCCGUUGCUCCAGAGAUCAGGAUUAGAAAUUGCAGGGUGGGCAGAUUUUGGGGAACCUAGGUAGCUGCUUCAUAGGGACAUAGGUAGACCAUUGCUCUAUCAAGAACAGUAUUGUCUACACUGACUGGAAGCAGCUAUGCAAGAGAGUUCAGGCAGGGACAGUCCCAGUCCUACCUGGAUCUGCCAGGGAUUGGACCUAAAACCUUCUGCUUCCAAAACAGAUGCUCUGCCACUGAGAUGUGGCUCCCAAAUUUCUUAAUUAAUGGUCUGUUUGACUGUGGAACAUACUGCACUGGGAGGUGGUGGGGUCUCCAUCGCUGGAGAUAUUUAAGCAGAAACUAGGUGGACAUCUCUCAGGGAUGCUGGCAGAUACAGAAUUCCUUCACUGAGCCUUGGGUUGGGCUAGGUGACAUUCAAGGAUUCUUGCCACUCUAAAUUUCUAUUACUACUACUACUACUACUACUGCUAUUGUUACUAUUAUUCCAAAGUUUAUUGGGGUUCCUCAGUAACACCAGUAAUUGUGGAUAAGAUUGUGGAUAAUCCUGUACAGUGGUACCUCUGGAUGCGAAUGGGAUCCUUUCCGGAGCCCCGUUCGCAUCCUGAAGCGAAAGCAACCCGCGUCUGCACGUGUGUGGGUUGCGAUUCGCCACUUCUGUGCAUGCGCGUGACGUCAUUUUGAGUGUCUACGCAUGCGCAAGCGGCGAAACCCGGAAGUAACACACUCCUUUACUUCCGGGUCGCCGCGGAGCGCAACCCGAAAACGCUCAACCUGAAGCAUAGUCAACCCGAGGUAUGACUGUAGUGGUUAGAGUGUUGACCUAGGGCCUGGGAGACCAGGGUUCAAAUCCCCACUAGAUCAUGAAGCCCAUUGGGUGACCUUAGGCCGGUCAUGAACUCUCAACCUAAGCUACCUCACAGGGUUGCUGUGAGCAUAAAACAGAGAGAGGGAGAGCCAUGUACCCCACCUUGACCUCCCUGGAGAAAAAUAUGCGAUAUAAAGGGGAUAAAUGAAGCUGACAUGUGCCUUGCUUGCCACUUCUGCUUCCCCUCUCUAAUGUGCAGCUACCUUAGUAUUCAAGGUAUGUUCUCAUUGGGACAGAUGUGCCCAGAACUCCGUGUGACUUGAGUGGGUGCCUUAAAAAUAAUAAUCCACAGGUCACUGAAAUGUGCAGGAUUUUUCAUUGUGGACGUGCUUCUCAAAAGUCAUGGGGCGUGGCUGAGAUGGCAUGUAAAAAAUGAGGACGAGCCUUGAAGCUAGUGCGGCAGAGCACCAGUGUAAUUGAAAUGUAGCUUGCGUACGAAUUCUGGGUUGCUAACUCUGCAAAUGGAAAGGCAGCAGCCCAAGGUAAUGAAAAGAUUAGCUGAGGUUAAUUACUCUGCCUGUGCUAUAUUUGUGCAAAUGUGUUUCCCGCCCCCUCCCCCCCCCCCCCGUCCGGCUCUAAUUUGGAAUCGGUGAUUCAGCAAUCUGGGUGCACAUCCAGCCCCAGACAGGUGCCAGCAAUGUAUGUGUGUGUUUGUGUGCGAAUCAGGUCAUCAGGUGAAAAAUCCGGUUUGUGUCUCAGGGCAGGUGGCAAUUAGCACUACCUGCUCUUUAAUGCAGCCAAAGCAUGGUGUGCUCAUUAAAGAACGCAGCAGCUUUGGAAAUUCGGCCCCGGCCCAGUUGCAAGGGAGGAGCUGGACCCAGAGGGAUAUCCGCAAGGUGACAGAUUUCGGUGUGUGUGUGUGUCAGAGGAUAAGGUGCAGUUUCUGCCUUGGUCACAUCCUUAUGCUUGGCUGCUAAGUCAUAAGCCAAACCUUACGUGCUCAUUUCCUGAUACCUGGUUAGCAAUAUGUGGCUUCUCUGUUGACUUCCGGCUCUGCAGUGAGUAAGCUGUUAAGCUCUUGGUUGGUUUUCUUUGAAAAAACAAACAAAACAAAACUCUUCUGAAGGGGUAGGCAAAUAAAUGCAUAAAUAUUUGUGGUCAUCUCCACCUUCGAGUAUAGCUUGCAAGUUUUUUGUUUAGAAUCUCAGGAAUUCAUUUUUCGAUCCAGCACGGUCCAGUGGUUAAGGUGUUUCACUAGGCCUGGGGAGACCCAGGUUCAAAUGCCCACUCGGUGGAGGAAUGUGGGACCGCCAUGUUCUCAGUCCAGCCUGCCUCACAGGGUUGUUGUGAGGGUAUAGUGUAUGCUGUAGGUUGUGGCGCAGAGAACCAUCUAUAAAAAUAAAAAAAAUAAUGAGUUUUGUUGCCUGGCAUUUUGUCGUCACUGACUCAUUCACUUGCUGAUGGGAAAAAUCAGCUGUAAGACUUCCCCAACAGACAGCUGAAAUUUGGCGUGUGUGUGCAUUUGCUCAAGAGACUAGCUUACCCAGGUGACUCCCAUUGUCUCUGGCUAUGUUGGCUUAAUGUCUAAUGAAGCAGCCCCACGUUCAUAGAAUCACAGAACUGCAGAGUUUUAAGGGACCCUGCGGAUCAUCUGAUCCAACACCCUGCAGUUGCAGGAAUAUGCAGCUGUCCUAUACGGGGAUCGAACCUGCAACUUUGGUAUUAUAAGCACCACACUCUAACUGCAGCUAAGUUAUACAGUAGUGAUUCGCUGCUUUGCAAAUUGGCACUCUGUGACCCUCCAGAGUUUAUGAUGGCAGGCUUUCAAAGUGUCUGAGAGGGUCCAGAACAGACUGUCCGUUGGCCAGGCUGGGUUGUCAACUGACCGGGAUGAAACCUGCACAGCCGGCUCCUCUGCUUUUAAGCAGCAAGUUCAACUUGCAGACAACCACGACGGAAGUUUCUGCAGCCUUCAUCUGCCCCCAAAGGCUUAUUGUGGAAGGAGUUAGCUACCCUCCGUCCGCCUGGAGUUAGGAGUUGGCUUUCUUUUAUUCUGCCUGCACACGUGGCUUUUCCUGGAGAAGAAGAAAAUUGUGUGCCUCUUGUCACUAAGGAAGGGAAGUGGUUGAGGAUAUGAGAGCGAGCUCUGUCAUCGGAGGCAAUUGCAGCGCCACGGUGAGAAUUGUCGGAGCGGCAUUCCAGAGACACCUGUUGGCACGGUGUCCGCCCCUCCUUCAAGAUGACGUUUCCGCAAAAGUCACGUGGAUUCUAGAUUCGGAGGCUUUGGAAUGUUGUUUUGCCUUUGCCUCUGACUCAUCCUUCGCAUCUCCUUUUAGUAACUCUUUGCAUUCUUUCUGAUCUUCGCUUCCUCUUUCCUGAUCUCUCUUUAUGGUUUCUGUAACCACAGGAGAGUUUCCUUCCAAUAUCUUGCAAAGGGGGCUCCUGAUCUCAACACACCUCCAUGCUUGGAGGAAGGGUCACAGCCCAAAUAAAGCAAUUCUGUAAAGGCAGGGCUGUAGCUCAAUUGCAGUGCAUCUUCCUUUGGAUGCAAAAAUCCCCAGAUUCAAUCCUUUGCAUCUCCAGGUAGGGCUGGGAGUGGAAUUCUGGACAGCUGCUGCCAGUUGGUGUAGACACUACUGAGCUAGAUGGACCCACCGGUCUGGCUUGGUUAAGGUAACUUUGUGUGUUCUACUCUGCCUGAUGUAUUGGCUCACAAGGGUGCCAACUUGAAUAAAAUAUGGGGUGUGUGUGUCAGGUGAGCUCUGCCCUGCAUAAUCGAUCACAUGCACACCAUCUGAAUGGCAAUGCCCAUCAACUUUGUGUUGGCCUGCCCCCCUUAAAUAUUUUAUUUAGGGGGUUGAAGGGACCUCGGCCCCUAGAAGUUAGCUCCUAUCGUUCACGCCAGUGUUGGGAACUCAGACAUAUAAACUAGGUGCCAAAAAGCUAGGUUGCCACAACCAAAUGUCUGUUUUGGCCAGGGGGUUGGGCUGGAUGACCCUCGGGGUCCCUUCCAAUGCUAUAAUCCUACGAUUCUAUUAUCUCAGCUUACAUUCCUUGACUGCAGCUUGCUUUUACAACAGUUCACUUGUCCCAGUGUACAAGAAGGAGAAACACACACACACACACACACACACAGUGGAAAUGGAAAUGGCAUUGACUAUGGACAAAGGCAGAGGUUUUAAAACUGCAGUCGCCAACCUGGUGCCUAGGAACCUACACGCAGUCGCAAUGGGACCCGGACCAGUAGCAAAACAUGCCUGGGGAGUUCCUGACACUAGUUCACACAAUCCCCACUGGAUCAGACUUAAGGCUCAUUUAGUCUCAUACUGGCCAGACAGAAGCCUAUGAAAGCCUGAAUGUAGGCUGUGAGCUCAGUUACCCCUCUGCCACUCAGAGGCAGAUUUAGGAGAGCACAACCAGUUCACCCACACUGGGUGCUACUGAGGGUGCCACAACAAUGAUGAUCAGUGGAAGGUGCUGAAAGUUGGCGCUGCAAUUUGAAAGCCCAAAGUCCACCACUGUUCCCACUCAUUCCCCUCAUGUCCUGCCUCUGAGGCUGCAGUUGAUAUAGCAAUCCUGAUUAGCGGCCACUGAUAUCUUCCUCCAAUUUGUCUUAAUUCCCUUUUCAGGCCGUUAGUGGCCGUCUCACUGGCGGCUUCAAAUCCCCCAAGUUAACUAUGAGCUGUUGCGUAAAGAAGUUUGUUGUUUUGUCUGCGAUGUAUCUCCAGCUAUGGAGGCUUCAUGGAACGAACCCAUUGAGUUCUAAGCUUAUGAGAAAGGAGAUAAGCCUCUUGCAGUUAAGGGCAAAGAGUCAACUGUGUUUUACCCUAAGUAGAUCCAUUGGAAUGAACGGACCUCACUCAGUCAUUAAUCAGAACCUGUAGAAUUUAGUGGGAUACUACCCAGAGUCUUUAUUCUGCCUUCUAAAGACAAACUUGUCACUUGCAAGGCAAGAGGAUCUAUUUUUAGGCAGAAUGCUUUCCCUUCCUCUCUUUAGAGUCUGGUUUACCACUGCAAAAUUUGCUUCCAUGUGGCUUUUUUUUAUUAUUAUUUUAUCCAUGCUUCCUAAAUGAGGUCAAGAGAAGCUGCACCAGAACUGAGGUUGCAGCAGAGGACAUUGCAAGACCUCAGCUGCCUCCAUGAAUCGGGGUCAGUCAGAUACAUAUCGCUGAACCUGAGAUGUACACACUCAACACCCCUCUGUUGUCAGGCCUUUUCUCCCUCUGUAACUUCGCUUCCAGAGGCUUCCUUGCAAAGCCAGCCUGUUAGAGCAGAGAUGAUCUGUAUGCAAGGCUUAAGCUGUCCUGUGGUUGAGAUGAUCCUCAGAGGAGAUAUCUCAGUGUAUCUGUGUAACUUUUUCCUCUGGCUCCAGAGUUUGACGAGGUGAAGCAUGCAAAUAUGUUUUGCUCUUGACAUUCUUUUUUUUUAAAAUGCGAUCCCAACGGAUGCAGAUUUUUUAAAAAAUAAUUAGCCUGCUUUUCCAGUCUACAUCCUUCAAGCUAUGAUGGCAAAGUCGGCGUGUGUGUUUGUGUGUGAACCGGGAACUUGGAAGCCUAAAUUGUGAAUACGGUUGAAAGAGUAGACAUUGAUUCAUGUCUUGGGGCUGUAUUAGGUACAGCAUGGGAGAUUUACUUCAAGUUUCCCCCUGUUGCUGGGUUGUUUUAAUCAUUUCUUUCAUUUGAGUGGGUGUCUGUGUGCUUGUGAAGGGGAGGGUUCAGAUUUGAUUAAAGCAGCAACACAGAGAAGGGGGUGUCUCAACGCAUCCCCCAGAGGUCAUCCUUCUGAUCAAAAUCACCAUUUUUCUCAGCUGCAGGAGGGAAUAUGCUAGAUCUGUGAAUCUUUAUACUGAAAGAAAAGCUACCGUGAAAGGGGGCAGUGGUGGAUAUUACUGGCCAGUAGAGAAAGGGUUAAGGGAUGCGGGUGGCGCUGUGGGUUAAACCACAGAGCCUCCGAUCAGAAGGUCGGAGGUUUGAAUCCCUGCGACAGGGUGAGCUCCCAUUGCUCGGUCCCUGCUCCUGUCAACCUAGCAGUUCGAAAGCACGUCAAAGUGCAAGUAGAUAAACAGGUACCGCUCCGGCGGGAAGGUAAACAGCGUUUCCCUGCGCUGCUCUGGUUCGCCAGAAGCAGCUUAGUCAUGCUGGCCACAUGACCCGGAAGCUGUACGCCGGCUCCCUCGGCCAGUAAAGCGAGAUGAGCACCACAACCCCAGAGUCGGCCACGACUGGACCUAAUGGUCAGGGGUCCCUUUACCUUUACCUAGAGAAAGGGUUAAGUGCACACAUGCAAACAGAGGCAGGGCCAGCCUAAUGUACCAUACAGGGCUGGCAUAUGCAAUCCAUUUAUAUGAAAAAACCCUUUAAAUCCCAUGCUUAAAGCACCCCUUCUGCAAGAAUCCUGGGAACUAUAGUUUACCCCUCACAAAGCUACGAUUCUCGCAAAUUGCAGUUUCUAGGAUUCUUUUGGCAAGGAGCAUAGGAGGAGAAGUCUGUGCUUUAAAUGUAUGGCAUGUGCACAGCCUUAUUCUCUUGAGCUUUUGGUGCAUAAUAACAUGAUCUUUUAAUCAUUUCCCCCCCUGGCUAUUUUUCUGCCGGUGGUUCUGCGGCCGUCUGUGUGCUUAGUUUUAAUUUAUUGUGGAUUUCAUUUGACUUUAAAACAAGAAAGGAAUUGUAAGUCACCUUGGAAAGGCAGAGUGUAAGAGUUUUAAAUGAGUGCAAUAUGGCUGGGAUUAGAGAUUUGCAUGAAUUUGAACUGCACAUAAUUUAUUUCGCUGCAGCUGCUCAGGAUUCCUGCUCCGUCUCUGUCUCUACCUCCAGUAGGCUGGCAUUAUUAUGUGACCAGUGAGUAAACACAGUCCUCACUGGGCUGUUUUGGAGUUGCCGCCUCCUGGCCAGGGUUUUAAAAAAACAUUUUUGGGGGUACGACUCCAAACUCUAUGGUUCCCCCGAGCCUGCUGUUGUGAAGAUAGCCUUGGCUUUUAUUUGUCUACAAAAUGAUUGGCACUCGCACGCUGUACUUUGGAAAUAGAAGGAACGUUGCCAAAGAGAAUACAAUUUGUGCUUGGGGACUACUUGUUCAAACACUCUUUCAAAAUCCCACUUAGUUGAUGCUAUUGUUGCUGUGUUGGGUUAUGCAGAGAUGGAUGGCGCUGAGAAUAGGUUGUCAACGGACCAGACUUCCUUGGAAGGCUGUAGAAUUUCCUUCCUGCCUUUUGACUUUUUGGGAUGCUUCGGAAAUGGGAAAUCUUGCUGCUUCUGGACAGGAGAUUGGAGCAAACUUACUGGAGGUGAGGAUAGAGAAGAAAUUCAACUCAAUGCGCAUUUAAAGGCAAACCUACCUGAAUCACACUUUCUGAUGCAAGAUGGGAACUGAAACACAACCAUCCUCUAAAAUGUGCCCUCAUCUUAAUCUUGUAGUGCCAGGUAACAUGCAUAAAAAUUACAGAUAUUAGUGAAAAUAACAUCGACAUGCAUUAUUUUGGAGGAAAUUUCUUUGUGGGAGGGGACUAGCGCCCUUGACAAACUACAGUUCGUAGGAUUCUUUGGUGGGGGAACCAUGAUGGUUCAUAGCGAUAUUGUAUAGGGUUGCCAUAUUUCAAAAAGUAAAAACCAGGGCACCCCCAAAAUAAUUCCCCAAACGCCAAAAGUACUUUUUUCCCGACUGACUUGCCUAAGAUCCAGAACUAAGUGCCGCCUUUUGGAAAUUCCCCAUGGCCAUUAAAUCUGCCUUUUUUAUAUAAUUUUUUAAAAGUUACUUUUAAUGCAGGUACUGCAGAUGACAAGUUGGAGUCUGCCACUUUUAAUAUUAGAAAAAGGAGAAAGUUUGUUUCUUCAGACAGAGUUGGACAGGCAUGUGCACAGAGAAAGAGAGAGAGAGAGAGAAAUGUUUCCUGUAAGACGGCUUCUAUGGAGACAUAUGGAUGCAUCUUUUGAAGCAGGAACGCCUCUGCACAUCCCACGCAGGAACUGUUGCUUUUAAGAUGCAUCCAGUUUAACUGCUUCAUCCUUGGAGAAAAAGAUGGGAAAUAAAUACAAUAAAGAUAUAAAUACCGUAAGAUGUUUUCUCAGAAAUAAGUAAGGUACCCCUGCCCGUACGGGCCAGUCUUGACAGACUCUAGGGUUGUGCACCCAUCUCACUUAAGAGGCCGGGGGCCAGCGCUGUCCGGAGACACUUCCGGGUCACGUGGCCAGCGUGACUAAGCGGCAUCUGGCGAGCCAGCACCAGCGCAGCACACGGAAACGUCGUUUACCUUCCCGCUAUAAAGCGGUACCUAUUUAUCUACUUGCACUUAGGGGUGCUUUCGAACUGCUAGGUGGGCAGGAGCUGGGACCGAAAGACGGGAGCUCACCCCGCCGCGGGGAUUCGAACCGCCGACCAUGCGAUCGGCAAGCCCUAGGCACUGAGGUUUUACCCACAGCGCCACCCGCGUCCCUUCAGAAAUAAGUAGGGAUGGACAAAUUAGAAUUGGUCCGAUCUGGACAUUUGCAAAAUUCCUCCUCUGUCCCUAAAAAAAAAAGUCUCAAUCAAACAGAGUUAGUUCUGGGUUGGUCUUAAUUUUAAGGGGGGAAAUCCAAAAUCCAUAUUCGGAUACUCCCUUUUAUUAGGGCAACUAAAACAUCACAAAAUAGUGUGCAAGCAUUCACGUUCUCUAGAACACUUCACGGGGAAGCUGAGACCUGGGGGCCAAAUGUAUCCCUUAAAGCAGGCAUGGCCAAACUUGGCCCUCCAGCUGUUUUGGGACUAUAACUCCCAUCAUCCCUAGCUAACAGGACCAGUGGUCAGGGAUGAUGGGAACUGUAGUCCUAAAACAGCUGGAGGGUGAAGUUUGGCCAUGCCUGCCUUAAACCAUCUCUAUGUGGCCCUCUGAACUCUCCACAGGCCACGCCCCCUUUCCUCAGGCCACACCCCUCACCAGCAGUGCCUCUUGCCUGGCUGAAAUGUGUCCCUCAACUCCGAUAAUGCAUUUUGCCUAAAGGGGUGGAGGACGGCGAGGAGUGUGCGAGCGUCUGUAGAAACUAUUCUGUUGUACAGAGGUGAAAUUUGAAGUGACAAUUCCCCUCAUAGAGCUACAAUGUCCAGAGUGGUUUAGCAAGCAGUCCAUCUUCCCAGAGAGCUCUGGGAACUGUAGCUCUGUGAGGGGAAUGGGGUGGUGGUGGUCUCCUUACACUCCCAGCAUCCUUAACAAACUACAAUUCCCAGAAUGCUUUGGGGCAGGGAGCCAUUACUGUUUAAAGUAGUCUGAUCCUGUAGUUGGGGCCUCAGACCCUGUGGUGGUUUUGCCACAGAGCGUCUGCUACUUUUGCCAAAUCGUGCAUUGGUUUGCUGGAUCGUCCGGCUUCCUUUCGGUGACAAAGUCCUGUUCACUUAUGCGGAUCUUAGUAUGUAAUGUAUUACUAUUAAACGUCCUGAAAUUCUACCUCGGUGUGCCUGUUUUGUUACUUCACACGCCCCAGAGGCUUGGGGUCAGGCAUGCACACCGUAGCCUUCCAGCUAUGCACAGAGGUUACCUGAGGGUAAGAGCAGAGUGGGAAGUGAAAGGCUCCUGCAAUCUGGGCCUCAGUGAACGAGUUUGCAAAAGAAGGUAUUUUGCAGACGAUUGGGUCCUCUUAUGUGACUGUUUUUAAACUUGAUGUCAGCCAUGGAGUCUCCAGUUUUAGGAAAAUAACAACAACAACAACAACAACAACAAUAAUAAUAAUAAUAAUAAUAAAUUUAUAUCCCGCCCUCCCCAGCCGAAGCUGGGCUCAGAGCGGCUAAAAGCAAUAAAAGUAACACAGCAUUCUAAAAUCAGUAUUCUAAAAUCAACUCAAAAUCAAAUGGCAACCACUGGGCCAGAGUUCUACGAGGAUCGUCAAAGGAGGGGGUAAUAAUAAUAAUAAUAAUAAUAAUAAUAAUAAUAAUAUAAUAAGAGUCCUGCCAGAUCAGCUUGGUGGCAUACCUAGUACAGCAUCCCGUUCUCACAGUAGCCAGCCAGAUACCUCUUCUAGAAAGCCUGCAAGCAUGUGCAGAGUGCAACAACACCCUCUCGCCUCAUGUGGUUUCCAGAAGCUGACAUUCAGAAGCAUUACUGCCUGUGACUGUGGAGGCAGAGCAUAGCCAUCAUGGAGCCUUCACCUCCGUGAAUUUGCCCAGCUCUCUUUUAAUAAAGCCAUCUGAGGUGGAGGCCGUUGAUGCCUCUUGUGGCAGUGAGUUCCAGAGUUCAGCUCUUCUGCACUGCAUGAAGAAGUGCUUUAUUUAUUUUUCUGCCCAGAAUCUUCCAACAUCCUCCUUCAUUGGGUGUACCUGAGUUCCAGUAUUACGAGAGAGGGAGGGAAAGCAUUUCUCUGCCCACUUUUAUCCACACCACAUGGAAUGGAGUCUCGUUUUGAUUGGCGCAUCUGGUUAGUGGGGUGUAGUGGUUAGAGCAGGGGUGUGAGGACUCCGGGCUGCAUGUCUCCCUCCAGGCCUCUCUCUCUGGCCUGUGACACUCUCCCCAGGCUGCAAACUUUGUCUCCCCUGUUCCCUUUUUCAAGGACGCAUGCUGAGCUGGUGGGUGCACUUGAAUUUUGAUAAUCCCGCUUGCUUACCUGGAUGAAGAGAUAUCAUGGGAGGGGGGCAUUGGGGGGGCAUAGCUGGAAUAGAGCCACAUCCAUUGCACUGCCAGCCGCUGGCUUUCUCCUAGGGUGUCGCAGCCCCCAGGCUGAAUAAAAUGUUGCCACCUCCACACUAUGCAUUGAAAGCACAUCUAAUGUUAAAUGGGGGAGCCUGCGAGCCUCUGCAGUGACAUGAAUUUUCAUGCACUUUCCCAAGACUCAAGCCCUCAUUCUUCUCUGCAGCUGAAACGGCUGGCUGACUUUCCCGGAUAAUCUUUCCCAUAAGCAUCUGCUGACGUUUACACCCUGCAGAUGUAACAUUCAUAUUAUUAUUAUUAUGAUGUUUAUUAUGUUUAUUAUUAUUUUCUCUUCCACCAAAGGCUGAACAAGCAGGUUUGCAGCCUUUGGAAGCUCUGGUUCUCACUGCAAUGGAGUGGUAGACAAGUAAUUUAUAUAUAUAAAGCCUCAAGAGAUUAGCUUUCUUUUCAUGUCCAAAUGUGAUGCGGCGGGGUCAUCGUUCACCUGGUUGCCCCAUCCACAUAUAAAACACGGGAGGAUGAGUUCCUUUAUUGUUUACCCAUGGCUCUUGCAACAGAUUCUUGCAGUGUGAAGUUGUCCUGUACAGUGUGCCUGCUAGCCAUGCUAUCUCCAUUCAAUCUCCCAUCCCCCUGGCUUUCUUUAUUAAAAUACAUAUUUAUUUUAUCGAUUUUUAACAGCUGAACAAUCAACAAGAGAGCAUGGGCGGAACAAUAUAUUUCUGUAGGGCUUCCCAUUUCCUCCCCAAAGUAAACAAUCCUUCCCGCUGAGCAUGCUCAGCCUUCAGUGGGCUGUUUCAGCGGGAGGAUAUACUUGUGUCCAAUCCCAGAUACAUCAAAAUAUUGGAUUUCUCAAUUGAUUUCUCUUGGCCCCUUCGUUCAGCCUGUGAGGUAGUCUUGGCCUGCCGUGGUAUCCAACUUGGCUCAUGGGACCAUGCCCCCCCCAACCCCCACUCCUACCAACCCAUCAGCUGGCAUCACUGGGCAGGAGGACAGGGUUUAAUCCUGCAUUGACUACACUGCCUUGUUCCUGCCUCCUGCCCGCUUGAAGGAGAAGCACAGGUGAUUUGAGGGACGUUCCGGUGUGUCUGACAGAAGCACAGAAGACUUCCUUGAAGUGCUUGGCUGCAAAGCACCAUAUGAAACUGCCCCCCACCCAAGUUAAAGGAGGGGGUUAGGUUGCUUCAAAGCGUAGUUGCAGAGCUGUCAAAGGCAUUUUGAAAAGUGGGUGGACCUGCCCAUCAGUCGCAUUUGGUCUGUGAUGUGGAUUGUGAUAGAACUUUGACCUGUGGAGCCAAAAUAUUUCCCUGCCCCUGCCAUAUAAUAUUUUGGGAGUCCAGUCCACGUUUUAAUGCCUUCCAGUUCAUUGGGGCAGAUCUAGUCCAAGUUUUAAAGGCAGGAGCUAAAGGUACUAGACCCUAAGACUGUUGCAGAUUAUAGGGAGGGGGGCGGCUUUUCUGUUGCUUAAUGGAUGUUAUAGUUUGUUCUUGAAUAAUGUACCAUCCUUAAGCUCUGUUUAACUCGCUUGGACUUCUUUUGAGGUAGACGUGUAUCAGAGUGACCAGUAAAUGUGGUCUCAGCGGAACAUUUCUAUGUUUAUUGGAACACUUGUAAAUAUUUUGAGACAUGUCAUUUGGGUCGCAUGUGCUUUGCUAAGAAAUAGUUUAGAUUCUAAGAGAGAACGGAGGCGUCGAAGUCUGUUGGCAUAUUAAUUUAAGCAGACCCAAGCGUUAUCAAUUCAACACACACACUUUCCUUUCCCUGACACUAGGUUAUUAGGAGGAUAAAACGUGUGUGUAGGGAAGAACCAUAUAUUUUGGGGGAAGAUCUAAAUACAAUGAAAAAUAUUAUGAUAUUUAUGUAAUAUGACUUUUAGCAGAACGGUUGCGUGGAUGCAGCCAUUGCCGAUGGGUACAGGAGGGUUGAGUUGCACGCCCUCUUACUCACUUGUAGUAAAGGUACCCCUGCCCGUACGGGCCAGUCGUGUCCAACUCUAGGGUUGCGCGCUCAUCUCGCUCAAUAGGCCGGGAGCCAGCGCUGUCCGGAGACACUUCCGGGUCACGUGGCCAGCGUGACUAAGCGGCAUCUGGCGAGCCAGCACCAGCGCCGCACACGGAAACGCCGUUUACCUUCCCGCUAUAAAGCGGUACCUAUUUAUCUACUUGCACUUAGGGGUGCUUUCGAACUGCUAGGUGGGCAGGAGCUGGGACCGAACGACGGGAGAUCACCCCGCCGUGGGGAUUCGAACCGCCGACGUUGCGAUCAGCAAGUCCUAGGCACUGAGGUUUUACCCACAGCGCCACCCACGUCCCUCACCUGUAGUAUGGGCCCUUAAUAAACUACACUCUUACCUCUGGGGUCAGCGUUAUGUUGGUUAGACAGAGUAAAAAACUGUAACCAAAAGCUUUUAAGAUGGAGUCUCGCUCUUCAGGAUUUUGAUUUUGACAUAGUUCAUAUAAAAAGGAUGUGCUAACAAAGUUGCUGGCUGUUUAUCUAGAAUCUAUGUGGAUUAUGAGGAUUAAAAUCAAUUUUAAAUAGUGUAUUUUAGUCUUGCAGUACGCAUUAUGGAUAUUUUUUCAUGUAUAUUUCCUGUUUUUAAUUUAUUUGCUUGGUUAUUGUUGGUUGUAGAAUGGUUAUACUAAAUAUAUACCAACUUGGAAGUCAAACGCCUUGCAAGUUGAACGUUUUGGCUCCCGAACGCCGCAAACCUGGAAGUGAGUGUUCCGGAUUGCAAACGUUCUUUGGAACCCAAACGUCCGACGCAGCUUCCGAUUGGCUGCAGGAGCUUCCUGCAGCCAAUCGGAAGCUGCGCCUUGGUUUCUGAACGUUUUGGAAGUCGAACAGACUUCCGGAAUGGAUUCCGCUUGACUUCUGAGGUACGGCUGUCCAUUGUAUGUAUGUGGUCCAGGUCUACUUGAAGAUUAAGCGUCAGUCUGAACUACGAAAGGCUUCUUUGGGUCAGGUGCCAAUAACAAUUGAAACUGCAGUAAAGCUUUUUUUAAGGCAUUCAAAGCAUUUUGACAGAUAUCAUUCCAUGCGCUCAGGUGUAAAGGCUUGCCAUGGUUUGAGAGCCCUGGUUUCGUGAGAGAAGGCAGGACAGUGCUGUUAGUUCACUGUUCUGACGUCAGUAAAGUCAUCCUCACCCCUCAGAAUAGCCCCAGCCAUCUCAUUAGAAAGCGGCUUCUGAUUACACCGGCGCAGCUGAAAUCCUGGAAAUAGAAUCUGUUUGCCUCGUGGCUCCCUCGUGUUAGCUGUCAAAAGAGGCGGGAGCAGGCCUGUGUGACUUUUGCCUUUGGCUCAGGCCAAAAAACCCGCUUCUAUUUUUGAAAAAGGACCAGAGGGGUAAAGGAGGGGGAGGGUAACAGCUCGGAAAGAAUGCUUUUUUUUAUUUUAGGCUGGUUUUUUCCCUCUCUCAAAGGGAGUCAUGGUAGGUUAUAAGAGUAUGCUGUAAUUACACCCAUUCUUUACGAUGACAUCCGCGGCGUAUUAAUGUAUAUAAUUUAGAAGAUAUAAUUUAGAUUCUACUGCAGUGUUGUAACAGUUUUAACGGGAGGAUGCAGGGCAGGACAUGCUGUGACUAAGCAAUGGUCUUGCUUUUCAAAGCUGGCUCCAGGGUGUUGUGAUUUUUUUGAGGGGGGGAACACAUGCAAAGCAGCCCUGAUGAGUCCCCUCUCAAUGUGGAAGAUCUGGGACUUGCAAAAAGAGAGUUCUCCAAAGCUGCAUCCGAACAUCUUGGUUUCUCUGUGCAAAGGGGAAAUGGCAGCGCUGUUAGGCCCCUCUGCUGGUGGGGGCAAAUGCCCCCCUCUGGAAAACACCCUAUUGCUUUUUGAAAAAAAGUGAUGCUCCAGAGAUGGGAAAGAGUUGUCAGAUGUUCCCCACACAAUGCCUUGAUACUGAGCAUUACACACAAACAACUGGGCUUUUUUCCUACUGUGUUCUACCUCUUAAACACAUUUCCCCCCCUCCUGUGUAGUGUAGAGUCUGCACUGUGAAUAGAGAAGUUGCUUGUAGGAAUCUUCCCUCUCCCAAAGAGCAGCCCGUUGGUCUCACGGGGGGCGUUCCUCCUUCGCCUUGACUCUCCUGCCUCUUACCCUCCAACCUACCGCAGAGGAAAACGGUAUGAGAGUGUUUUGGGACUGCACUGUUGCAGGAGCCAAAAGGGGGCAUCCUGGGAUCACAGAAGAUGGCUUCUGUCGUUCCGGUAUGUCCCACUUAAAGCAGGAAGGCUGAGUGGUAUGCUAUCUGCAGAAAGGACACAGUGAUACUGGCCUGCCUUACGAGUGGUCAUAAAGAUCACAGGGGAAAUAUGCAAGAGGGAUAAGCAAUCUGGAUCCAGCAGGUAGACAUGUCCCCUCAGAGAUUUUGCCUGGGGCCCACAGUCUCCCACCUCCUCAAAUUAGACCUGAGACUAGGGCCUCAUCCUCACAUUUGAGGCAGUAUCAUAUCACUGUAAACAUUCAUGGCUUCCGGCAAAGAAUCCUGGGAGCUGUGGCUUGUUAAUGACGCUGAGAGUUAUUGGGGAGACCCUUAUUUCCCUCACAAAGCUGCAGUUCCCAGAAAGAGGGAUCAAACAUUAAACCACUCUGAAAAUUGUAGCUCUGUGGGGGUAAUAAAGGUCUCCUCACAACCUUCAGCACCCUUAACAAACCACAGCUCCCAGGAUUCUUUGCCAGAAGCCAUCAUGGUUUAAAGUGGUAUGAUGCUGCUUUAAAUUUAUAGCGCAGACAAAGUCUAGCGUUCUGUUGUAGACAUAGUUUGUUCUUGGUUACACAAUCGGGGUAUGGUUCCCACAGCAGUUUUCUCACUUGCAGAUGUAUACCCUCCAACACCUUGAAGCAAAAAUCUGGGAUGCUGUCUUCCUGGACGCCGUGAUCUCGCGUGAUUUCGCACUGUAAUUCCCCCCAAAGUGAUUUUUUUUCCAGGCAUGGCACCCAAAAACAUGAGUUCAUGGCCCGUUUUUUUCAAGGGAAACUUUUGUGAGAUCACAGCAACCCAAAUGGCCGCUGAUCUCUCGCAGUAAAAAAUGGGAUGGCCACCUCUGACAUUCACAAAGCACUUUUGAACAUUGACCUAAUUUGUUACGGGUUGGAGCGGGGCUUUCCAAACUGGCAGACUUCCCCGCUUUUUUUUUUUUUGGAAAGCUUCCCUAGAUAAGAAUUCUGACAGACUGACUGCCAUUGUUUGAGACAAACCUACAUUGAACUAGGCUAGCCUUCCUUCAUCUGAUUCCAUGGGGCUGUAGCUCAUUCGUGACCAAUGAGCUUGCUGGCUGGGGCUGGUGGUGUUGUGGUGCUAAACACAUGGGGAAAUUUUAACAACCCGGUCCAAAGGACAUGGAACCCAGUGGAACUGUGUGGACAUUUCCUUUGAAGAUGAUGUGUAGCUUAGCAACUGUGCAACCCAGCGCGCAAGGAAGGUUUUAGCGAGAAAUUUCAGAGAAGUAACUUUUUAAACCAAUCUUGUUGCUCUCAAGGUGGAAAAAAACUACAGAAAAUUAUUCAGCUUCCCCUUCCCACCCCCACCCCCGCUACCCUCCCUCUCUGGUGUGUCAUGGGAUCUCCUUUUAAGAAGUGAGGCUAGCAUCUUGCAAAUGGGUGCGCGGAACAGCCCUCUGUUUUUGUACUGCAAAUUACCGAAUCCAAUUGCCAAGCUGCUGUUUGCCCGGUGCCCCCUGUAAUUUAGCUGUGGCUCUGUUGCUCGAAGUUUUCGGCCUGUUGACAAUUAAGUGGAUGAGCUCGCCACAAGAUUAUGACUUGGGCUUGCCUCUCGCUGGUGGUGUGUGUUUUUGUAAGAUAGUAGCUCUCAAGUUGCUCUGACUUAAAUAGCCUUCAGGCCCCGACGAGGGUGCCUGUUGCAUAAAUGCACCUUCCCACGCAGGAAGUUGUGCUCUGAAAUCCUUGAAAGCAUUGCUUUUAGGGGGAAAGAGCUCCUCCUAAAAUCUAGAGAGGUCCAGGGGAUGGUAUAAGCUCUGUGGAGACUAGGCACGGUGCUCUUUCUUGCCAUUCUGCACAGUGCUUCACAAAAUAUUUGGUGCUCAUAUGCAUAACUUAGCAAUGUAAAUUCCUUUUUUUCUUUCCUUAAACUUUAUUAUUCAUGUAAAAAUUUACAAAUGCAUUCAGAAGAAAAACUCCCUUAAAAAAAAAAAAAAUUUCAACUUUAAAAAACCCUAUAUUUAAGCAAGCUUCUGCUCCUGAAUGCCAGGAAGACUUCCUAUCAGGAUGAGGGAAUAUGGAAAGCUGCUUUAUAUCGACUCAGAUCAUGUGGCCAAAUUUAAUAUUGUUUACAGUGAACUGGCUGGCAGCAACUCUCCAGAGUUUUGAAGGACUUUCUCAGCCCUACCUGAAGCUGCAGGAAUUGGACCUGAGACCUUCUGAACACACAUGUUCUACUGCCAGAGGCGGGGAUCCUUUGGCCCUCUGUAUGUUGCUAGACUAUAACGUCCAUCAUUCUUCACUAUUGGCCACAGAUUCCCCAUCCUGACUCUACCAUCAUGGGAACAAAUUCCACGAUGUAUUUAAAACAUACACUUUUCUGCGGUCUACCCUGACUCUUCUGCACAUCAGUUUCAUACCUGCCAACUGUCCUGCUUUCAGCAGGACAUCCUUGAUUUACAAAAGCCACCCUGGCUUCUGUUAGAAAUCCCGGGUGUCUCGCUUCCUCUGCUGCCGCUGCAGUGAGGCCAAGACCUCCAGCGCCACGGUGAAGGCUCUUGCUCUGCGAGGCCUCUGCCGAAGCCACUGACAUACUUCAGGAAGCUGGUGCCGGCUUCUGGAAGUCCGUCUGCAGCCAUGGCAGGCCUCGGAGGAAGCCUUGCAGUGGACAAGGCUUUGCCUCAGCGGCGGAGGCUUCAACCUCACAGCAGCCUUGGUCUUGCGGCAGCAGAGAUCAGACGUGGCGUGGCCGAAAGAGCACAGAGACAGGCAGGCGUUGGCCGAAAGAGUUUGGAGAUCGCAUGGGUGGGGGGGAGAAAGAGAUCAGAGAUCAGGUGGGCUGGAUGGCAGGAUGUGUGUAGGUCCCGCUUUGCUCUCCUGAAAUGUUGGAUGGUGUGCAGUUUGACGGAUGAAUGACUCUAGGGCCUAGUAUUACAGAAAAGGUCAAAAAGCAUCUGUACAUUUUCUCCGCACAAUGCAUAAUUUUAUAAACCUCUGUCACCGGUGUGAGGAAUCUUUGGCCCUUCAGAUGUUGCUGAACCACAACUCCCAUUGGCCAUGCCUACUGGGGCUGGUGGGAGCUGCAGCUCAGCAAUAUCUAGAAGGCCAAAGAUUCCCCAUACCUGCUCUUAUCUUAUCCCCUCUUGGUCUCCCCCCAUAAUGUGUGCCAUGUCAACAGCAACUAGGCCUCAGCAGGCCUGGCCAUUUCCCAUAACCCUUUGCAGGGUGCAAGACUUCUGCGACACACAGGAGUCCUGCAACAGACAAGGUAUUUUUUGGGGGUGGUGGGAAUUCCCCAAAGCAAGGAGACUUUUCGACACCGUUGAUCUUUCUGCCUGGCAGACACGAGGAGGACUCUAGCUGCUUGGAGAGAAGCCUCUCUCUCCUCUCUCCCACGAGCACGUUGGGCUAAUUUUGUGCUGCCCAAGAAGUGAAAGCUAAUUACGGGGAAGGGUGGUUGCUAUCCGCCCCAAUUUCAUGGAAACUUGAACAACUCAUCAACAAACAAAACUCUCUCCCUUUUCCCGGCUUCAUCUCCAUUCCCGACCUCAGAAAGAAUGAUGCUUAAAUAGAGCCCUGUCUAAUUCUCUCUCUGUGUGUUUUUCCCCCCUUUCUUCAUUGUGGCCUUAAUUUGUUUUCUCCCUGGUAGUUCGAAUUCUUUGCAGAUUACAGGUUUGCCUGUGGAACGGCAGUUCCCGCAACGCUGUAAUUUGGCCCUCGUUCCGACCGGCGGCCGUCUCUGGCGCCUCGCUCGCUUCCAACCAGCUCCAGAGCGUGUGCUUUGAUGAAUGCCAAAACGGAGGGUCAAGAAAUUGAGGUGUGUUCAUUCCUGGGGGGGUGGGGAGAGGCUCGACAUGUGCAACAGCAACAAUAUCCUUCCUUAGCAUGCCCUCUUCCGAAAUUUUUGGCUGUAAACAAACCUCCUGGGGCAGAGGCUCAUCCUUCCUUGCCUAUAUUGCAGGCCACUAAUGUGCAUUGACAGUGCAACAUAAAUAAUAAUUUGCACUGUUGUAUCAUUCCUGCUAACAGUCGGCUCGGGUGGUGAGCGGUGGACAAGGCUGGAGCCAAAAUAGGCACUCGGAAGCAAAAUGGGUGGUUGUUGCUGUGUUCAAAUUGAAGUACAACACAUUACAGACUACCGAGGGCUUCAUCAGCUCUGUAUGCUUAAAACUGUAUCAAACCACUUUAAACAGGCAUGGCUUUCCCCCCAAAAUUGUGGGAGCUGUAGUUUGUUAAGGGUGCUGUUAGGAAACCAGUAUUCUCUUGCAGAGCUUCAAUUCCCAGACCCAAUAUUCCCCUCAGAGAGGGAAUUGAUUCUUAAACUGUUCUCAGAACUGUAGCUGGGGAACAGGGGCUCUCCUAACAACUUUCAGCAGCACCUUUAACAAACUACGUUUCCCAGUAUACACACACACACACACACACACACAUAUAUAUAUGGGGGGGGGGGAGGUGCAGAUAGGGCCUAGCAUCUCCAGUCUUCAGUGCCCAGAAAAUGGUGCAGUUCUGCUCUUGAAGCUAAGCAGGUCUGCUGGUGGCCCAGUUACCCCUUGAGAAUCGCAAGCCAGCUGAUUUUUGAGUGUGUGUGAGAGAGAAGUGAAAGUUGCCUGUAAGUAAAUGGGUUGCAGGGCAGUUGUUUCCUGUGGGGACUUCCUCACUACAGGACUUUGACCACCCCCCCAACUCAGAUCUUCCUGGUCCACAUGCAUCUUCCCCUCCUUACACACACCGGCCACAUCCACACUUGACAUUUAAAGCAGUAUCAUACCACUUUGAACGGCCAAGUGUUCUGUGGGAUGUGUUGCUAGCGUGUGAAAACAGUCGAGAUACGGGGAUCCCCAGGCAUGCACCUCCAGAUGGUGGAGGCGUCAGGCGCCAUCCUGGCACCUUGGGCCUCUUCCCUUGGUUGCAAGUGGCCAAUCGCCAGGUGCAAAAUGCGCCUGGCAAAUUUUGAAUGCUGGUUCUCACAGUGGCCAACCACAAGCCUGUGGGAAACCCACAAGCAGGACCUGAGUGCAAUAGGACUCGUGGCCAUUGGCGAGAGUAGCUGCUGGAUCUAACCCUAGCAUUCACCUCUUCGGAAAGACACCUAUGCUGGUGUUUUAGCAACGUGCACAUUUAUUUAUUGGUUAGAGUACGAUUAAAUUCAAUUAACGAUGAAAUUAAAAUUCUGUUUGAGUUCUUAAUUAAAUUAGUCAACCAAUUUAAACCACCAGCCCUCCAGCAGAUUAACAUUUUAAAUGAGUAUGCAUAGGGCAGAAACUUCAGAAAGAGUAAACCUCAAGUGGGUGUUCACCUCUGAGAAUGAUCUCCUUGGCCUCCAGUCUUCCAUAUCCACAAGCUCAGUUUCAGAUCCUUGGCUGGUUUGGGUCCCAAGUCGCAGCUUCCACCAUACUGCCAAUCCUGGCCAUCUGUUUGGUCCUUUCUGCAACAGGAAAUGUCAACAGUCCAUAUGAAUCAGGCCAAUGGCCCAUCUAGUCCAGCAUCCUGUUCUCACAGUGGCCAAUCAGAUGCCCGUGGGAAGCCUGUAAGGAGGACCUGAGCGCAACAUCACUCUCCUCAUUCGUGAUUCAGAAGCAUAUUGACAGUGGAGCUACCAUUGAUAGUCUGCUUCGUGAAUUUAAUCAAUCCUUUUUUAAGGCCAUCCAAGUUGGUGGCCAUUACUGCCUCUUGUGGGAAUGAGUUCCAUCUUUUAACUAUGUGCCGUGUGAAGAAAUUCUUGCUUCCCGAACCUUCCAGCAUUCAGAUCCAAUGGAUGUCCACAAGUUAUAUGUUGCCAGAGAACUGGUUUUGUAACCACUGGGAGAAAUUAGGGCUGCAAUUGAAUGCACACUUAGCUUGGAGUAGUUAAAAUAGGUAAAGGACCCGUGGACGGUUAAGUCCAAUCAAAGGCAACUAUGGGGUUGUGGCACUCAUCUCACUUCCAGGCCAUGGGAGCUGGCGUUUGUCCACAGACAGUUUUCAGGGUCAUGUGGCCAGCAUAACGAAACCACUUCUGGCACAACAGAACACUGUGACAGAAACCAGAAUGCAUGGAAAUGCCGUUUACCUUCCUGCCGCAGAGGUACCUAUUUAUUUACUUGCACUGGCAUGCUUUUGAACUGCUAGGUUGGCAGGAGCUGGGACAGAACAACGGGAGCUCACCCUGUCACGGGGAUUUGAACUGCUGACCUUCUGAUCAGCAAGCCCAAGAUGCUCAGUGGUUUAGUGCCACCUGCAUCCCUUAGCUUGGAGUAAGGAAUUGGUUCACUUUAAUGUGAACCUGCCUAAUUAGCGUUUCCCAAAUAAAUACGCAAAUGGAAAAUACAGCUAGCCUUUAAAAAUCACAUUCCUCUGAAUUUUGCAAUCCAUCCAAAAAAAAAAAAAAAGUUACAAAAAAUUUGCACCUUGAGGCACAAAAAUUCUCAAGCGUUCAGACUUUCCCCUUUUAAGUCUUCAGGAAGGACAUCAAUUUCCACAUAAUAUUCUCCCCAAACACCCUGCUCCUUGCUUUGUUUCCUGUGAGUAAGGAUGGAUCUGCCAGUUUUGUUUUUCCUCUUCUCUCAUUUUUCCAAUUUUAAAUUUAGGUCUCCACAUUUCUGCAGCAAUUUGCAGUUCAUUGUUUUGGAUUAUUAUAAUUUUUAAGUGUCAUGAAAAUUCACCAGCAUUUUAGUGCAAAUUUCUCCCAGUGAACACAUUUUUGCCUAAUGUACUGGGUUGGUUUUUUUGCAAGCGGUUUCCCCUCAUAUAGAGGUGGCUUUGUAUGCUAUUUUCAGUAACAUCUUUGCUUUUAUGCAGAGUUUCCCUUAAUAUUUGCAAACGUUGUUUGGCUGGCAGGUGGUAUUGCAGAGUUCAGAUAAAUUCAAAUUCCCAUAGGUUGCUGUGUUUCAGUUUGCAGAUUGUUUCAGUAGGCCGGCCUUUAAAAAGGGAAACUGAAUUGAAUUUCUCUGCCAUCCCUUGCCUGUGCGGUUUCUUGCCCUCUUUUCGACCCGUCAGGAACUUCUGCUUCCCAGGCAAUCCACCGAUGAGAACAGGGUUGGCUUUGUGUGGUUUCUUUUAAUUAGCAAGAUCAAAGGCUUGAUUAGGGUGUAGCUUCGCUGCCAGAUGUUUGCGCGAUCCAGGUUAGCAUUCCACAUUCUUGUGGGCGAGAUGUCUCUAGAUAGAGCCACACACGUUUCCCCGUCUGCAAUGGGAUCAUUCCAUGAGGGUUGACGCAAACCCAAGGUUGCGUCAGGCUUCCUGGGGGAAAGUUUCGAUCGGAAUUCAUCUCUAGCUCCUUGUGAAGUUGUUCGCACAUUGCGCUCAACACCGGGACAAGCCAGCUCUACACGCGCACUUGUGUUGGUGUGAAAGAGGGCACGCUUGUUCACUUGUACAACCCAGUUGUCGUACCUACAGGUGCGCAGAUCACGUGUGGGUUGAACGGUACGUGUGAGCUGCUGAACUGUUGUGCGGCGCCAUGAUUUGUGAAUACCGGUGUACAGCUCGUGCGCUCGCUGAAUUAUGUACCGUGUGAACAUCCCUUGAAUGGUGGUGCAGUAGGACGCUCAGACCCCUCCCAUGUUUUAAAAGGAUAUGUGAGGGGUCCUAAGGUCAUUCUAGCCAGCCCAACCCCUCACCAUCCACGUACUCAGGGUCCCGAUCCCCCCUUCACGCCUUUGAAACAGUACAUAUGUUAGAGUAUGGACCAAAAAUUAGCAAAAGAAUGGGAUUGUGUUAAAGAAUAUAUGAAAAAGGUAUAUUGGUAUGUAAUGAAUGAAGCUUUGCAGGGUUAAAGAAAUUGAAAAAUGGUGCAAAAGGUAUAAAGAUAGAGGUAAUGUACAUUAGAAACAACAAUUCAGAAAGAUUAAAAAUUUUGAGGUCUCAAAACAGAGGAAGGAAGUCAAUAUGUGUAUAUGUACCUAAAGAUGGGUUAACCUACUGAGCCUAGGACUUGCCGAUCAGAAGGUUGGCGGUUCGAAUCCCCGCAACGGGGUGAGCUCCCAUUGCUCGGUCCCUGCUCCUGCCCACCUAGCAGUUCGAAAGCACGUCAAAGUGCAAGUAGAUAAAUAGGUACCGCUCCGGCGGGAAGGUAAACAGUGUUUCCGUGCGCUGCUCUGGUUUGCCAGAAGCGGCUUAGUCAUGCUGGCCACAUGACCCGGAAGCUGUACCCUCGGCCAGUAAAGCGAGAUGAGCGCCGCAACCCCAGAGUUGGCCACGACUGGACCUAAUAGAUUAUUAUGAUGGCAUGGUUUUCUUUGUAGGUGUGUUUCUUUCUUUUUUUGGUUUCUGUUCGUUUUGCUUUGUGUAGUGGGUUUAGGGGUUGCUUGUGCGUAAGUUGCCGCCACUCCUGGCUAGGUUACCUGGUUAACCCCUUCUGACUGAACAGCCUCCAGCAUCGUGACUGUCUCAGUCGCUGGCAGAAUCCGUCAGUGGGCGUUUCUUGAACCUUUUCCAGCAUAAAAGUUGUUUGACGCCAAGUCUCCUCCUACUCUCCCUGCGCGGAAGUCUUCUGCGCAGGGAGGGUGUGGGCAGUGGAGUACCCGUACUCUCUCCGCUGGUCUCCGGCGAGGAGUCUUGGAGCCUCCUCCCCGAUUCCCCCAUCUGCCCCCCUUCUCUACUGGUGUUACGCUGAUUUCCUUCCCCAGCAGACGGGCUCCCUCUCUCCCUACUGGGACCCUCUCCGCCAUCCCUUUGGAGCCUUCCCUCCGCUUCCAGCUCCGAUGGCAGUUCCCUGACACUUUGUUUUUGUUUUUUUGUUUGAGAUUUUAUGUUUGUAAUUUUUGUUGUAAUUUUGCAUUGAAAAUAACAAAUUUAAUAUUUUUUUUAAAAAAAGAAUUAGCAUGGUUCAGAGAAACUACAAAAAAAAGUGGUAUAGCAAUGCUUUAAAGAUAUGGUGCAAAUGGGGCCUUAGCGAUAGGAGAGAGGAUCCAAAGACUAUUGAUCUCCUUGGCAGGCUGUCCCCGAAAUCCAAUGCUGGCAUAGCUCCAUUGCAUCAGAGACGACUGCAGCUGAUUGUUGUGUACCUGACAGCAUGCGAAAGGACCACAGUUCGAUCCUUCAGAUUGCCAGAUACAGUGGUACCUCAGGUUACAUACGCUUCAGGUUACAGACACUUCAGGUUACAGACUCCGCUAACCCAGAAAUAGUACCUCAGGUUAAGAACUUUGCUUCAGGAUGAGAACAGAAAUCGUGCGGCGGCAGCGCAGCGGCAGCAGGAGGCCCCAUUAGCUAAAGUGGUAUCUCAGGUUAAGAACAGUUUCAGGUUAAGAACGGACCUCCAGAACGAAUUAAGUACUUAACCUGAGGUAGCACUGUAGCUCUAGGAGAGACCGCUCUGUCUGAAACCCUGGAGAAUCUUUGCCAAUAGUGAUCUGGAUGACCCAAUGGUCUGAACUUGGUAUAAAGCCUCUUCCAACAAUCUUCCACUUCUGGAAUUGUUUCCAGAAGUUCUCCUAUAGUGAAAGUAUUAUUUGAGAUGAGUUACAAUAUUAUUGUAAUAUGAGUUACAUAUUACAAUAAGGAGGCAGAGUGAGCUGAUCCCUUUUUCUUUGCCCUGCACAUUGUAUUACCGGGAAGUAUCUCAUUUAUUCAAGGCAUUUACAUACCACUUACUCACUCACAUUUCUCAGCGGUGACACUUGCAACAGCAAGACACUGUAUUACACACCUUCACCCUUGGGGCGUUUUCCCCAAGUAGAAAAAUGUUUUGCUUGGAGAACUCUAAAAAUAGGAGACCCCACGCCCCUCUUGCCACAAACCCACAGGAGAAGCCAGACCUCGAGGGAAUGUGAAGUAAAUGCAUUUGUGGCACACAAAAAAUGGAUUGCAUUAAAAGGCUCUUUGGGUUUGCCGUGCAGGACACUUGCGCUAUCCUGUCAUCGGUUCCUGAGAAAUCUUGGUUCAGCCACCUCCACGGCGAAAGGAAUUUUAAACUUUAUUUUCCGGAGCUGUUUUCUCCUCUAUCUCUCUUCCCCUGAGCUUACUGCAUGGCCUUCUCCCCCUCUGAUGUUUAUAAUUACCUGUUGCGCGUUCUGGAGGUGAGCCAGAACCCCUUGAGGGAGGAAGGAAUAGUGCAGAGAUUCUUCUUCCCACAGGGAUGAUAACAAAGGGAAGGAGAAGCUGAUUGGGCGAAAAGGGAUAGUUUUGGGAAGGGCGGCCAACAUGGCGCCCGGCGAAACUCCUGCUCUCCUUCUGAGACUGGGAAGGUUUCCAGAAGAGGUAUCCCUUGCAAAGCAUCUGAGAGUUCGGAUGUGUAGCUAACUCUGCUGAACGAUCCUGGGAGCGGGUGGUGUUUUCUGGGAGUCACUGGGGUACGGCAGAUCAGGGUGCUGGGGUUGUAUGUUGGAAAGGCAGGUUCAAAUCAAGAUUGUAUUCUCCUGCUCUGGAGGGGAGGACCCAAAGCCAAUGGCUUCAAUCUCUUUUUUAAAUAUACAUUUUAAUUAAUUUUUUAGCAUAUCAGUUCCAACAUUCAUACAACAUAACUUCUCAUCUUAUACAAUGUUUUAGACUUCCGUCAACACCUCGGAUAAUUUUCCGUUUUUAUCACUUAUUCUGCAUUUCUUAGUUUCUAUAUUGCAUUUAAUUGUCCUUAACUAAUAAUUCUUUCCAUAGUCUUUCUUGUAAUAUUUCAGAUAAUCCACUUUACAAAACUUCUUGCAGUCCUACUAGCGUAAUCUGUUCAUCACAAUUACUUUUCAAAUAGUUCAUAUAUUUACUCCAGUCCUCUAAGAAUCUCUGAUCCCACAGGUUUCGAAUCCUUCCUGUUAAUUUUUCUAGUUCUCCAGUGGCUUCAAUCUCAGAUUCCUGCGUUGCAGGGGUUGGACUGGAUGACCCCUGGGAUCCCUUCCAAAUCUACAAUUUUAUGAUUCUAAGUCUUUUCUUUUCCCCGAGCCUGCUACUAACUAGUGGCUAUGAUCUCCCUCCACUGUCAAGGCAGUAUGCUUCUUCACAUUACUGGAAACAGCAGGAGGGGAGAGUGCUGGUCAUCUGGCUGAUCAUUGUUAGAACAGUACGCUGGACUAGAUGGUGUGAUCAGGGAGGCUCUUCUUGUUGUUCUGAUGAUCUCUUCUCCUUUUUGAGUGGAUGGCAUUGUCUUGGUUAUGUAGCCAGUGGGCGCUCAGUCCUGAACUGCAGAACUAAAAUACUGAGUCUGGAGAUGGAAGUUCCCUUUCACCAUCUCAGCUGAUGGCUAUACAGAAACCCCAUCCCUAUCAAUGAAUUCUAGCUUUACCUUGAAAGUGAACGUAAGUCGUGGCCGUUGCUGUCUAUGGUGACUCUGGAUUCCAGUAAUUUGACCUAUUCUCAGAAGAACCGUAUAAACUGUUAGUUAUGUCUUGUGCUUGGCUGCUUUUGAACGAUAAGGAAUGUUGCCCUAACUUCUUAAAAACAGAGAGCUUGCUUUCUGCUAAUCAGCAGCCUUCCAGGUUGUGCCACUCGGGGGCUGGGUUGGGCAGAUUUGCUUGCUUCUGAUACGUGUCACUGUUAAUUAUCUCACAAACGCCAUGAUGUUUGUAUUAACAUCAUCACGGCUUUGUUAAUUGGCUGCUGUGAGGGCUUUGCAUAUAGCCUGUCUUUUAUGAAAUUGUCACAGUCUGUAAUUCCCGCAUCUUAUACUCCUCUUAACCUCACACCUCCCCAUUUCUUACCAUAUAAUAAAACUGUAAGGCUGUCGUCAUGCUGCAUGGCCAACAGGCGGCCAUGCCAACUCCAGUGGGGUGACAGACCAGCAGGCAGGCAGGCAGGUGAGCAAGUAAGGAGCAUUUGGGAGGUGCAGUUGGCUCAGGCGAGCAGUUUAAUGGCAGGGAGAGGACGCUUCAGAGGGCAGUUUGCCAAACUGCGCUCUGAAGUGCCUCCCACUAGAGGAGGGGCUUGCAGUGAGUUGUGAGGGGAAGAGGGACCUGUGGUGGGGAGGUUAAGUUUGGGCAACCUGUGAGAGGGUGGGUGAGGUGGAAAGGGAGGAGGGAAAGCGGAAUGGCAAAGCAGUAGGUGGAGCUGGCAAAUGGAAUGAGCAGGAGCAGCAGUCCCUAGUUCAUAUAAACAUAGGUCCCAGGAUGAUCUGACAGCACCAUAGGACCACUCCCUUGCUGAUGCUCAGCCGGCCUGAUCCUGGUCAAUGCCUGAAGGGGAGACUUGCAUUAGAAUCCAGGAAAGAAGCAAAGUGGGAUAUAAAUACAGUGGUACCUCAGGUAACAUACGCUUCAGAUUACAUACGCUUCAGGUUAUAGACUCCGCUAACCCAGAAAUAGUACUUCAGGUUAAGAACUUUGCUUCAGGAUGAGAACAGAAACCGUGCUCCAUCGGCGUGGCGGCAGCAGGAGGCCCCAUUAGCUAAAGUGGUGCUUCAGGUUAAGAACAGUUUCAGGUUAAGAACGGUCCUCUGGAACGAAUUAAGUACUUAACCUGAGGUACCACUGUAGCAAUAAAUGAACAAAUAGAUGAUUUGUGCCAGCUUAAAUAGACUGGCAUUAAAAAAGAAAAACUCCUGCCAACCUCCCCUAAAUCAGUGCUGGACCACAAACUUCCAUCAGCCCCAGGCAACUGGCUUCUGCCAUGAUACAUAAAUGUGUUACUCUUUAAGGGAUUCCUUUUAUUGCAUCUUGUUGCAACGGAAAAGCACGGCCCUCACCCAUCACUUAGUCCCAUCUCCGCAUUUGUCUCUGAACCUGAGAAACAUUUGGAGGCGUGAGAAAACCAGCAGAGAGGUCCUAGGUUCCGAUCGAAUAAUAAUAAUAGCAAUAGUUUUAUUAUUUGUACCCAGUCCAUCUGGCUGGGUUGCCCCGGCCACUCUGAGCAGCUUCUGACAGAUGUAAAAACCUAAUAAAACAGCAAACGUUAAAAGUUCCUAAUACAGGGCUGCCUUCAUGUGUCUUCUAAAAGUUGCGCGGUUAUAGAUCUCCUUGACAUCUGGUGGGAGGGCGUUCCACAGGGCGGGCGCCGCUACUGAGAAGGCCCUCUGCCCGGUUCCCUGUAACUGUGCAUUAGUCCGAUAAGUGCCAAUCGGCUUGUUUUGUCUGGGGCGGGACCUGCAGCUAUCACCUUCUGACAGCAUCUCUGUCUGUGGGUAAUGGCAUCUCUCCUAAGCCUUUUUGCAGAGGGGACUUCAAGGCUUCUGUUGGGCACUGGUGAACCUGGUGCAUGCAGCCUGCAGCCCCAGCCAUCGCUAAAUGGAAACCAGCUAAUUAUACACGAAGCAUUAUAUCCCCAUCAUCGUUUUUCUGUAUUAGGGGUUCUCUCUGGCUCCGUCUCUCUCGGUCAAGGCUCUUGGUACAUUGGCUGGCUGCAUCUUCCUUUUGUCUCGUUCGGCAUUGUUCAAUGCUACCGCGGCUUAAAUCACCCAGGUGCAAUGCUGAUGGCUCAGGUGGGUGGCUUGCUUAAUGCAGAGCCGGAGCCACAGAUCCUGGGAGGUGUUAUUUUGCAGCAAGCACUAGAGGUGUGCAUAAUGAUAUAGGCCCACGAAGGUGGUGAUUAGUCAGCUUGAGCAUGUCGUAAGUUUCUCUCUCUCCUGCGUGGCGAUUGCCAAAUCCCCGCCAUUUCUCAUGGAAAGGUGUUGGCUGCUCACUCGCUGUCACUCUGCCGCUUCUCCGGAGACACGUUGAUGAAUGUUCUGAUUAGCACAAACUUUUGUCUGCCACUGGCGACUACUUCGCUUAUCCACGGCUGCAUCAGGUGCUCCUUCUUUCCUUCGCUCCAGCAAGGAGACACGGGAUGCUCCAUUUCCAGCGGCUUAAAAGCACCUUCCAACCCUUUCGCUGCUAGUCUUGGUGACUCUGCUCUCAGGGCCACAGCCCAUCCUCUGGUGCUGCCGUGGUAAAAAAUUGCCCGAGUAAAAUAGUUGGGUUGUAUGCAACUUAGUCCUACUCAGAGCACACCUGCCGAAAUGAAUGCCCUGUUUAAUUUCAGCGGGCCUGCUCUGAAUAGGCAUAGCUGUCAACUUGCAGAUUUGAAAAUAAGGGACCAGCAGCCAAAAUAAGGGAUUUUAGUCAACCAGUUAAAAGGGACCAGAUAAUUUUGGAGAGCAGCACCGGUUUUUAGCCCUUCGUUUCCAGAGGUUGCUGCUCAAGACACCAGCCGAUGAAACACUGCAAUUAAAUAACUAUAAGCAGCAACCACUUUUCGCGCAAAACAAAGUCCAAGCUACAAAGAUGCUGCUGCAGUUCUGUAUCUUUUCUCUCGUGCUCCAUCUGCAGCUCUCAAUUCCAGCAGGUGGGGCGGGAGGAAGGGGGGGAGAUAGCGCCCGAAGUAAACCCGCAGAUCAGACCAUCUAUGCUAGUCUACCACUACAGAUCUAUGGGAGAAGCGCUUGUGGUCCUUCCCUUGUAGCCCUUGGAACACCUGCCCGCGUCUCCGCCUCCUCCUCUCUUGGAACUGCUUUCUCUGUGGUUGCUCGCUCUCUCCUCUCAAGGCUCCUCAUCAAUUCAUCGACCAUGCCAGGCUGUCCAUCUCAUUCGGGUCCUUUGGCGGCAUAGCGUAGUACAGCCUAGCGGGAGCGGGAGCGGCGGUGAUGGACAGAGGGGAGGCCCCAGGCAGAGACGCUCAGUUUGGCGGCCGCGAGGAGGAUGGUGGCGGAAGGGCCCGAGGCUCCCACCAGUCCCAGCGGGGAGGGGUUCCCGGGGGCCGAGGCUGGUGAGAGGAGGCCGGAGGGGGGCGGGCCGGGCAGCCAAGCAACACAGUUGGAGCCUCCCUCCUCCCUGGCCAGCAAGGAGGGAGGGAGAGGAGCUGCUUCCUUUGAAACCCAGGAAAUUUAAGGGACAUCAUCAAUAAGGGACAGCAGCGGGACAUGGCGCUGGGAUAAGGGACUAUCCCUCCAAAUAAGGGACGCUUGACAGCUAUGUGAAUAGGAUACAUCCCAUGGAGUUGGAGGGACCUCAGAGGUCUUCUAGUCUCACCCCUGUGCAAUGCAGGAUGCAACCACAGCAUCCUUAACAGAUGUCAAUCCAGCCUCUGUUAAAUGUCUCCAGUGAAAGAGAGCCCACUGUAAAGCUGCUCUCACUGUUGAGAAGUGUCUCUUAAUGCUUAGCCAGAAUUGAUUUCUCUCUCAUUUCCAAUCACUGAUUACAGUCCUCUGGUACGAUGGAGAACAAGUCUCUUCAUCUCCCUCACGGCAGCCCUUCAGAUAUUUAAAGGCUGCUAGCAUGUCUUUCCUUAACCUGUCGUUCUCCAGAAUCACCUGGCAGGAGCGGGUGUCAGGAAAGGGUCAGCAAUAAUCAAGUUAACUCCUUAGUAGAAGAAAUUAGGGCUGCUGAGUAGUGCCAGGCCUAAUGAGUACAGCAACUCUUCCCAAUAGAUCUUGUCCCUACGAAACAGUUGUGGGGACUGAAGGUCCCCAUCUUCCCACAGCUGCCUAAACCUCCUCUUCUACCGGUUCCUUCCUAAGCAAUCUGAGACUGCUGGCAUGCCUGUCUCUGCGCCUCCCUCUUCAUACCUCUUCUGGUUCUGGGAGACCAGCAGGGAGGGGAGCUUGUUGUAGCAGGAGGGGGAGAUACUCUGGCUUCUUCACCAGCCUGAUUCCUCUCUGCCUCUUGGUCUCCCUCCUCUCCUGCUUCCACUUCUGCUUCUGAACUGCUCUCUGCCACAGACUCUCCCCACUCACUAAACCCUGUUGCCUCUUCAUCUUCCAGCACUUCUUCCUAGUCUUCUCCCUCUCAUUGCCGUCCCACCACCAAUCCCGGGGCUCCGGGCCUUCUUCCCUUGGGGGUUCCCCGGCUGGUUCCUCCCACCAAUUCUCUAUGUCCAGCCAGUCCAUGACAGCAGCCCUUCAGAUAUUUGAAGACUGCUACCAUGUCUCUCCGUAACCUGUCCUUAACCCCAAGGCCCAGCACACUGUUCCCAGGCUAGAGCUGCUUCUCUGAGGCGUCCAUAGACCCUAGUGGAGCAGCUGCUUGGGAUACAGAAGGCCGCUGGUUCAAUGCCCAGUGAUCUCUCACUGGGCCAGUGUGGUGUAGUGGUUAAGAGCGGUAGUCUCGUAACCUGGUGAACCGGGUCCGAGUCUCCACUCCUCCACAUGCAGCUGCUGGGUGACCUUGGGCUAGUCACACUUCUCUGAAGUCUCUCAGCCCCACUCACCUCACAGAGUGUUUGUUGUGGGGGAGGAAGGGAAAGGAGAAUGUUAGCCACUUUGAGAUUCCUUAGGGUAGUGAUAAAGCGGGAUAUCAAAUCCAAACUACUACUCUUCUUCUUCUUCUUCUCCUCCUCCUCCUCCUCCUCCAGGCAGGGCUGGGAGAGAGACCUCUGCCUGAAACCCCACAGAGUCUCUGCCUGUCAGUGUUGACAAUAUUGAACUAGAUGGGACCAAAGGCCAGAUGUGGGAUAAAGCAGUUUUCUAAGUACCUAAUUGUUCCUUGUGGGGACUCGGUUUACAGACCCCUCACCACCCUGGGAUAUGUGGCAGUUUGUCAGUGCACCUCCUUGAAAAAAGGACUUGCGGGCAUUUAAGGGGCGAGAGAGAGUUUGGAGAAGACGAAGGGAGAAAAGGGUCUGUUGAAAUGCAGUCGAGGAAACCUGGCAAUUGCAGCAACUCCCCCCAAAGGAGGUCUCAGGGCAGAAAGUCAUGCAUGGAAGUAAGGAGGCUCUCCUUCCCUCGGGUGCCCCUUGCAUCAUCAAUGUGGUCUCCCCGGCUGCCUCUCCAAUUUAAUUCUUCCGAAACUGUAGAAAAACACUCUCAGGGCCCAGUGGACGUCCCACAUGGGCUUGUGUGUGAAAUAGGAAAUUGGCUCCAAUUAGCACAGCAGAUCUUGGCUGACCCGGGAGAUUACUUUCCCGAGUAUUCACGCUGGAAUUGGGACAAUGUGGUGCGGAUCCCUCCUGUGGUAGCAAAGGCUGAUUUAAGCAUUGCAUGGAGGAGUAAGGUUUUUCUUCUUCUUCUUCUUUCUCUUCUUUAUUUUAAAAAAAGCAUGCCUAAAGCCAGACUUUGCCAACCUGGUGCUCUCCAGAUGUUUGGGGCUACAACUCCCGUCAACAGCAAUAAAGAAUCAGCAUAAUAUCCUGCUCUCCUGCUAAAAGUUUGCAGAGCGGCAUAGCCAACGGCACAAUGAUAAAACCAUUUAAUACUAAAAGUGCAACCAAAGCUCGUUUUCUAAAAGCAGUAGCAAAGGACAUUUUUUGGGGCGGGGGGAACGACCCGAAAUCUGAGAGCACUAAGAAUAAAAAAGAUGUUGAAGCUGGCAGCUAAGCCUAGGUGUUACUAGGCACUUCUGAUAAAAGAGCCUUGGAUUUCUUGUGAAAUAAGUUCCUCCUUUUUGCCCUUUCGGAACUUGUCAAUCAACUUUGUUGGGCCCCGACCGAUUAAUCAACUGACACUUAUGUUGGUUAAUCUGAUUAAUGUAAUUGCAAAUGUGCUGCGGGAAAGCUAGACCUUGUAUACUUUGUGGCCGUUUGUCCUUUGGUAGGUGUCUUGCCUCUUCGCUAGGCUGGAAAUGGUUUACAUUCCCUCCCAUUUUAUCCACACAACAACCCUUUGAGGUAGGUUAGUCUGAGAGGCAGUGACUGGUCCAAGACCACCCAGUGAGCUUCAUGGCCAAGUGGGGGGAUUUGAACCCUGGUCUCCUAGGUCCUAGUCUGACACUCUAACCAUUACACCACACUGUCUCUCCUACUAACUAGCUGGAAUGGAAAUACUGUAUUUUCUGGCAUAUGACUACUUUUUAACCCAGGAAAAUCUUCUCAAAAGUCGGAGGUCGUCUCCCCACCAAAGGAUAAAACGACAGCAAAUUGAAUCAGAGGACACCAAGCUCUCUAGAUGAAGCAGAAAUAUGCUUGAAAAUUGGCUCCAGAAGCCCCCGGCCACUGGGAAGUGGAGCGGAUUUCCGAGCCAGACUGGAGACUGGUUUUUUUAAUUUUUAUUUGGUGUGCAUUGGAAGAGGGGUAGUCGUAUACGGCGAGUAUAUCCCAAACUCUAUAUUUUAACUGGAAAAGUUGGGGGGGUCGUCUUAUACGCCCAGUUGUUUUAUACGCCGGAAAAUACAGUAUUUAUUCCUGAUCUUCCAGCAAAGUGAAUGAAGAGGUCCUGCAGUCCCAUCUCCCUCCCUCCUUCCCUUAUCUAGUCUGAAGAAAUGACUGCUUAGCUGCAGCUUACUGUGUUGAUUUAUAAUUUUACUUUUAAAAAACAACAGUGCUAACAUUUGGAUUUGGGAAGCUGAUAUUUGAUGAUGCCACCUCCUUCCAAAAAAAUAAUAAUCAGGCCUGUCUUUAGUAAAGGGGGACAGCAGGUUCUCUUGAACAUGCCUUGAGGAUUGCUGCUUUUCACAGGUAUUCAGAAUCCAACUUCAUUCAUCCGAUGUUAUUCUCUGCCCUGCAGGUGUUUUGCUAGACAUUCAGCAACAUUUUGGAGUCAAGGACAGCGGAGCCGGCUUGCUGCAGACAGGUAAGAGAACUGUUGAGCGUGUUUUCCCUCCUCUUCUGUGCGGCUUCUUAAUCCAAGGUCGCAGUGCCCUUGCGAGUGAGCGCUGGCUUGGUUUUAAAUCGCAGCUGGCUGGCAAACGCCUGUUUUUACAUCCUUGCACCCUGCUUUGACUCAGCUCAGCUGCAGCUUGGCCUUCAGCGUCCAAGCAAAACAGAGCAAAGCAGGUGAUGGGUGUGAGGAAUGACAUAGAUGCUUGUAGCAUCUUUUUUUCCCCCCCAUUGGCAAAGAGCAUCUCAGUAUCCCAGGUAAAGCAGACAACGUCUCCUGUUUUGUGUAGCUUUGGGGAGCUGAACUGAGCCUAAGGCAAUGCUGAGCCUUAGGAAACAGAUGACGGUCAUAAUAAUCGCCAUCACUUUACAGUGGUACCUCGGGUUACAUAUGCUUCAGGUUACAUACACUUCAGGUUACAGACUCCGCUAACCCAGAAAUAGUACCUCGGGUUAAGAACUUUGCUUCAGGAUGAGAACAGAAAUCGUGCUCUGGCGGCGCGGCUGCAGUGGGAGGCCCCAUUAGCUAAAGUGGUGCUUCAGGUUAAGAACAGUUUCAGGUUAAGAACGGACCUCCGGAACGAAUUAAGUAUUUAACCCGAGGUACCACUGUAUUACCAUAAGCAGAUCAUCCUGAUGGCUUUUCACUGGUGGUUUCCCGUUGGUGGGAAUCCUCUCCCCAGGGAGAGCACCAUCAUUACAUAUCUUCAGGUGCCAGGCAAGAACAUUCCUUUUUUAACCAGGUCUUUGACUUUUAACUAUCUGUGGCGUAUUAGAAUGGGUGGGGUGCUUUAAGGCAUUUCCCCCCUAGUUUUAAUGUAUGUGGGUGUUGUGGGGUUUUUUUGUAAGCCACUUUGAGUUGCCACAGAAAGAAGAGUGGCUAAUAAAUUUAAUAAAUGAAUGAUUCAAUCUUGGGUUCUCCAACACUGUAGGACUGCAACCCCAAUAAUCCCCAACCAGAUUAUAAAAUUAGGGGUGGGUGCUUUGAGAGGGUUUCGGAAUAUUUAGCCCAUCACAGGAAGGUUCUAAGAGGGGUCACAAAACAAGACAGUUUUGAUGCUGUACAUCAAACGGUUCCAGCAUUUGGGAAUUUUGAAUUUAGAGAAAAGGCAAGAGAUGACACAGUAGAAGCUUACAAAAUUAUGCAUGACGUGAAGAAAGUAGACUGAAAAACCUUCUUCUCUCUGUCUCCUAACACCAGAACUUGUAGACUUCAAAUGAAGCUGAAUGUUAAAGGUUCAGGAGAGAUAAAAGAAAGCCCUUCUUCACACAGUGCCUAGUUAAACUAUGGAACUCAAGUCCACAUGAGGCAGUGAUAGCCAGCAACUUGGAGGGCUUCAAAAGAGGGUUGGGCCAAUUCAUGGAUAAGCCUGUCAAUGGCUACUAGCCAUGAUUGCUAUUCUCUGCUUCCAAUGUUAGAAGCAGGAAUGCUUCUGAAUACCAGCUGCUGGAAACUGCAGGAGGGUACAGUAUAUCCUGUUUGGAGGCUUUCUGCAGGCAUAUGAUUGGUCUCUAUGAUAACAGGGUCCUGCCCAGAAGGGCUAUUGGCUUGAUCCAGCAAGCUCUGCUUAUGUUCUUAACGUUUGGUGUAGCCAGGGAUUAUGGGAGUCAUCGUCCAGCAACAAUGGAGAUCCAAGAUGGAAGAACACUGCUCUACAGUGUUAAAUAGAGGACAAAACAAAACAAAAGUAAUGUAGUAGCAGCAGUUCCAAGCUGCACUGUGUUGGGAGCCAGUCUGAGCUGAGCUGAGAGUUACUGCAUGGAGGGAGAGAAGGAGAAGGAGUUCAGAAUGCCAAGGCCAAGCCCUGAGAUUGUAGAUCAGCCAUUGCCAACUACAUGCCCUCCAGAUGUUCCCCACUGGAUGGAGCUGGUGGGAGUUGUAGUCCAACAUCUGGAGGGGUGCUGGCUGCUCUAGCUCAGGUAGAAUCUCUGUGCCAUUUUGUUUUUUCUUCUGGGGCUUAGAGAGUUCAGUUCCAGUUGAGUGGUAAGCCUGUCCUCCCCUAAACACUUGCAAAACGCAGGCCUCUUUCUCUCCUGCUACCUAGCUUCGGGGAGAAGAGAAAGUAGCCUCAUUGGCGGCCCUAUUCUCUUGCGUCCCUGAGUCCCACCUGCCAAUCAUGGCACAUUGUGAUGGCGCCACGUGGUCGACUGGUCUGUUGUCCCGCCCACCUUCCAAUGUAGAUCUGGAGCCAAAUGGGUUUCCCACCCCGGCUGCAAAGCUCUCUGAAUCUUCUGCCAGCCAAUCCUGGCUCGCAAAACACGUGGCCAGAUGGUGCUCUUUUGUAAAGGCAGCGUUUGGUGAAGCUGCUGCACGCAGCACAUAUUGCAGACAGACGGCCUUGGCUUUUUCCAAGCCCGACUAGAAAGAAGCCGCAUCUCUUGGUUGCAUCCAACGCAGCGAAGGCGUGUGUGCAUCAGGGACCUUAUUAACUAAUUCCGUUCCUUGUUGCACGGUGGAUAUUAUUCAUAUAAAACCUAGAACCUGACUGUAUCUCUGUCCUCCCUCUGCUCUCCCACCCCAGAGUACCAAAAUUAGUAGUUUGUUCCUGUAGAGCAAGGAAGAUGGUGUUUGCAGUUGGUUCAGGUUUCGCACCAAACCAUGGUUUUCACUAAAUGAGUCUGGUUCCCAAACCACAAUGUGGUAAAAAUGUGCACGUGAAUCAUUGAUUUGUGCAUCCUCAUCCCAUAUCCUGAGUAUCCUCAGCAGGUUGUCCCCAAACCAGAGCUUCUUAGUUUGGAUGUAACACUAAACCUUGGUUUGCACCAAUUUGUGGCUUUUGGUAUAUUUUGCUGUCUGAGCAAAAGCAACCAUUAGACUUAACACACUAUGGCAUAAACUUGGAUAGGCUAAAGUUGGCCACUGUGGGAACAGGAUGCUAGACUACAUGAGCCAUUGGCUUCAUCCAGCAGCCUCAUCUUAUGUUCAUAUGUUGUUGGUGGUGACCCUGAAGAGAGAGGUUUGCAUAAAGCCCAAGAGCCCAGAUGGGGCCGAAUUCAGAAACACAAGGCCCAGCGAAGAGCAAGGACUGUAAACCAAGGCUGGUUAUUUUAGCAUUCCUUGAGCAACUUCCCUCUGCAAGUGCACUCCCCCCCCCCUUCUUGAAUUCCAAUAUAAUUUGACAAAUGUCUCUCUGACUCUUAAAGAAUGAGGAUCGGCAGAGGCUACUGCCAGCCUCACUUUGCUGUGCGUCUUCAGAUGUUUUCAGGGAUGUUUGAAUUAACCUUGGCACAGGAAAGAAGUAAAAGGCAGGAAUGGUUUUCAGCUCUGCGCCUGCAUUUUAACCGAUACUCACGCAUUCCCUGCGUGGAGCGGAGAAUGGUGACAUUUCAGCUCUCUCCUGCUUUGCUCUGCCGGUGCAUGUUCAAAUGUGCAUUUUGGGGGGAAAGGUCUGGAAUUUUACACAAGAGCAACAUCAAAGCAACAAUGCUCUCCCAAGCCACUGGUGUGGUUUUUUGAUCUGGUUUUAGGAAGCUGGUGGUGUGACUUGGUUCCCCUUUCCAUUGGAAUAACCCAUGGUUCAAUUUCUCUGGGUUGCCUGGAAGCCACAGGGCAGACGGGAUACCAUUUUACCUCUGUGCUGAGAAACCACAGCCCAUCUGCCCUGCCUUUUCGGGGUUAGGGAGCACCGCUGCCCAACCAGGUUGACUGUUGGCACCUUUCUUUGUCAGCAGCGCCGGCUCUACUAUUAGGCAGAGUAAGGCACUUGCCUCGGGCGGCAGAUGCAAAGAGUGGUGGCAGUACUGGAUCUACAUUUGGGGGCGGGGCUGAAGCUUGAACUGUUAUGGGGGCCCCUUCACAAACAACAAUGAGGUCUGGGUAACCACUGUUAUCAUCUUCAGUGGGGUUGCUCCACAACAGAUGGCUGCAUUUUUUUAACGACUGCAUUUCAGAUUUUGAUUAAAAUUGCUGUCCUGCAUUACCACACAUGCCAAAGUCAAUAAAGUGAGCGAAAAUUCCCUAUGCCUUAUAGUUUUUGAGCUCCUGCCAACCUAGCAGUUCGAAAGCACGUCAAAGUGCAAGUAGAUAAAUAGGGACCGCUCCGGCGGGAAGGUAAACGGCGCUUCCGUGCGCUGCUCUGGUUCGCCAGAAGCGGCUUAGUCUUGCUGGCCACAUGACCCGGAAGCUGUACGCCGGCUCCCUCGGCCAAUAAAGCGAGAUGAGCGCUGCAACCCCAGAGUCGUCCGCGACUGGACCUAAUGGUCAGGGGUCCCUUUACCUUUACCUAUAGUUUUGGAGUUAUGCAGGGGGAUGGAAAUUAGGGAAAUGUUCUAUACAAGCAUGAUGUGCCACAGAAUGAUGAAAUCGGGUCUACUAGACCCAUUUUUUCUAAAGCAGUGUGGACUAAAGUUGCUUCUGGGGGCCCUGAAGCUUAAGCUUCAUGAGUUUCAUAAUUGAUCCACCCUUGGGGGGUGGCCCUGGAGGAGAGAUCUGUGUGCUGCCCGUGGUGGCCGGUGCUUAUUGCGACUGAUAAGUCAGAAGGCAGGGAGGCCAACUGGGGGUGAAGCCAGAGGCAAACGAUAGGCAGGGGCAGCUAGGCCUGGUUUUGUCCUCAUCCUUCUCCAUGUGGGCAACACUAAGGCUGGAGAGGAGGAGAAAGAGGGUGUCAACAGUCAGUGCCCCCCCUUGCUGUGCUUGUUAAACAAGGAGGCAGGCAGGUGAGGACUAGCGAAGGAUUAGCCUGAGCUUGGUGCUUUAGUUUUCCUAAUGGACUGGCACCCACUUGGCCUUCUCUGUGGCCCCAUCAACAGUGCUGAACUAAAAUUUAAUUAUCAGUUGCCUUCAAGUGUGUGUGUGGGGGUGUCAGUUUAUUCUUUGCCUCAGACCACGAAGUGUCUCAGGCUGUUCCUGAUUGUGAUGCCCUAUUAAAGGCAGAAUAGUUCUCAGCAAGGCACUCCAUGGUUGGAGCAAAUGGAAAGGGAUUGGGUGCUCUCAGUGGGUUAGUGGACUCCAGUUCCCAUCAUCCCUGACCCUUGGCCAUACCGGCCGGAGCUGACGAGAGCUGGAGCCCCAGAACGGCUAGAAGGCGACAAAUUUCUCUGCCCCGUAGAUUUCUAAAUAUGCGCUACUAGGGGUUGACUGAAUCCUCUCUAUAAAAGGAUAGAAAGGAGCAAAUCAAACAUAGCAUAAACAAGACAAAACCUAAAAACAAAACCAAGUGAGGGAAAGAAUGGUGUAUAAACAGUUCAAGGUAAUUGCUCGCCUCCUCUGCAAAUUUGUCUUCAUUCUCCAUUUCCAUCUAUAGUUCUGUUUUCAGCUGCGGUCAAGGCUGGGGCUUAGAAAUGUGAGCAUGAUUAUGGCUUCUAAAAAUUUGAAGUUGAAGGUUUGGGGCCUUUGAAUAGCUAUUCCUGCGGAGUUUUGCAACGAAGGAAGAGGUGUGUUGGGAUGGGAGAAGCUCAAACUAGGGGCAAAGGCGACAGGGACCCCAGGGGCCAAAUGUGUGACAUCAUUUGAUGGUUUCCUGCCCCUGCGCUGUUUUGCUACUACAGUGCCACCUCUCCGUGUGGCCAGAAAAGGCACUGCAGCUUUCAGGCCCAGCAGCUCAGGUGACCUGAGGAGCCAAUAAGAUCCCUCCUUGCCCUAUAUAACUGCAGCCUCUAGCCUAGUUCUGCAGUUCAAGCUGAUGGCUGCAGGCUUCCGGGACUCGCUCAACUGCCUCCUUGCCAGAAGCGUCAUCUUCACAAGUUGUUUGAGGGGGCCCAAUGCGACAGCCUGACGUCACACAUGCGACAUCACAAGGAGCCAGGGGGUGGAGCCAAAUGCCCUCUGAAUAUUGAGGGGGUACAACCCCCUCAAAAAAAACAUUGGGGUCCCCAAAAUUGCCUCGGCCCCAGAAGUUGGCGUGUAUGCUCCUUGCCAUGAGUGAGAGACAUGGAAGCCCAUAUUACUGUUAAAUGGGGGAGGGGGAGAUCUUAACAUUGGGGGGGGGGGUGCAAGCCCUUCACAUGUGAUUCUCAAGUACUCAAAUUUUUCAGCUGCCAUAUCUGUCCUGUACAGGCCGGUGUUUCUGGCUAAAAAUAUUAAUUUGCAUGCUUCUUUCUUGUUCCUUAAAGGUAAUUAGCGGACUUCGUUCUUCUUUAAAUUUUUUUAAGACCUUGGGAAACCCGGGUUGCUGAAUGCAGGAAUUUUUGUUGUUGCCGCAUGAACUUUCAUGGGGGGGAAUAGAAGAAUCAGCAAACAGCAUAAUCUCAUGUGUGGCACAACACAACCUAAACGCUGCGGCAUGCAGCCUAUUCUCCCUGCUUAACUUGACUGGAAAACUGGGGCAUCUCUCCUUCUGAUGCCAGACUUGGGUGGUGAGGGCUGGUCAAAAUGGAGCCAAAUGGAAACUGCUGAGAAAUAAAAGAGGGGGGCAUUGGCAUGGUCUGAGUAACCCAGGGCAGUGAGAAUUAGACAAAUUAAUGGAGGAUAGUGACUACCAGCUGUUUUUGGACUACAAAACCCAUCUCCCCCAGCUAGCAGGACCAGUGAUCAGGGAUGAUGGGAUCUGUAGUCCAAAAACAGCUGGAGACCCAAGUUUGGGAAACGGUGCCCCAAGCAGAGAGUCUCUUCCCAGCCUAGCUAACGUUGAUCCCUUUUAAACUGGAAGUACUUGGGGUGGAAGUGUAGCAUGAUGUACCAGGGUAGCAUGAUGGUUAGAGAGUUGGGCCAGGACCUGGGAGACAAAGGUUCAAAUCCCGGCUCAGCCAUGAAGCUCGCUUGGUAGCCUGUGUACACACAACAUUUUGUUCUAGAAUCAGUGGAGACCGAAUACUUGUUUUUUUCUACGGACACCGCGCACAACCUAGAUCGGUUGCAUGUCUUCUGACCCCAAAAAGCUCUUCUUGAGAAACUGGUUUCAUUCUGCAAAACAAAAGUUUAUUGUAGGUCGAUUUUUGCAUUACCCUGCCCUGCAAGCAGGACCUGGGCAUAAGGCCUCUCCUCUCCUGAGUUUUCCAGCAACUGAUAUUCAGAAACAUUGCUGCCUCUGACAGGGAAUGCAAAUUUUGCCCGAUUUCCACAUUUUUGCAAGCACUCUCCCCUAGCACAAUGCAUUUCACAAGUUAUUUCUACAAAAACAUCCAUUUUCAUUUGGCUAGGGAACUGCAGCCCUAACCUCUGAGAAACGCACACUUCGAACGAUGGUUGUGUCUCAUUAUUUUUCCAGGAAGGGUGAAUUUUAAGCAAGUAAAUCCAAACUGAACCAAAUUUCUCCCGUGUCUCUGGUUGUGAGGAGGAUAUCUUGAAAUCCAAAGCCCAUUUCGGGGCUUUCGGUUUCCCUCAGUUAAUCUCCUUAUUCUGACAUUGCGGAGAAACUUUCAAAACACCACAGCACGUUUAAUGAUAUUAAUCUCCUACAACACCCAGGUUUUGUAUUUGAAAAUAAAUCAAAUUUGUGCGUCCUGCUUAUCCCCUGUGUUGGUUUUAUUUUAUUUUAUUUCUUCAAAUCAAGAAAAUCAGCAGCACCUCACAUUUCCUGUCAGAGAGCCAAGUUGUCGGUUGAAUGGCUUCUCCCGAGUCGGAAUAACUGAGCAGGACACUCAUGGGUAGCAGUGCGUGAAGGAAGCUAUGGAGCCCGGAGAGGAUGAACUGCUUUUUCCCUCUGCACUUAAUUGAGAGAGAGAGAGAGAGAGCGAAGAAUCCAACCACAUACCAAAAAAGAACUGGGACAUAUUUGAGAGAAACAACGGCCCACCUGUAUCAGGGUGGGUCAGGCAACUGAAGGCAGAAAUAGAUACUGAACUGCCCAUCCUGUCUAGUUAAUUCAGCCUUUCCUCUGAUUUUUUUUUUUUAAAGCACAAUUAUAGCGAAACAAAUGCAUUUUUUCCAGUGUGUGUGUGUGUGUGUGUGUGUGUUGUAGUUCCAAAAUAGCACCCCAAAUCCGCCUCCCUUAGGAAGGAACUUAAAUGGAAAGGGCGUAUGUUCUGUUUCUUUUUUCGCCUCUUGUUUCCCCCACUCCCACCGAAAGCAACAUUUUAAUGAAAUUAUAGAUCCACAGAAUGCAAGGUAGAAUGAAACAUGGGAUGCGAAGCAGAAGCGCUCGAUCUGCCAUAAAUGCUCAGCAACCAUGUCAUGCAGAAAUUGACAUUAGUUUUCGUUCAGCGGCAUUACGGAAAGCUAAUUUCUGUUCUUUCGCUGAAAAAGCAUGUUUAUCUCCUUUUUUUUAAAAAAUAUCUUUUCUUUUUUAAAAUAUAUUUUUAAUUUUAUUAGUUUUCAAAGAAACCUGAUAGAAGCUCUGUUUCUUUGUGUUUACUUUCCCCUUUCAGCCGGCAGUUUUGCAUUUGCCAGAACGCCCUCAGCGGUGUCUGCGGACUGGGACUUGGUAGCUUCACCGGCGCCAUUUUAAACGGCUUUGGUGUGACUCGCCUCUGAAAGCGGUCCUUUUCUGCUCCUCCUUCCUAGUCUACAAAAUGGCUGCCCAAACCAAGACUACCCUUCACGCCAUGCAUUUAAAGUGCUGUGGUGCUGCUUUGAACAGUCAAGGCUUCCCCCACCCCCCAACACACAAUCCUGCGAAUUGUAGUUUGUUUAAGUUGCUGAGAUUUGUCAGGAGAGCUCUUUUCCCCUCCCAGAGCUUAGAAGUCUCAAAGUUCCCCAUGAAGAGGGAUUGAUUGUUGAACCAUUCUGGAAACUGUAGCUCCCUUUGUGGGCUGGAGGUUCCCCAUAGGCUCGUGGUGUAUCCUCCGUAAGCAGCUAUGUCUUCCCAGUUAGCAACUUCAAUGGAGGCAGGACUCUGGGGGGGGCUGUACCCUGGCAGGAUCCCCCUCUGCUGCCUCCCCCAAGCAUCCUUUAAGAUCAGACACCAAACCCCCCACUCCAUCAGGCUCCAGGUGGCCAACAUCUUGGUUUUCCAUGACACCAUGGAAGAUGGUUCAACUUCUAGGGCAGUGUUUCUCAACCUGUGGGUUCCCAGAUGUUGUUGGACUACAACUCCCAUCAUUCCUAGCCAGCAUGACCAGUGGUCAGGGAUGAUGGGAGUUGUAAUCCAACAACAUCUGGGGACCCACAGAUUGAGAACCACUGUUCUUGGGCAUUGUGGAAAUGGCCACUGUCUGGAGCUGCCGGUGCCAUCGUUGAAAGACCUCCAGAAACCACAUGGGGUUCCACCAGAUCCCACUUUGCUGAGGUCCAUUUCAACCCAGCCUUGUGGGAGCGCCAGGUCCAAGGCCUGCCCACCCCUUCAGAUGGGCUUUCUUUCCAACUUCUGUCCCCUGCAUCCUGCAUCUAUUCCUUCCUCUACAUCAGAGGGUUCCUUAGAUGUUGUCGGGCAGGCCUGCAACCCCAGCAUCCCCUGAACCAACAUGGCCAACGGCCAGGAGUUGUCCUUCAACCACACCUGCGUGGCCACAGGUUCCCCAUCCCUGGGUUUUGGCCCUGUGUCUGCCUGUUGACUAGCCUUGGUAUGCACUCACCUGCAUUCAGUUGUGCUGGAGGUUAAGCUAGGUGGACAAAGACCUGUCGCCGGAGCUCGGAAGCCCCAUCCAUCACAUGCAAACGCGUCGCAGGAAUUGAUUUGUGCCUAACAAGACUCGCUGGCAAGCAAUCUGUCUGAUAGGCUAAGAGUCGUUUUCUGAAUUUGUUUACAAGUCAAUCAGUGUUUGGAUGUCUCACGUAAUUUGAGGCUCCUGUAAAUGUAUAGCUGUGACAGGCUUGGCCUCGUUAUUGUGCCAUCUGGGCUCUGUCAUCUCUUUGUUCUUGGCAAUGAAUUUAUUCCUUUGUCCGCCUCUAUGCAUCUCUUCCCCUCUCCGGUCAUGUUGCACAUCAGCAUCAGUCUUCUAAUUGUUGGCUUUUAAAUGUAACUUGCUAAUACAAGGAGGGAAAAUGGAAAAUAUUAGCAAGGCACAUUGCACAACGCAGGGUGACAUCUGCUUUUAGCCAACAAAUUAUUUGUAAUGGGAGAAAAUGUAUGCAGAUCUGUAUGCUGCUCAGAUCUCACAUUUCCUGAUGGGUUGCUGUUUCCUGAUGAGCAAGUUAGUUUGCUGUUCAUUUUUAUUCGAAUUAUUAACAGCUUCUCCAACAUCUUAGAGUAAUAAUUAAGUGUGUGCAUGGAAGAUUGUGUCCUGUCGUGUGUUUAAUAACACUCCCAACUUCCAUCGCAAAAAAAUCCAAGACAGUGAUUUUGUAAGGCUGUGACACUAAUGGUUGCAAUCCUGCACUCACUUACUUUGGGAGUAUGUCAAAGUCUCUGCAGAUCAGUGAGACUUAUUUCUUAAUGCGCAUCUAUAGGAUUCCACUAUAGGUUUACCAGUUCAUCUCAUUUAUUAUCAGCACAGUCCUAUGCUUACUUGGAAGUCAUUUUCACUGUGUUUGAUAGGACUGUAAGCAUGCUUGAGAUUUCAUUACACAAUUUUUAAAAAUUAUUUUUCCAAAUUAUUACAAAUCAAACCAAAUUUAAUUUAAUACCAUUUCUUAAAAUCAGCUUUCCUGUUCCAAAUAUGACCACCACUAUUUUCUCUCAUAGUCUCAUCAUUUCUUAUUUAGAGUCCAGCUGACAUCCUUCACUUGCUGUUUAACCACUCUUCUAGCUGGCCGCUUAUUCCACCUUACAAGCAGCCACCUCUGUUACAUCUUAUAAAUAAAUAAUCCGUUUCACGUGUGUAAUCCUUCAUAUACAUUGUUGUUCCAGACCGGGUGUGCUGGAGCAUUGUUCAGUUCUUUGCAGUGUUUAUCUGGAUGGCACAAGGUCACAGUCCGUUCCUUCCACUGUUUACAGACGAGCGUAGGAGCUGCAGCCAUAAAUAACUCACAGAAUGCAUAUCCAAACUCCGCCAUUAAAAUUCCACUCUGGAGUUCUUCCUCAGCACACAGUUAAAAGCAAGAGCUUUCCCUCAAAUUCAGCCUCUUUACCACAUCUGUUCAGCAGCAGUUCAUUCUCUCCCCCCCCUCCCACUGCAUUUCUCCAACAGCAGUCCAGGAAUAAUUUUAAACAAAGUCCAUUCAUCCUCGGUCAAGGGGGGAGGGCAUAUAGUAAAACCUUGUUAAAUUCCUUGUUGAGCUUACUUCGAAAAGGGGGGGGCUUUUGAUGUAACAAACAGAGUAACAUACAGUGGUACUUCGGGUUACAUACGCUUCAGGUUACAGAUUCCGCUAACCCAGAAAUAGUGCUUCAGGUUAAGAACUUUGCUUCAGGAUGAGAACAGAAAUCGUGCUCCGGUGGCGCGGCAGCAGCGGGAGGCCCCAUUAGCUAAAGUGGUGCUUCAGGUUAAGAACAGACCUCCGGAAUGAAUUAAGUACUUAACCCGAGGUAACACUGUAGCAGCGGCUACACGACUCUUUCAUUAUGCAGGGAGGACAAUGAAAAAAAGAGACCAUUUGGAAACCACAAGAAGCACAAAACACCUUGUUCUCCUCCAUCCUUUCCUGGCUAUUGUCAGGAUUCUUAAGCUUCAAAGAAAACAUUCAAACACCUUCAAAGAAUCAAGCCCAGUCCUUUCGGCAGCUGACUGAUUGCAGUCCAUUAGCAUAUGUAGGUCCAGGAGUGCCUCUUGAUUAAUGCCAAUUGUCCAAAUUAUGGAGGAACCAGCCAUAAAUCAUGCCGGAGGCAGAGGCUCUUCCAUGGCAGGGAUACACUCCCAGGUCGCACCCGCUCUGCCUUUCAUUUCAACUUGGCAGACACAGGCUUGAGCAGCACAUCAGGAUGCAGUGAGCUCCCCAGACCCCACUGGGGAGCGUUGCCAGGAUUUGUGCCUCAUAAAUCCUGGCUUUCCUCUGCCUGGACCUCCUCGCAGCCCAUGGAGGGGCUACAGGGAGCAACCGCCAUUGACUCGUGACAUGACCGGAAACCCAUGUUUGAGAUUUCAAUCUAGUUCACAUUCUGAUGGACUAAAGAACUGCUGGUAAAUUGUGGAGCACAUCGAACUUACUUUUAACACAAGUAUGUGUAACAAAUUGCAAAUAUCAGCUAGGGAUCGGGGAGGAAUUUAAUUCAGUUUGCAUUUUAAAAUGAGUCGUGUCAAGUUUGCACUUUAUGAAACAGCAUGAGAACCAAAACACAGCUGUCCUUUGACAUUCAUGCAUAUCCGAAUUUUGCAUGUGGUUCUCCAACCAGCGCUUAUAAAAAUGCACACAUUAGGUAAAAGUGUGCCUAAAACUGAAUAAAUCAAUUAAAAAGUAUACAAAGAUGCAUGCUAUUUGGAGAAGUAGCUGGCAAGAAAAUGUCUGCAUUAAUUAAAACUGCAUAGAAAAAUGUGUCUAUUGGGAGAAAUUGGCCAUAAAAUGUGGAAUAAUUUUCAUGAGGAUUUUUCAAGAGAAGUUGUUGGUGGGUUGUUGUUUUUUUUACAAAUUGCUGCAGGAAUGUGGGGAAUUGGGGAAACCUGAAAGUGGCAGGUCUCUCCAUAAUAAUAAUAAUAAUAAUAAAUUUUAUUUAUAUCCCGCCCUCCCCAGCCGAAGCCGGGCUCAGGGCGGCUAACAACAAUAAAACAGUACAAAAGUACAGCAUAAACAACACUCUAAAAUCAUUCAUUAUAAAAUUAAUUGUUCCAAAGUUGCCAUCUCUAGUGGCAACUUAGCAAUGCCUAUAUAGCACAGCCUAGUGGUUAGAGCAUCGUCUUUGCAAGCAGAAGGUCCCAGUUCCAGCCUCUGAUGUCUCUAGAUAGGGUUCGAAAUGCCUGUUGCCUGAAACUCUGGAGACCUGUGGUCUGACUUUGUAGGAGGCAGCUUCCUAUAUCCCAUGGGAACAGGUUUUCUAAUAUAAUUGAGGCUGCUCUGCAUAAGUGAACAAAAUGGGCUCCUCCUUCCUUUGCAGGCGGUUGGAUUUUCUCAUAUGCAAGGUAAUGCAGAUUUAAUCAGGGCCAUGAAAUUAAUUGGCUAAGAUGUCUUUAAUUGGGUGACGACUCCUAUUAAUUUGGUUGCAAGCUUAUGUCGGUUAUCUGGGAUAGCCACUCUCCCUUCCUGCAGUUUCCAGAGACUGGUAUUCAGAAGUAUAUUGCCUCUGAAAGUGGAGGCAGAACAUCGCCACCAGGGUUAGCAGCCUAACUCAGGGUUAGCAGCAGAGGUUUGUAGAUAUACCCCACCCCCCAAAAAAACCAGUACAGCAGCUAUACAAGCAACACUGACUGGGGUGGAGUGGGGGAGCUGGUGGGGGGAGGGAACGGAAUGGAGCACUGUGUAGCUGGGCACUGCUGACUGGCUGGCUGAAACCCUGAGCAGGAACACUCCAUACUGCAACACUCAGCUUAAGUAACUUGCACUUUUGGAUACCCUUUGGAGGAGGGGUUGGACAGCAAGGGAAAUCUGUUCUCAUUCAGUACCAGUGGGGUAACUGGAAGCAUGUAGUUGGGCAUUUUGGGGAACAGGCUGCUGGGCUAGAGGGAACCUUGAUCUGAACCAGCCCAGCUUCCAUUAUGUAUUUAUGGAGUCGGCUAAAGAAGAAAAGCCCAAGCACAGGAUUCUAUGCUGUUGGUUACUAGAUCUUGCAGGGAAUUUUCCAGUGUGUGCUAGCAGGAGAUACUCAACUCUGAAAAAGGUAUCUCAGGUAGGGAUGUAGUAUACUUCUGAUGAGAACAGAAUCAGGGAUGGGGAUUUGCGGGUGCUCACCUAUGCUUUUCAUGUCUGCAACAGAGAUCAAUCUAGCAAAUACAAUUGGUAUUUCCUGUUAUUGCUUUCAGUUUGCAAAUGGCCUGGAUAGCUCAGUCGGUUAGAGGAUGGUGCUGAUGAUGCCAAGGUUGCAAGUUUGAUCCACAUAUGGGACAUCUGUAUAUUCCUGCAUUGCAGGGCCUUGGGGUAGAUGAUCCUCAGGGUCCUUCCAGCUCUACGAUUCUGUGAUACACGAUUCUGUUUCCCCUCCCUCAUUUGCAUUGUGUUUCCUUUGCAUUGAAAGGAAUGGAGUGGGAUAAUGUCCAAACAACGUAACAUGUGUAACCCAUUACGCAACUUGCAUAAUUGACAUUGAGACUAAUCAUGUGGUUGUUGUUUUUUAUUUCAAAAACAAAAAAAUUACAAACAUCAAAUUCAAAAUCCAUAUUCAUUUUCGAACAUAAGCCUAUUACAUGGAUUACCUAAAUUAAAAUAUAACUAAUUGCUCUAGGCUUCCCUUUGCUAUAUGUAAAUACAACGCAAUUAACAAAUUAUAUUAUAAAUGAUAUUAUAGAUUCUCAUAUACCCCCCCACUCCCCUUCACCCAUGUGUGAUCUCAAUAUUUUACUUCUUCCAUCUUGUUGUGUUAUUAUAAUUUAAUAAUUAUUCAAUUGAUUCUAUUAUGUGGUUUUUGACAGAAGAAGAACUGCAGCAGUACAGAAACAAAGCUACAACAUGCAAUGAAUAUAGGCUAGGUCAGGAAGCGAUGUCUUCUGACACCCCUUGUCAUUGAGCAAAUUAUCUCACCCCUAUAUCUAAAUAAAGCAGAUCUUUUGGCAACUGUUGGUCUGUCAUAGUUUUAUUCACUUUAUGCAAAUCCUCCAUUGCAAAAAGCUUUCUGGAAUUGCUUUUAAAGCUCUCAGGCCAGUCAUUCAUCUACACCUCCUGCCUGCUCUAAUGGGAGUUUGGUCCCCAAAGUAGGGAGGGCAAAGGAUGCUGUAGGUGAGGAAUUGCACGCCGGGCAAUUCACCCAGGAGUAGGAGAGAUGACUGGUGCUUGGUUUGGGGGCAGCAUAAGUUAGCACCUGCUCAAGUCUGGGAAAUGCUUCUUCUUCAACCCAUCUCUUUGCUUCUCUCUCCUCCUACAGUUUUCAUCUGCAGCUUCAUGGUAGCAGCACCAAUAUUCGGCUACCUGGGUGACCGUUUCAACAGGAAAAUUAUUCUCAGCUGCGGCAUUUUCUUCUGGUCGGCCAUCACCUUUUCCAGCUCCUUCAUCACUGAGCAGGUAAGAUCAUGUGCAGAGGAAGCAGUGGGUGCUCUGCAGCCGAUUCUGGGCUGCGUUGAUCAACUAAGUAUCGCAGCUUUGCUUCUAAGCUUCCAUGUAGAAGUUUUGCUAGCUUAAAAAGAGAGAGACAAAAGUCUAUUUAUUAAUCGUAUGCAGUGACAUAGACAAAUACCAGCAGAAACUUUUGUCAGCUGAAUUGGACAGACCUUCUCUUCGCUAGCGUGUGACAAAAACCCACCGCACAGGGAAGAUUUGCCCUGAAGCAACCUCGCUGCGGCCCUUUUGUCGCCUCUGUUUUGCCCUUUGAGCUCCAAGCUCGUCAGAUGCAAUUUGGGGUUUGGCGUGCCGGGCGCUGCUCUUGCCUAAUUUUGGGAGGCUAAAUAUAGCAUCCUCCAGCAACCUCCAAGUCACACACCUGUUUCUGGACCCAGGAGUGGGAAGGGGUUGUUUGUGCCGGAGACAUUGCAGCUUUCUGUUGCCAGCGCUGUGACGCCACAGUCCUCCGCAGCUGGGAACAGAAAUGCUCCUGUUUUGCAACCUGCUGUUGAAGAGGGCUAAUUAAUGUAUUCCUGGCGAGAUCAAUCAAAGUCAUGCCGGGCCAUUUCCCUCCAGAAGGAGAGAGCCAGCCAACCAUCCCACACUCCUCUCGUCUUCUUGGUCCAUCUGCAUUCCUGGGAUCACCCUCAUCCUGUCACACCCAGAUGGUGAGCAGCCACCCACCUGAUCCCACGGGGUGUGCCGUUUCUAAUAAUUGAAUGCUGGUUGUCACCUCGCAGGGAGGGGGUAGAUGUUGCAGGCCGGCCGGCCGCGCAGGUCCAUUUCCCAGGACUGUUCACUGUUUACAUCUCCAAAAGGGAUUCCUGCCUCUGCCACGGGCUUUGCCUUGUGACCUCAUUCCCCUUCCUCCUCUCGCCCUCUCAGUUUUCCUUUCAGUAAAAUGGGUCAGGUAUCUGCUUCGACAAGGCUUGUUUGGUUGCUAGCACCCGGUGUAAAGUGUUGUAAACAAAAUCUGCCCUUUUCCCUUAUGGGGUAUCCAAGAGCCCAUAUAGAGUCCUUACGUGGGUUCCCUAUUGGUAGGAGAAAAUAACAGAGGCCAACCAGAGAAUAUUGAGAAGCAAAGCAGCUAGUAAGCCUGAUCUUUAUUGAUCUGUUGCAACAGGGUCCUCACUCACCACAUGCAGGAGGGAGGAGGAACCCAGAACAAUGGCGUGCAAGGCCUUAUAUAGACAUUUUAAAUUCCCUGCCCUGGAGCUCUAAGACCACCCCCCAGAUACAUCAUACUACAUCACAGAAAAGGCGGUCUACAGCAGAAAUCUGAGUGACUUGUUUAUCUCAUCUGACAGGUUACCUGUUUAAUGGUCACUUGAUUGGAUUGCCGGGGGAGCCUAACCAGUCUUCUGUAAUGAUAAAUACUUAGUUCCUGAGCCAAGUCACAGGCUCACACCCUAUUCAUAUCUUAAAUGUGCCCUUAAGACAGGAUUUGUGAAGGAAAAAGACAAUGGGAAGGUUUCCCACUUUGACCUUGCAGAGAAAUAAUUGAGGUCAAUUUGUUCAAGCCUUUUUUCUGUGGGGUUUUCAGACAUGUGGUUUAUAUAUUUAUGUAUGUGUUUGCUUGGUACAUUUAUUACAUAUCUAAGACCUUAAAAUUCUUAUCACAAAAGGUCAACCUUCCUCUCAGUUUGCUGGCCAGGCAGUUCAUUUUGAGCUUGUCCGCUUCACUUAUGACAGUCCCCAGCCUUGUGGCCGGCAGGGCCUUACGGCCGCGGUCACUUCCAGGGGUGGCUGGGUGUGCCUCGGAGACAAAGGACCCCACCUUUCCCCUCACACUUUCCACUUGGUGGUUGGCCAUCAUGCGGUAACUUCUCCUUUGCUCCUUUUUUUCCUUUUCGAACCUCAUGUCAGGAAGUGGUGUUUUGCCACAUGUUGUAGGUUACCGCAAGCGUGCUAUCUUGAGGUGAAACGUGUCUGUGCCUGCCUCAACAACAAAACAAAACAAAACCCCACCCCCAAAACCCUUCAUUUCAAGUUUAGAUACCUUCGGGAUAAAAAUACACAUUUAAUUAUGUCAGUGGGUGCAUGUCUGGGCUCCUCAGCUGCCGACUGCGGUGUGACAAAAAGGCGAGUAUUUCUAAAAGCCUUUGGAGCCGCCAUCAUACUUUGCUUGGCUAGUCACCACAGAGUCACAAGGAGUGGGUUUUUUUUAAUUGAUGGGAAGCCAAAUGGAAUAUCAACCCUGCAGGGUGUGUUUACACUAGAGUUUUAAACUGGUUUAGGAUGCACAAGUGGGAUCUGCAACAAAAUGUUGCAGUGUGGCCUGGGGUGUGUGUGGCCUAGGGGAGUCCCACGGGCCAGAUUGAGAGGACUUGGAAGGCUGCAUGCGAGGCUCCCCAUUGCUGUUCUAGCAGGUGUCCUAUCAUACAGAAAUAGCCUGAUAGAAUCAUAGAAUCCUAGAGUUGGAAGAGACCCCAAGGGUCAUCUAGUCCAACCCCUUGCAAAGUAGAAAUCUGGUGGAAAGAAUAUAGAAACAUGAGGUUUAUUAGUCCUGGCAAACAAGGCUAUUCUGAGUGCCAGCUCACAUGCGGCUGUCAUGGAGCCACAAUAAGAAGGUCUAACACGCAUUGGAGAAGCAGCAGGAAGGAAGUAAAGCCUGAGAGAGAAAACCAACUUGCAGAUAGUUAAGAAGGAAUCAGCAAGGGAAGAAAAGGUUGCCUUUCUGCCUGCUGGUUCAGGUAGCUUAUUGCAGGCCUUGUCGCUUUACUUCCAACAUAUCAGGGAGAGCUUGUUACCAGUUCUGUCAUGAUCGAAUGGUAAAGCUCUCCAUUUCCUGCACAGUUGAAGAGUGGGGCCUGCUUUUUGGUGUUCCAAAAUACCGUUGUCCAAACAAAUUCCCCCCUCCAGUUACCAGCUGCUACAUGUUGUUUAACUUUAGCAGCCAAAGGCUCUCCUACUCUGCCAGCUCUAGACAUUGUCCAUUUCUCCUGCCUUCCACCAAUUUCCAAAAGGCAAGAGGACAUUUCAUUCCUCAACCAUAGCUGUCAACCUUCCCUUUUUUUGUGGGAAAUUCCCUUAUUCCAGCACCGUUUCCCGCCGCUAUCCCGGAUUGUUAGAUAUCCUGUAGACUGUCCCCGGGACAGAUGAGGCUGCUGAUCCCUUAUUUUCAAAUCUGAAAGUUGACAGCUAUGCCCUCAACGUGUUUCCUUUUGUACCUUUUAACUGACCUAAUGGCGCUCCUACAAUCGACACCUUAAUACGUAGCUGGGAAGGCCCAGUAUGUAAACUCUGGCUGCUGGGAGUUGGUCAGUGCCUCAAAGCUGCCCACUUUCUCAUUGUCUCCCUUCUCUGUUGCCCCGAAUAACGAAGGCUGGUCCAUUAGGGAGAAUGGGGCACUGCCCCACCAGCCACAGCCAGCCACUCCCUUCCUGCCGCCUUCCUUACAACCAAUUCAGGGGCUGGUUCUGCCCAUCAGCUUCCUCUUCAUCAAGGCUGCCCUUGGAGAACUCAUCAGGGAAGAAUCCUGGGAAUUAGGUUGUCAAGGGUGCUAAGAGCUGCUAGGAGACCCCUGUUCCUCUCACAGAGCUACAGUUUCCUCCAGAAACUGCUUUAACAACAAUCAAUCACUCUUCCCAAGGAACUCCAUGGAAUUGUCCGAUUCUCUUGUUUUGCAGCCAUCGGUGCACGCAACUGCGUUUAUUAUUUUAUUUCUAUUAUUCUGUGUUUUUCUCCUCUGCCACGGCAACGGUCAUCGGGAAGCAUUGAAUCCAUUAAUGGGAACGCAAUUAACAGGAUAUCUGACAGGGUCAGUUUGCAGCAUCCUGUUCCUGUGUUGGCAUGUUAAAAUACAGACUUUGUUCUCCAUCUCUCUCUCUCCCUCCCUUUUAUAACUUUGGCAGCUAGCAAAAGGCUUACCGUAUUUGGGAGGUGAGGUGCAGUGUGAGAAUGGAUAGCCGGCUUGGAAAUUCCCGGAAUAAGCUUAGUUAUCGUGCCCUUUGGUGUCUCUUCACUGCCAUUUCAUUCUCACAAUGUGGACGGCCCAAGUGGUACCUGCAACAAAUUGUUGCAGAGUGAAGGACUCUUGUUGAGGAUGACAGCCGACCACCAAGCUGCAGAAGUACUUGUGCCAGGAAGAAAAAUAACAUUGACCAGAGUGGCUGGGGCUACCCAGUCAGAUGGGUGGGGUACAAACAACAACAACUACUACUACUACUACUGUGAUUUUGGGCCUCCCGCAUCCCCCAAACCCAAAGGGUACAACUGUCACUCCUUUUGUCCCAUGAAACCAGGUGUUCCUUUUUAUUUUUAACUUGCGUUAUUUUUAUCCCACCGCUCCUACUUUCAAGGCAAGUUGCAAAUCAAUACAAUGGGAGUUUAGCAUUCCGAUUUGAAGGUGAAACCGGUGAACUAUUAUGCAGAGGGAGCAAUAAAAAGCACAGCUAAUUAUACGGCAGGAACACAUGCAGCCCGAAAGGGAAACCCAUAAUCAGCUGGCGCUUCGUCCAGGACACCUGCCAAGAUAAGGUGGGCCUGCACACCCUCCUGGAAGUUAAUUUGGAAGGAAGGCAGCCACCCAAUUCAAAGAAAUAUUCAGCGAUUAAUCAUGCAAAGUCCAUUUAAACCUGCAUCUUUAAAAAUUGUGGGGGAGGUAGGAAGAAAAAUGCUGCAAUAAAGCAGGACUGGGGAGCCUGUGGGGGGAAAGCUAGAGGUAUAUAAAAUUAUGCACAUGGUAGAGGAAGGUUUUAUCUCCCUUCCCCACAACACUACAACUCAGGGAUGUGCAGUGAAGAUUUAGGACAGAGUACUUACUCAGGGACGUUGGUGGCGCUGUGGGUUAAAACACAGAGCCCAGGACUUGCCGAUCAGAAGGUCGGCAAUUCAAAUCCCCGCAAGGGGGUGAGCUCCCGUUGCUCGGUCCCUGCUCCUGCCAACCUAGCAGUUCGAAAGCACGUCAAAGUGCAAGUAGAUAAAUAGGUACCGCUCUGGCAGGAAGGUAAACGGCGUUUCCGUGCGCUGCUCUGGUUUGCCAGAAGCAGUUUAGUCAUGCUGGCCACAUGACCCGGAAGCUGUACGCCGGCUCCCUCGGCCAAUAAAGCAAGAUGAGCGCCACAACCCCAGAGUCGACCGUUAUUGGACCUAAUGGUCAGGGGUCCCUUUACCUUUACCUUUACUUACUCAGGCAACACAAACUAUGGAACUGGCUCUCGCAGGAGGCAGUGAUGACCACUGGUUUGGAUGUCUGUGAAAAAGGAUGAAACAAACUUAUGAUGGAGAGGGCUAUCGAUGGCUACUGGGCAUGGUGUGUUGCCUCCUCUGUCAGAGGCAUCAAUGCUUCUGAAUAUCAGUUGCUGGAAAACUCAGGAGGGGAGAGGCCUCUCAUGCUCAAGAACUGCUUGCAGGUGGAGAAACGAAGGAUGAAUCUGCAAAGUUUUGUUUUCAGAAUGAAACCAGUUUCCUAAAAAAAAAAAAAACACUUUUCUGGGUCAGAAGAUAUAUGCAACAGAUCUGGAUUGUGCAUGGAGGACGUAGAAAAAGACAACUCCAUCUCCACUGAUUCUAGAAUAAAACGUUAUGUGUACACAGCCUUUGAAUGGACCAACACAACAAGUAAGCUUCACGACUGAGCAGGGAUUUGAACCCUUGUCUCCCGGGUCCUAGUCCUGCUCGGACUCGGCUCGGCUGCAGUGCUGCAAACACCACUGCUUCAAGUGCCACCUUUUGACUCUGGUGUCCCGUCCCCACCACCACCAGAUGUCCACCAUCAAUAGCGGGCCCCGAUCGACUUUCCAGCACGAAUGCUUCCCUGCCCCUUGCUUUAAUGUAAUACAAAAAUUCAGAGAUUGGACCUGCAACUUUCCCCCCCUCCUUUAUGGCAAUGACAUGUUCUGUGUGCUGAGCUACGGGCUUCUCCUGUACAAGGCCUUAGGCUAUUUUGUUCCCAGAUGUGUAUCUAAAAAGACAACAACACACCACAAGAAUUUCAGUUCCACGUAAACGUUUCUCAGGAUCUGGAUGUGUGGAAGCCUAGCCCAGAGGCCUCGCAACUCUCUCUGGGAUUUCUCGCAGCCUCCGAUCGCAUCACAUGCGUUUUCUAAUGCUUUCUGACCCCGGGAUUUAAGGAUCAUGUGCUUUUUGAGAUGGCGAGGCAGUUUGCCCCUGGGCUUUAGACAUACUUCAGCAGAUUAUCGCUUUAUCACUGGCUGCGGAGCUCUUGGAGAACAGUAGCGUAAUUCUCCUUUUCUUAAGCAAUUUAGGAGGAGAGCAAGAGGAGCAGGGACACAUUUAGGCUUAUUAAAGUAUGGAUUACUUGCAUGGCUGGCUGUGCGCGGAUGCAGGAAUGGGGUGUUGGUGAGGAAUGCUAGCGUGGGGAGGGGGGUUCUCGAACCUUUGGAAAAAAAAUACUAUUUCGAUUUUAAUGCAUUUAAAGAGAUUGCAGAAGAAUACCGGGGAGGAGUACAUUGCCGGGCUGAGCCAAAUUUUGACGGGCAAAGAGUUCUGGUGUGCUGGGGGUGUUUCCUGCAAACUCCUCGAAGCUGCUGUCUUUUUCUUCACAGCCUGUUCGCAGUUUUCCUCUUUUAGUACAGUGUUUUAAAGACAGUUUUUUCCUUUUGCUGGCUUGUGAUGAAGCCAAUCAGGGUUUAUAUUAUUAGUAUUAGUAGUACUGGUAGUGGUAAUAGCAACAAUAAUUUAACCACUUUCCAAAAAUGUGUCUUGGAGUGAUAUACAUAAUGCAAUGAAAACAGCCUAAAGCAGUUAAAAGGAAAAUGGAAAGUAACAGCAGCUUAGUUUAUUAUUAUUAUUAUUAUUAUUAUUAUUAUUAUUAUUCAUAGCCAAGAGGGGAUUCGAACCCUGGUCUCCUUGGUCCUAGUCCAACACUCUAACCACUAGGCCACACUGGCUCCCUACAGCAGCUUAGUUUAGAAGCAAUACAAGGUCGACACCUAUGGCAGAGACUUGGUCAUCCAUCUGGGAAAGGGGGUCACAAUAAAAAUAUAAAUCGCCUUUGGAAAGUUCAGAUACUGUUGUAUCUCGGCAGCUGCACAGAACUGGGGCAUCUGCACUGAAAUCCCUGCUCUGAGUUACUCCAACUAUGUAGCUGACAUCGUAGCAUCGCUGCGCCAACCAGAUUUCAGGAUGUGAUGUCAUCGCAAAGCUUCGACAUGUGAACUGUACUUCCUGCCCUCACUCUGAAUGGGUGGGUGUUUUUUGUGCCCCUUUUCCAGCCCCCUCCCUGUUAUUUCAUGGAAUGGAGUGGGGUAUUUCACAGUGGGGAUGGCAUUGUUCCAUGAAAUUCUUGCACACACCCAUUGCACCACAGCCCUGGUUUAAAAUACUGUUGCAGACUUUAAAAAGAUCAAAAGUUGUCUUGUUUAUUUGUCCUGUCUCGAAUUAUUCCCAAAAAACACACGAAAGGAAUGCCAGGCAGUCGCCAUGUCAUUAUCAUACAGCUAGUAAGGCUAAUGACUCAGCAGCCAUUUGACAUUUCUUUUGUAUGGGUGUAAUAUAUCUGUUUACUCAAAAGGACAAUGUCCCAGACUUUAACCAUCCAUUCUGAGUUGGCUGGCAGUGUGUGUAUAUAUAUAUAUAUAUAUAUAUAUAUAUAUAUAUAUAUAUAUUUCUGUCCUCCAUUUUCCUGUAGUUGUUAUUCUGCUGGCUCCCAAAGGAAGGCCAUUCCCUCUACUUCCGACAUUUAGACAGCAACUGCCGAUUGUUAUCAUCCUCACGCAAAAGAGGGAGGUUUGGGAAGGUUUGAGGGAGCGUCCCAGUUUGCAGAAGCGCACACACACACAAAAAUUAGAGGGCAGAAACUCUCAGAGUGAGGGAAACCCUGGAAACAGGCCGAUGAGGACUGGGCAUCCUUGAAGUCUCUGUGUCUACGUGCCAAGCUGGUUGUGAAGGCUGGUCUGCACCUCAGCUCUCCAUGGCUUUGUCUACUCAAGGCUAGGGAAGUGGGAGAAAGUCAGUUAUGCUUGUGUUUAAAUUCGUGCUUUCCGGAACGCUGCGUGGACCUCAAUGCAGCCACCUUUCGAAAUUAGCAUUUCUCCGAAUUUUGCAGUCCAGUUCUCUAGCUAUGAAUUUGCACAAAGGGGGGCGGGUGUUCAACGCCUCCCUUCCCUGCUCGUUUCUAAAUCUAAAUAGUCCUUCAAAGGUGUUUCUAAUCCCACAGAAAAAGUUACAAGAAAGGAGGUUUUGAUUUAAUAUCAGGAACAACUUUCUGACAGGAAGAGAUGUUUGACAGUGGGAAGGUUGUGGACUCUCCUUCCUUGGAGAUUUUAAAGCAGAGGUUGGAGGGCCAUCUGUCAUGGAUGCGUUAGCUGAGAUUCCUGCAUUGCAGGGGGUUGGACCAGGUGACCCUCAUGGUCCCUUCCAAUUCUACAAUUCUGUGAUUCUUCUCCUCCUCAAGUAAAAAUCCUCAAAUAUAUAUGUGUGUGUGUGUGUGCGCGCGCACGCUUGUGCAUUUGCGUUAGCGGAAACACCCCUUGUCUGUUCCCGCUGCAAAUGUUUUGCCGGCUAAUUUGUUCAGCGUGUGCUCUGUGAGAAUGGCCGCUUCCUUGAAAGGCCUCUUGGCUCCCCUCUUGACUGGGCAUCAGCAGAUUCCCCACGGUAUUCCGGAGCGGUUUAGUGUUGGGCGAUGGACACUCAUUAAAUGGCCCUGAGUCAUGUGCCUGCCCUUUAGGGCUCAGCCCACACACAUCUGUCUCUGAUAUGACAAGGGCAGCAGGAAACAUUUAAUUGGACCUGUAAUUAUAGGGCACGCGGCAGCAUAACAGUUCCCAAAAAAGGGUACCAAGGUGGAGCUGCCAAGCGCACAAAAGGCAAAUGGAGGUUGGCUGGUUUGCAGCGCGGAGCAGAGCCAAUGUGCCGGGACAGCAGAUUUCCACCUGCUUUUAGACCGGGUUGCAGGACGGGCAAGGCAUUUGCACAGAGGAACGUAGGAACUUAGCACCUUCUGCAUGCAAAACCACUGAGCUACUGCCCUUCCCUUAGAGGCAGAGUAAGAUGCUAGCCCUCAUGGUUCAAAUUAAAGAAGUGAUUCAAACAGGGAGCUGCCUCUUUAUACCAAAUCAGACCAUUGGUGCAUCUAACUCAGUAUUGUCUACACUGACUGGCAGCAGUGGAUUAAGUGUUAUGUGCAGAGCAGGCCAGAGGGAACCGAGGGAGGCUGAGGCUUGGGGGUGUUCCAUUUAUCUAUUAUAUUCCAGCCCCAGCUUUACUCCAGAGAGAGCAUAGGUGCUUCCCUCUCUGCCAUACUGUUUUCAGAACCACCCUGUGAGGUAGGUUAGACUGAGAGACAGUAGCCGGCCCAAGGGCACCCAGCAAGCUUCAUGGCCGAGUGGGGGAUUCGAACCCUGGUCUCCCAGGUGCUACUCCUAGUCCAACACUCUAAACCAGGAUUUCCCAAACUUGGGUCUCUCUCCAGCUGUUUUUGGACUACAAUUCCCCUCAUCCCUGACCACUAGCUAGGGAUGAUGAGAGUUGUAGUCCAAAAGCAACUGGUGACCCAUGUUUGGGAAACCCUGCUUUAACUGCUACACCACACUAUUCCACAGUAGAGUUUGAACUGGAGAGGGAGUUCCUUCUGACCUGUGGCUCAGUCAUUUGGGGGGAGUUUAGGACUGCUGUGUGAAUGGUAAUGACAACAGACUGACUCCUUCUCCCCUUUUCCUUCUCUCACCCUCAGUAUUUCUGGCUGUUUGUCCUCUCGCGGGGUUUGGUCGGCAUCGGCGAAGCCAGCUACUCCACCAUUGCGCCCACCAUCAUCGGAGACCUCUUCACCAAAAACACCCGGACCCUCAUGCUCUCCGUUUUCUACUUCGCAAUCCCUUUGGGCAGGUAUGGAACUCCACGGACCCCUUGACUCCUUGUUUCUACACGCAUCGUGUUUCGUUUCUUUGCUUUCUUACUCUGAACACAGAAAACACCUUGAGCCCUGGGCCAUGUCUGCACCUUACAUUUGAAACACUAACAACCUUCAGUGUCCUUAACAAACUAGAGUUCCCACAAAAUUCUUGGGCUUUAAAUGGAUGGUGUGGAAGCGGCCUUGUGUUUUUUUGCUCUGGCCCGGCCCACUGUUACCUUCAGCCCCACCCACCACUCGUCCAGGUCCCAUCCACCGGGGGCAUGUAGCCCCUGACAGAGUGCCCCUGAGGUAGAGAAUAACUGAGGUCCCAGUUUGGAAACCUCGGCUAUGGUGCCAAGCUUGGGGCUAAUGGCUUCCUUCCCUGCUUCGAGCCGCCCUUAUCAGCCUGGUGCAUUCUGGGGAUUCCUCUCUCCUCACAAUGCCUCCUUGCCCCAGCUUGGCAUGGUGACAGACGGGUUGGCUGCUCCACAUUCCAGCUGGCAGGGCCGUUUCCUGCGGGGAAUCUCAGCGCCGCAUGUUUACUUCCAUCGGCGCGGGGAAAACCUUUCCCGUAAUCAGUCGGGUGACAAAACAUCUGUGGCGGGCUGGCGAACAAGCUAUCCUGAACUCGCCGUUUGCAGGCCAGCCUGGAGACAAAGGGUUGAAAGCAUUCCUUUUAGCUCUUCAGGAAAAAAUGCGUCCCCAGGCCCGCCUGAGAACGCUGGGGGCAGCUUUUUCCUGAACAACAGCAGGAAGCGAGGCUGUGAGUUUGGCCCGUGACGCUGGCUUUAAAAUAGCAAGCUUGAUAUUGUUAGGGUGGUGUAGUGAGGAGGGUCAGAUCAAAUGGGGUCCCUGGGCCAUUUAUCUGAGAGGGGUCAGCAAGAUUCUUCCUGGAACUCCCAAAGCUACUCGUAAAGGCAACAGCCAGCCCCAGUUGUUUGCUCCUCAGCAGCUGGUACUUAGAGAUGGUCAGGAUCUGUCUGUGAACCAAACCAAACUGCUCUAGAUUCUCUUAAAGGAUCCUGGGAGUUUCAUUUUGGUGAGGGGGAUUUCAGUAGGCCUCCUCUCAGCACUAUGGGUUUCCAAGGGUCCCUAUAGAAAAGGUAGCAGCUGUUAAACUAGACCAAACACCUUGAGGACUUUGUAACCUUAAGGGCUAAAGACCUGGAGAGCUCUCCAAUGCUGAUCCUACUCAGAGUGGACCUACUGAAAACUAUGGAAAUGACUAAUUUGGGUCAGAUUAUUUCAAGGUGUCUAGACUGAGUAAAGCUCAAUUGCAUCACACUUUUUCAAAUGAGAUGGGCAGGAUGCUGAAUUCUGCACGCUUAUACCAGUAGUCCCCUGUUGCCUUGAGGGACAUCUUUGGGAGAAGAAAAGGCUAAGGAGUAAACCCUACAGAAAUCCAGAGUGAAGUCCCUAAGACGGCUGGAUGGUGCCUUGUGCACCUCCUUCCGGCAACUUUGGCCAAGCUGGUGCCAAGCAUAUUACUCUGCUUUCCUUUGGACCAUAUCAAUGAGGCCGAGAGAGGAGCCUUGUCAUUGGGCAGCCCAGGACCUUCAUACACAGUGCCCAGGAUUUCGCCCUGGGGGUGUUACUUUGGUGCUGAAAAUGCAGCAGUUGACUUCAACCUCAGAGGCACACUCCGUUGUCUCUCUAGAAAGACGGAUGCUGACAAAAAAUACCAGUAGCUUUGUUUGUGUAGUUCCUGAGACUGGUUGCAGGAUGCACAAACAGCACUAGAUGUUCUCCUGGACUGUGGGACUCCCUUCCCCUGGAAAUUCACAAGUGCCUUUCAGCCAUGAUCUAGUGAAGCUUUCUUUAAAAGAAGCUUUGGGCGGCCACAGUGCAGCUGUUGGAUUGGUACAGGUGAAGUUUUAAAGUACCAUGUUUUCAAUCCGUUUGGUUAGCCGUUCUAAGCGUGUUGGAUUCUGCACUUCAGGUGCCGCUGGGAGAUCAAGUGGGCUAGGAACUUGAACAAACAAAUGAACUAAUUCCCCUAUUUUUCCUCUUGUCUUUUGCUUUGUUCCCCAGCGGUUUAGGGUACAUCACUGGAUCAAGCGUCAAGCAAGUAGCUGGUGACUGGCACUGGGCCCUUCGGGUGAGCAAGCAGCCUGUUUUUUGGUGUUUGUUUCAAGGAUCUGCUCCACUCUGCACCUAAGUGAGGUGCCGUUUACAGAUCACGUUGCCCACACAUUGAAAAGAUUGCAUGUGGGACUUCUAUGGGCGAGUCAUGCUUACCCCCAGUGACCACACCAUCGGCGUGCUGGAAGAAGAUCUGUACCGUGUCUAGCCAGCUUGGUUCUCUCCAGAUGUUAUUGGAUUACAAUUCCCAUCAGCCCCAGGGAUGAUGGGAGUUGUAGUCCACAGCAUCUAGGGGGUACUGCACUGGCUGUCCCUGCACACUGGCUAUCACAUAGAGCUAUGCGAGGGAGAGCAUAGAGAAGCUCUACCUGCAGACAUUGGUGCACGCGUAGAGCCUCUUCUGAUGUGGUUUCAGCAGGUUACAAGGCACUUUUACUAUGAAGACCCUCGUGACAGGGCAAGCUGGGCAUCCCAUCAGUCAGGGGCACUGCAGCAGCUGGUUUCCUGCAUCACGAGUGGGGGACAGGAUGACCAUCAAGGCCCCUUCCAACACUUGCCCAAGAUAAUAAUAAUAAAAAAGAGUCAGGCACCCUUUCGGUUGGCUAAAUAUUAGAAUGCUCCCCUCAUGUCAGUGUCAUGGGAAACAUUACAGGCUAAAUAGCUUCCUGGACCACUGUUUUGCUAGAAGUGGAGGAAAAAUCUGCGGAAGAAUUUAGGAUGCUUCUGGCCUGAGGUAGAUUAUUGUCAGGACAGGAAAACGAAAGGUCGCGGCAGCAUUCCGUUCCCUCUGCUGCUCUUUAGUCAAAGUGUCCCUUGGCUGCCAUGAAACUCAGCCAGGGAUGUUUUCUUGUUUUGCGGGAGGGAUAAUUGUUUCCCUUUUGCAUUCAUUUUCCUGCAUGAAGGUUUCUCCAUUUCCUUCUAUACACUUUGGGGGACCUUGAGAAAUGUGCGGGGAACACUUUAAGCGUGCAGUGGACGCAGCAGACACAAAGAGCGCUUGACCAGAAAAAAAGAAAAGAAAUAGCCAACAGGAAACAGGGCAGCAAAACUGUUUCCUAACCUUUGACCCCGCUUGGCCCCUUGCCAGUGGAGGAGCGACUUUUCCCGUGGAUGGAAUUUUAGGAAGGUGAAAACUAUGGGAUGGGAGGUGUGGCUUUUGUAGAUAAAGCUAAAAUCAGGUCUCCUGGCCUGUUGAUGGGGCCAGGCUAUCGCCAGCGCAUAACUCGGGUGCUCAAAGCUCUACACCAGUUGCCUCUAUUGCUACCUGGUAUGGUUCAAGGCUUUUGUUCUAGCUUACAAGGCCCUGAACGACUUUGAUCCAGAAUACCCCAAGAAACCACCUAAUCUUUUAUAUCCCUGCCUAAUCGCUGAACGCUUUGGGGGGGCCCUCUUAGUGGUCCCCAGUGGCUCAAACACACAGCUCGUACUAAGGGACUUGCGCUUUUACUAUUGCGCACCCAAUUUUAUGCAGCUCCCUUCCUGUCGAGGUCAGAGAUUCUCCCAUCCCUCCCUGUGAACAUCCAGUGUCCGCUGAAUCUUUUAUUCCAGCAAACUGAAUUGCAAUUGUAUCAUUUUUAACUGAUCUUUUUUUAACAUUUCCAUUGUAUUGAGUUUCUCGUGCACCGCUUAGAGAAGAUUGCAGUUAAUCUGGGUGUUCAUUUUGCCCCAGUCAUCCGCCCUUUUAAAAAAACCAGGCCGUGUGCUCUAGAUGUUUCUGAUUCCUGGUUCCUCACACCGCACACCUCUUUCUCCUCCAGGUCUCCCCGCUUUUAGGUAUGAUCACCGGCACACUCAUCUUAAUAUUUGUUCCAGCUGCUAAGAGAGGCAACGCCGAGCAGCUGGGGGCGCAGCUGAAGGCUCGGACCUCGUGGCUGAGGGAUAUGAAGGCCUUGAUAAGGAAGUAAGAGAACUAUGCAGCCUGUUUCCAUCCUGUGUCAGUUCUGCACCCCCUAAUUCAAAGUUUCUUUGCUGAUUUUUUGCUGACGUAAGAGAGGGCUAUUGAUGGCUACUAGUCAUGGCUACUAGUCAUGGACACGGGUGGCACUGUGGUCUAAACCACUGAGCCUCUUGGGCUGCCACUCAGAAGGUCAGCAGUUCUAAUCCCCGCAACAGGGUGAGCGCCCAUUUUUCUGUCCCAGCUCCUGCCAACCUAGCAGUUCGAAGGCACACCAGUGCAAGUACCACUGUAGCGGGAAGGUAAACGGCGUUUCUGUGCGCUCUGACUUCCAUCACGGUGUCCUGUUGCUCCAGAAGCGGUUUAGUCAUGCUGGCCACAUGACCCAGAAAGCUGUCUGUGGACCAACGCCAGCUCCCUCAGCCUGAAAGCGAGAUGAGCGCCGCAACCCCAUAGUCGCCUUUGACUGGAUUUAACCGUCCAGGGGUCCUUUACCUUUUUUUAGCUUAUUAGCCACGAUGGCUAGUAGCAAUGCUUCUGAAUGCUAAGUGCUGGAAGCCACAGGAGCAGGAAAGAUCUCUUGUGUGUGAAACCUGUUUGCUGGUUUCCCACAGUGGCAUCCGUUUGGCCACUGUGAGGACCGGAUGCUGGACUCAAUGAGCCAUUGGCCUGAUCCGGCAGGCUCUUCUUAUGUUCUUAUGUCAAUAUGUCAUUCAUAUAUUUAUAUGUAUGAGCAAAUUUUCAUUUGAAUCGCACUCAUUGUAUACACAUUGUAUACAGUGGUACCUUGGGUUACAUACGCUUCACGUUACAGACUCCGCUAACCCAGAAAUAGUGCUUCAGGUUAAGAACUUCAGGAUGAGAACAGAAAUCGUGCUCUGGUGGUACAGUGGCAGCAGGAGGCCCCAUUAGCUAAAGUGGUGCUUCAGGUUAAGAACAGUUUCAGGUUAAGAACGGACCUCUGGAACGAAUUAAGUACUUAACCUGAGGUACCACUGUACAGUGGUAUCUCGGGUUAUAGGCGCUUCAGGUUACAGACUCCGCUAACUCAGAAAUAUUACCUCGGGUUAAGAACUUUGCUUCAGGAUGAGAACAGAAAUCGUGCUCCGGCGGUGCAGCAGCGGCGGGAGGCCCCAUUAGCUAAAGUGGUGCUUCAGGUUAAGAACAGUUUCAGGUUAAGAACAGACCUCUGGAACGAAUUAAGUACUUAACCCGAGGUACCACUGUAUUCUUCUCAAAGAGUGUAAUGAAGGUGCAAAGUGCAUUUCUUUCCCCUGUCAUGCUCUUUGGAAUGGCUUUAUCGUCUUAUAUUGGUUUGUCCGUUCUGAUGUUCUGUCCAUGCUAUUACAAAAUUAAAACCAAAACCUUCCAGGAUCGUUUAUGGGGAAGCAGCAAGAACUUCCUCUUCAUGGGAUAUGAAGCCUCCCCUUCUUGGCUCACCCCCCAAAACCCCUUUAUCCCUUCAGCCGCAGCUACGUCUUUUCCUCUCUGGCUACCUCGGCCGUCUCCUUCGCCACGGGGGCCCUGGGCAUGUGGAUCCCCCUCUACCUCCACCGGGCGCAAGUGGUCCAGAAAACCGCAGAGACCUGCACAUCUCAGCCCUGCGGGACCAAGGACAGGUGAGCUCCUGCUUUGCUUUUACGUCUAGUGGGGAUGCUGCAGGGGGCAGCUUGCGCUGUCAGUCUUGCAUUUGCCGUGGGGUGGGGCUAGAUGCCCACCCCCAAUGUCCCAGCUCUAAGAUUCUCUUAAGUGCCAGCGAUAGCACCCUUCUUGGACAUAAGGCAUUUCUGGGGAGUCAGUUCAUGAAUUCUUUUUUAAAUUCUUUUUUUAAAUUUUAAAUUUUAAUUUUAUUAAAAUAAUUCAACAUUAAUACAUACAUAUUACGAAUUUACAGACAAACAUACAUUUCAUACGAUCCUUAAAAAUAUUCAUACAUACCCACACUCAAUCCCACGCAUAUUUCCUUUUCCCACCACCAUCCCUCACCCCACCCUGUGCUUGACUUCCAAUCUACCCAACUGCAAUUUCUUUCCACUUCUAUUACUUUCUUUCACACACUUUUAAACCAACUUUCUACUUCUUUUUUUCUGUUACACGUUGUUAUCCAUCUUAUUUAGUAUUUCAGUAUUUACAACGGAACUUGUUUAUUCUAAUAGGAGUUCUGAUUUUUCAAUAUGAUUUCGUAUUCAUACUCCAAUCCUGCAUUCAGCUGCAGGUUUGGUGCGACCAAUAUAGUGGCCCGUAUACCAAAGGUGCCAUACAUGGCUCUCCCCCUCCCCAGGUCGUCCCCACAGCAAUCCUGUGAGGUAGGUUAGGCUGAGAGGCAGUGACUGGCCCCCAAGGUCACCCAGUGAGCUUCGUGCCCAAGUGGGGGGAUUCGAACCCUGGUCUCCCAGGUUUGACACUUUAAAUGCUGGACCACACUGGCUCUUCACUAACAGCUCAUCACUUUGUAUAAAAGUCCUUUUCAGUUUUUCAGAGCCCUUUUACUGGCUUUGGACAGGUUUGUUGUUAUGCCAACCCACUGAGAGAGGGGGGUUCCUGUUUAAUGUUGGAGGAACUCAAACUUGAAGGAUCAGGGAUUCGUCCAAGGUUAGGCAAUGAGUGGAAAGUAGAGAAAAUUUAUAAUUUUCUUAAAGACCAUUGUAAACAGUUAAAAUCGCUAGUAAGAUUGGAAUAUCGCUUGUAGUUUAAUAUUGAAUUUUGGACGCAAUGGAGAGGUAAAAGAUUUGGAUUAUCAUAAAAGAUGCAGGAGGAAAUGAUUAACAAUAGGACCCACAACGGGGAGGAGGGAAGUUAAAGAGAUUUCUUGGAAUCUUGUUUUUUACGUUUCCUAUGUGACUGUAAAAUUAUAAUUCGAAAAACCAAAUAAAUAAUUUUUAUAAAAGGAUUUCCUGGACCUGACAUACUGUACGUGUCUUGCCCCACUGCACCACCAAAAAGAAAGAAAAGAAAACAGUAGAGAUAGACUCCUCUGAGAGACAGAGUACAUAAGUGAACCAGGUUAAUUUUAAAAUGCAGUUACAGAUUGCUGCCCUUCAGAAAAAGGUGCUCCCCCCCCCCGAGGUUCAGUCACCUGAGAACCUCAGAUUCCCAUGGAAAAGAUUCCAGACUGUCCUCAGAGCCAGCGUCUUAAUUUUAUGAAUUCCCUGCUUUGGGUUUUCGCCCAUAAAUGUCCGUUUAGCACAUCUUACUCAUGCCUUUUGCUUUGCUAAUCCCGGCCUCCACCUGCCUCUCACCUUCCUGUGUAUAAAAAUAUGCCUGUAUCAGUGAGAGAGGCCUCUAUUUUUGGAAUUCUUCCUUGCCCUUAGCUUGAUCUUCGGGGCUAUCACUUGCUUCACCGGAUUUCUGGGCGUGAUCACCGGGGCCGGCGCAACCAAGUGGUGCCGUUUGAAGACGCAGCGAGCGGAUCCCCUUGUCUGCGCCGUCGGGAUGUUGGGUUCAGCCAUCUUCACUUGCCUGAUCUUCGUUGCGGCAAAGAGCAGCAUUGUGGGAGCCUACGUAUGUAUGAAGCAGCUUGGGGUUGCGUCCGGGGGGGGGGGGAGGGACUGACUUUCCUGAUUGCAAUUACACACAGGUCACAGAUUCAUAGAAUCGUAGAGUUGGAAGGGACCCCCAAAGGUCAUCUAGUCCAACCCCCUGCAAUGCAGGAAUCUCAGCUAGAGCAUCCAUGACAGAUGGCCAUCCAACCUCUGCUUAGAAGCCUCCAAGGAUGGAAAGUCCACAAGUUCCCAAGGUCCCGCUACCCAAACACUCUUUAUACGAGAAUUCACUUAUCCAAGCACGAGGAAUUAGUACCCAAACCUUGCUAUGCACACCAGAGCAUAGCUGCCAACGUUUCCCUUUUUUAAAGGGAAAUUCCCUUAUUCUGAAUGGGAUUCCUCACAAGAAAAGGGAAAAGUUGACAGCUAUGCACCAGAGAUUCACAUAUCCAAACAUCUGGACCCGCAUGUGGUAUUGUAAACAAGUAAACAGCCUUAAAGAAGCCUUACUUUUUUGUGUUUUGCUGGUCCAUGGCAUCCAUUUUGCAAAAAAAAAUUUUAAAAAAUGGUGGGGAGGGAGGGGGGAGAGAUCAGACAAAUAAGAGAGCAUUUUCCCCCUUCAAGGGUUUUCCUGGGUUUUUCCUGUCAUUUGGGGAUCAAAAUUCUGUGGUCAGGAACACAUUAGAAAUGUUCCCAUAGAGAUUAAUGGAAAUUGUUGACUCACUAUGCAAACACUCGCAGUGAAUACAUAAAUACUAUCAAUAAAAUAAAUAUUCUCUGUCUGCUGUUUAGCUCCCUUUAUCUCUCUCCUUGCAAUAUACAGAUUCUCCCUCCUCCAGCUAACUCCGCCCACAACCAUAAUUAAUGAGAAUUUGACUAGUAUCUGUCUAAGAACAUUUCCAAUCUUCCUCCCAAACAAAAGGAAACAAGCAGCCCAAUUUCGCAGUGCAAUAAAGUAAAUUGCUGUGCAUAUGGCUGCGUUGGGAGCGAGUACUACUGUUUUACGAAAUCUGCUUAAAAUGUGGUAAAAACUAAACAAUUGGUGCUGUCUGUGUUUCAUCAACAGGUCUGCAUUUUUAUCGGUGAGACACUCUUGUUUUCAAACUGGGCCAUCACUGCUGACAUACUCAUGGUAAGCUGGCAUGGGGAGUGCUCUUAACUGUGUUGGUGAAGGCCACACACAGUCCAUAAUGUUGCAAUUGCACUGGUGCAGAGUUCAGCAUCCUGUUGCCAUUAUGGGGGAAUCUUAAGAAGGAUGGGGUGAGGAACAUUGGGCUGGGCGCCCAAUGUGGCCCUCCAGGCCUCUCUGCCUGGCCCUCAGAGCCAGCUUAGUGGUGCUCCAUGUGAUGCCCCGAAUAGCUCUGCUCGUUUUUUUGUGGUGCGAAGAGGACAUUGGUGCCAACACCAGCCCUUUCCCCAGGCCUCUAUUUUAGGAAGCGAGGCCUUGCCAGGGCAACCCUUGUGGUCUUUCCUCCGGCUUCCUGAGCUGUGUGUGCCACUCAGCUCGGAGCAACCGGGGCGAUCCCACGCUCUGCUUCCUGGCUUAGCCAACCUGCCGCCAUCUUAGGCAGGGAUAUCCGAGCCAGCUCCUGUGGUGCUCUUUUGGUUCACUCAGGCCUGUAAUUGACUUAUUUUCCAAACGUGGGCAGGAACUAAUGUUUGGCUGGGUUUUUUUUUCUUUUCUAAGUGCUCUUUAAAAGGGCACCCACCAACCUUUGCUACAAGUAUGGGGAAACUUUGGCCCUCCAGAUGGGAAUUAUGGAUUGAUAACUUCCAGAGGGCCCCACAGAUUUCCCCAGUGGCUACAGAGCAGGGAUGUGGCACCUCUGGCCCUUCAGAUGUUGUUAGACACUAACUUUAGUAAGUCAAUACUGAGGGAGGGCCAGUAUCCCAGUCAGUCAAUACUGAGGGAGGGCCAAUACCCCAGGCAGUCAAUACUCUGGGAGAGCCUUAGGUGUUCACAAUACUGACCCAAUGUCCCACCACCAAUCCCUUGGGAAUUCCCCAGCUGGUUCCUCCCACCAUUCGUUCUCCAUCCAGCCAGUCCAUGGCAAGUACUGUAUAGGUUUGCCACACAACUGUGGGGUUCUCUCUCCUGCAGUCAGGGGGAAGCCAUGGUUGUUUUGAUACAUCUUUAAAUGUAUAGGCCUCUAAUUGCAGUAGGUCUACUCUUAGAUUGGUACAAGUACAACCAAGAUCAGGCCAGCUCUGCUGCCAUUUUCUUUUCUAUACCUUUGCUGCCAUUUUCUUUUCUGUAAUCGCAUGGUCCCCAAAUGCAUGCUUGUGCUAAAUGGCAUAUCCCAGUGUGGGCUGGUCAUUUGACUGACUGGUUGUUGAAAUGCUUUACCCAUAGAGUGUUGGACAAGGAUCAAGGAGACCAGGGUUCAAAUCCCCACUUGACCAUGAAGCUUACUAGGUCACCCUGAGCCAGUCAGUGGUGAGGGAUAAUACGCAGAGUGGGAGGUCCAUAAAUGCCACGUUGAGCUAAUUGGAGGAAAGAAGGGAUAUAAAUGCAAUGAUAAUAAAUAAUAUAUUUCUCCCUGCCAGUACGUGGUUAUUCCUACACGCCGGGCAACUGCAGUAGCUUUGCAAAGCUUCACCUCACACCUUCUGGGAGACGCUGGGAGCCCUUACCUUAUUGGAUUUGUAAGUGCAUUUUUGGGGUGUCUGGGUCAGGGAUGUGUUGAGAGGCUUGGCUCUCAUUUGCAAGGCAAUCAUGUCUCCCCACCACAGGAAGGAAAGUGCAUACCCUUCAGCAUUUCUCUGAUGAAAAUAGGGAUGUCCUAGCUAGCCCUGGUGAUCAUCUAAUGUUUAUUGGAUGGAUUUUCCCCCUAAAUUGAUUUUUGAAUUCUGAAUUUACUGUUAUUCACAUUUUAUACUGUAUUUUAUGCUGUUUUUUGUUGCAUCAAUUAAGUGUUUUAAAUUUGUUGUUAGCCGCCUUGAGCCCGGUUUUCUGAACCGGGAAGGGCAGGGUAUAAAUAAAAAAUUAUUAUUAUUAUUAUUAUUAUUAUUAUCAUUAAUUUAUUUAUACCUCACCCAUCUGACUGGAUUGGCCCAGCCACUCUGGGCGGCUUCCAACCUACAUAAAAACAUAAUAAAACAUUAAACUUCUUUUUUUUUAAAAGGCCCUAUACGGGGCUGCAUUCAGCUGUCUUCUCAAGGUUGUAUAGUUACUUAUCUCCUUGGCUCGGGGGUGACAUAACUCCAUACCCUCCAAUAUUUCCCCGAUGAAAAUAGGGAUGUCCUAAGGCAAAGCGGGACAUUCCAGGAUAAAAUAAGAAACCAGAAUGGCUUCUGUAAAUCUGUGACUGUCCCUGGAAAAUCGGGGCGCUUGGAGGGUCUGAAAGUACCAAGGACUGGAGUGGGAGAAGAGGAGGCAAAAUCAUUUCUCUGGUCUUCUUCUUCACUGGGGAAACCAGGGGUUGCACCUGGGACCCUCUUCAAUCACUCAUGUGCUGUACCACCAAUCUGUGGGUGAUAAGUUGUGGGUGAACAUAUCAGACGACACAGCGAUUCUUCAAACAGCUCUUGUUUAUUCACAGGCCAGGACAGAACUGAACUGAAGGGUUCAGUCAGCCUGCUUAUAUAGAGCUCCAGUACAGUGUAACUGUAACAACUUUCUAAAGCUAUCCAAUCACUGAACGUCACUUUCGAUCCCUUAUUUGCAUAACUAUCUACAGUAUCCCCCUGCUGGCCCAGGGUGAGAACUUCAGUACAUAACAGUGGGUGACACUCCCUGCUCUUAUCCACGACUAAUCUAGCCUGGCUAUUCCUGCCCUCCAUGCAGGGGUUUUUGCAGACCAGCAGGAGGGAAGCAUAACAGUUGGAAACCCUGACUGACAAUGAGGAAAGGAGCCGGUUUAUCGUAGCAACCAUCAUAUUUCUUUCCCUCUUGACAUCUCUUGAGAGUCCCACACAUCUUUGCAAGCGAGCGAUCACUGUCAUACUGAAUAAACUGCACCCGGAAAGAUGCUAACUUCUCUCCCCCUCUCCCCUCUCCCCGACCCCAAUUCUGCUUCCUCUCCAGAUCUCUGACCUGAUUCGCCAGAGCACAAAGGAAUCGCCGCUCUGGGAAUUCCUCAGCUUAGGCUACGCACUUAUGCUCUGCCCUUUCGUCGUCGUCCUGGGGGGGAUGUUUUUCCUAGCCACAGCCCUCUUCUUCCUGAGCGAUCGAGCCAAAGCAGAGCAACAGUGAGUACCCGCCAUUUGCACAUGAUAUUGUAUAUGCCAGCUUUGGGUUGGUGCCCCCUACAGCCAGUGAAAAAAAAGCAUGUCUGCACUACGCAGUCAAAUGAGAUUCAGAGCCAUUUGACCGUCGCCGUUCCUGAUCAAGGAACCCAGUUACCGUAUUUUUUGCUCUAUAAGACUCACUUUUUCCCUCCUAAAAAGUAAGGGGAAAUGUGUGUGCAUCUUAUGGAGCGAAUGCAGGCUGUGCAGCUAUCACAGAAGCCAGAACAGCAAGAGGGAUUGCUGCUUUCACUGCGCAGCAAUCCCUCUUGCUGUUCUGGCUUCUGAGAUUCAGAAUAUUUUUUUCUUGUUUUCCUCCUCCAAAAACUAGGUGCGUCUUGUGGUCUGGUGCGUCUUAUAGAGCGAAAAAUACAGUACAUGAAAAGGGAGAGUAAUCUCUAACAAAGUAAGAUCGGUGCCUUCAUGAAACUAUAUUUCCCAGGGCUGUUUGGGGGGGCAAGCUGGUGCCAGUUCCCAGGUUUUGGGGGGCACCUGGGUGUGUUGACCUCCUCAGGCUCUCUCCCUCUGUGAGUGAGCUCCUUUCCAUAGGAACAUAAUUUACUAAGACCUGAACAACUCGGGUGCAAGGUACCUCAGGGAACUGCCUGAACUCUCAUAUCCCGGGCUGAACAUCUGCAGGAACACCGUGGGUCAUGGCGAGGCCCAUUUGAUGGCAUCAAGAAACGCAGCCAUUCGUGUCACUGGCUCAGUAUUGUCAACAGAGAUUCAGCCGGCCCCUUCUGUCCCAGAACUUUUCUCUUCCAUCAGGCUGCCUUAUGCAGGCAAUUAAGAAUAGUGCAUGUUUCCAUAAUAGUUAGCAGGUUUCAAAUUUGUAUAUGGUUUUUUAUUGUGUGGUUCUGUGCAUGGUUGUUGUAAGCCGCUUUGUUGUUGUUUUAAUCACUAGCGGUAUAUGAAUUUUGCUUAUAUAUAUAAAUAAGAAGUUGUCUUAGACCAAGUCAGACCACUGGUCCAUCCAACUCAGUGUUGCCUGCUCUGACUGGUAGCAGCUCUCUCGGGUGUGUCUCUCUCCCAGCCCUCCCUGAAGAUGCUGGGGAGGUCUUUUUCAUGCAAAGUAUUUGCUCCAUCACUGAGCUACAGCCCAUCCCCUGGCCCAAGGGACUCUGGAGUUUGGCAGUGGGUCAGUUCCUGGGCCUUGUGCUGCCUGCCUCUGAUGGAGCAAGUCCUGGUAGCCAAAUGGACUUCUGACUAGUUUAUAUUCGUAGCAUAAGCAUGGCCCAGUUUAUUGGCGCUCUGCCUGGAAGAUCCCCGUCCUGGCAAUUGUCAAACUGGCACGAGCUCCUUUCCCUUGGAAUGACUUUCCAGCUUCCUGGGCCCGAGACUUUUCCGCAAAGCUCUAAAUCACCAUCUCGAAAAAGCAGCUUUGACGAACUGCACAAGAAGCUCUUCGCUGUAAAGACGCCCCAUUAUUCUGAGACCGGGAAAUCUGAUUUGAAGAGGGGAAUGCUGGAACUCCCAGCUCUUCUGGCAGACCACAGCAUCUCGGUCAUAUUUUAUACCUGGCGACUGCAAGAGAGCAUAAUGAGGCAGCAACUGGGGUCAUAAUUGAAGGGAAGGGAAAGAAGGCCUAUGGGCACUCCUUGACUGAUUUAGCAAUCAUCAUAAUGUUAGAAAUAAGGAGAGGGGAGAGAGAAGAGCGAAGCAGAACUGAAUAUUAUCUGGAAGCUGCACCCCUUUGCUGUGGAAUCCCUGCCCCCUAAUACGACACUUUAAAGACUGGGCUGGGGUUAUUCAUUUUCAACUCUGGACGUGCUCAGAAGCUUGGCUCAAGUUAAACCUUCAGGCCAUGUGCGAUCUACAGUGGCCCCGAUUCAGCAAGUGUUACAACCUUCCAGAAUAUCAGAAGCUGCUCUCAAUAUAGGAUAGGAGAGCUGCUGUAUCUCCCGCCGCCACCUUUUAAUUUUAAUUAAGUUAAAAGCUCAUGUAGUGUGUCGGGGGGCAGGGGGGGAAUGUUGUCACAGCCAGAAACUGGGUUGGAGGCAGUUUAAUUAAUUUAAAAGGGUCUGCCUGAACGGACAUGUACGUUUGACUGUUCUGUGGGGUAGGCAGGUCAAUGCAAGAGAGCCUCAGCCAUGUUUGCCUCUGUAAGGAGGAGGGCAGGUUCUCUGUGAGAUAGCGUGACAGAACACGGAUGGAGAGACCCUGAUUCAAAUCUCACCCACCCGCUUUGCCAUAAAGCUCACUGGGUGACCUUGGACCUGUCACUUACACACCAGCCUGGCCUACCUCACAGGGUUGUUGUGAAGUUGAAGUGGGACGGGGGAGAACCUCGUGCGCCACCCUGAGCUGCACAGAGGAAAGGCAGUAUAUAAACUAGGGGUGCCAUUUAGACCCAGAAAACAGCAGGCUAGAGUCUUUGCCGAGGAGUAUGGGAAAUGUUCAAAAGGAUCAUACCAGCCAUUUUAGCUCGGCUCUAAUAUACAGGGACGCGGGUGGCGCUGUGGGUUAAACCACAGAGCCUAGGACUUGCCGAUCAGAAGGUUGGCGGUUCAAAUCCCCGCAACGGGGUGAGCUCCCAUUGCUCGGUCCCUGCUCCAGCCAACCUAGCAGUUCGAAAGCAUGUCAAAGUGCAAGUAGAUAAAUAAGUACCGCUCCAGCGGGAAGGUAAACGGCGUUUCCGUGAGCUACUCUGGUUCGCCAGAAGCAACUUAGUCAUGCUGGCCACAUGACCCGGAAGCUGUACGGCGGCUCCCUCGGCCAAUAAAGCGAGAUGAGCACCGCAACCCCAGAGUCGGUCACGACUGGACCUAAUGGUCAGGGGUCCCUUUACCUUUACCUAAUAUACAGUAAGCCGACAACUUACGUGCAGAACAACUUAUGUUCUGGGGAUCACGCUUCGUGCCAAAAUCAUAAUCAAAACACAUUGGGUGCAAUGGCAGGUGGGACUGCCAAAGUCAUUUUUCUUCUUCUUUUAAUUAUCCCCCACCCCCCGGCCAUACCUAUAAGGCUGAAUGUGCAAGCUGCAGGUUUACUGUAUGAAAUAUAAGCCAUCACAGUGUAGCAGUUAGAGAAUUGGACUUGGAAGCCAGGAGACCAAGGCUCAAAUCCUUGCUGAGCUGUGAAACUCAGUGGGCGACCUUGGGCCAGUCACAGUCUCUCAGCCUAACUUACCUCACAGGGUUGUUGCUGUUGUGGGGAUAAGGUGGGGAAGAAAAGAUGCAGGAACUGUGCCACCUUGAGCUUGGAGGAAAGGUGGGAUAGAGAGGCAAUUAAAAACAACACCACCAAAUACUGUGUGUGUGUGUGUGUGUGUGAGAGAGAGAGAGAGAGAGAGAGAGAGAGAGAGAGUGUCUGACUAGAUAUUGUUUACAAUAUGAAAUAAUACUUGAGUACCCUGUCACUCCUCUCCUCAAAAGAUAAUUAUCUCUGCUGAGCCUUUGGGGGGGCUUGUUAAAAGUGAAACCCAACCAAGAGCCAGUAUGGUGUAGUGGUUAAGAGCGGUAGUCUCGUAAUCUGGUGAACCGGGUUCGCGUCUCCGCUCCUCCACAUGCGGCUGCUGGGUGACCUUGGGCCAAGUCACACUUCUUUGAAGUCUCUCAGCCCCACUCACCUCACAGAGUGUUUGUUGUGGGGAGGAAGGGAAAGGCGAAUGUUAGCCGCUUUGAGACUCCUUAAAGGGAGUGAAAGGCGGGAUAUCAAAUCCAAACGCUUCUUCUUCUUCAACCUGGGGCUGCGUGUUUUUCAGCACGGAUUCGGACCGCCUCGCCACGGGCACCUCCAGUAACUCGGAAGACACAGCCACAUGACCGCUACAACUUGGGGUUAGUUGGUGUGUGUUUUUGUCUUUUUUCUUUAAAGGAAAAAAAAGAAAGAAAGCUUCUACUCACUGGCCAGGAGAUGGAAAGGGGAGGAAAACCCACCAUAUAUGUAAAUAUUUUCAGCGCCAAAAGAAAACACACAGAAAUCUGAACUUCUUUUCUGCUGGGAAAUUUGUUUUUUAUUUUUUGGACCAGGCUGCUUCUUGCGGGCGGCUGUUUCCAAAACAUGUGGUUCCGUAGGCAUGUUUGUGGAUCUGCUCUUACGUUAUGUGAUACGUUUUUGGGCAGAUUUCGAUAGCCGUGUAUUUAUUUUUAAUGCAUUAUGAAUCUAGACCUAUAAUCCACCCCAAUCCUUUUGUGGCUCGGGGUGGCUGGCACAGCAUCCGUUCUCAUCAUGUGGCCUCUUCCUUCGUCCAGAGCUGACAUUAAAACUUUACAUUAAGGUGAUUUUAAAUAAAUAAAUACAUUAACAUUUACGGAAUCCUCUGCUUGGGGAGGAGGCUCGGUUCUGUGAGCUAUGCAAUUCGUUCAACUUGAGCGAAUUUGCAUUAUUUAUUCCAGUUUUGCUAAUGUGGGGUCCUGAAGCACCCCCCCACCCCACUGAAAACCUUAUUCACCCCACUCCUCAGCUUUCUAAAAUUUUCAGCAGGCAUCAGAUGCCUGCUGGAAAACCAUGAGGACUAUCAGCUUUGCCAACUGUUUUUGAGAGGGAAUCUGAGGUUCUUAGGAAGCUGCAUUCUCGAUUCAAAAGCGCAUUCAAUGUUUUUUGAGGCAUCCUACCGCGCUUGGUGGGAUAUCUGUCCACUUUUCCUUGGAAACCUUCGUAGCAGAUUAUUCCACAGGCUUCCCAGGGUUGUUGUCCCCCUCCCCCCAACCCACCCCAGUUUUCUUUCCCUUUUGGGGAGAUUUCUCAAAUAUCUACAUAUAUGAUGGGUUUCCUCUUUGCCAGCAGAACUGCAGAUCAGCCUUUACCUUAGCUGCUUGCUCGGAAGGAAUGCAGCAUUGCCAACCUCCUGCGAUUUGAAACAAUAAACAAAAACAGCAUGGAGCAAACGAUAGCGCGAACCUGGCUAUGAAACCAUGACAUUAAGUCAAUUACGGAGCACAGGGAGAGCGGGCAAAGCUGCUACACUGCGGAAGAGGAAGGAGGCGAGAACCUUCUGAAAGCAUGUGCUUUGUCGUCUGUUAGACCUGUGAUAGGAAACCUGUGGCUCUCGAGACAUUGAUGGACUACAGCUCCCAUCAUCCCUGGCUAUUGGGUAUGCUGGCUGGGGCUGAUGGGUGUCGGAGUCCAUCACUGUCAUGCGGGCCCCUGUUUCCCCUUCUCUGCUUGAGAUCAAACGCUCUGGAAGGCUUUGCAAUAGCACUGCAUGAAUUUCUGUGUCACGACACCCGUGCACUCCCUGCAGCUGAGCACUAUUGCAUUUAGGAUCCCGACUCUCUUAAUUCUAACGAGCCUGUUUUUUUCCUACAACGCAACUUCGCUGAAGAAACCUUAUUUUGACGGAAUUAGAUGAUGCUCAACCUGCAUAGAUUUGUGCCUGAGAAAGCCGAAAGUUAUGAAGGAAGAAAGCUUGCUAGCUUUUGUUUGUGGGCGACACGUGCACCUGUUGCACAAUCUUGGAAGAGACAUUUCCUCCCUGUGGGGCGGGAAAGGAGGAAUACCUCUUUUGUGGUUGGGGUCAGGGAUAGGGGCGGCCAGAUCUGUGUGUCUCCAGUCCGCUUCAGAUUCGCAGGUGUUGAAUCAUGACUCUGCUUCAUCCUGUUUUGCAUUGCUCUAUAAAAGCUUCAAGAAAGUCCACACAUUUAGGGUAGGCAUUUUACCCUUAGCAAUGACGACGACAAUAAAUAUGCUACAGGGUCUUCUGGUUAGAGAGUGAGCUUUCUAUAGAAGCAACAUUUCCACAAGUCCUCUUCCCUAGAUACAUUUUCUGAGUGGGGGUUGUUGGACGAUGCUAGAGGUCUGCAGGGAUUUGAGUAUUGCACAAGAUUACUAAUCAACCUAAGAACAACAAUAAUUAAUAAUAAAAAUUUUAGAUGCACAGCACACUAAGGUUCCAGGGUUUCAGGGAUGCAAUCUGAGAUGUCAAGUAGCUUUGGUCACCUUGUGUGGAUUAUGGAGCCCAUCAUCUCAAGCGCAAAAGACCAGGGCAAAGAGGUGUAUCUUCAGCAUAAAAUGAAAGCUGUAUAGUGAAGAUGUAUUUUUGUAUGCAAUUUGCAUACUUGGGGGACUUUACCCUAAAAUACGCAUUUUGGUAUAUGUUCUGGGAUCUCUUGCCUGAGAGCAGGGCUGUUGUUGGUGGGUGGCCCAGGGGUCACAAUCCCAGGGUCUUUUACUGGAGGUCCCCAAUCUUCUACCCUUCCCAACCCACUUUUAAUACCAUAAGAAAAGCCUGUAAGAUCAGGCCAAAGGCCCAUCUUGUCCAUCAUUCUGUUCUCACAGUGGCCAACUAGAUGCAUGUGGGAAACUGGCAAGCAGGAGCACAAGAGCAGUCCUCUCCCCUCCUGUGGUUUCCAGUAGAGGCAGAACAUAGCGAUCAUGGCUACUAGCCAUUGACAGGCUGAUCCUCCAUGAUUGGCCCAACCCUCUUUUGAAGCCCUCCAAGUUGGUGGCUAUCACUGCUUCAUGUGGACGUGAGUUCCAUAGUUUAACUAGGCACUGUGUGAAGAAGGACUUUCUUUUAUCUCUCCUGAACCUUCCAACAUUCAGCUUGAUUGGAGGUCUACGAGUUCUGGUGUUAGGAGAGAGGGAGAAUAAGGUUUUUCAGUCUGCUUUCUUCACAUCAUGCAUAAUUUUGUAAGUUUCAACUGUGUCAUCUCUUGCCUUUUUGCUAAACUCAAAAUUCCCAAAUGCUGGAACCUUUCUUUGUAAGGGAAUCAAUCACUCCAUCUCCUUGAUCUUUCCGGUUGCCCUUUUCAGAACCUUCUCCAGCUUUACAAUACCUCUUUUGAACUGCUUUUAAGCUUCCAAAGAAAAACCCUUUGCUUAUAAGGCAGUUGCAAAAAUUGCAGUGCUGGUGGGUCCUCAGCCCAGCCUGGCCUUGUUAAUUUCCCAGAGUCAUCAAGACAUGCCGAUAAGAAUAUGCACAUUUUAAUGCAGGUAUUUGUCAUCAGACUGCGCUGUGAGUCCUUUAGCAAUGUCUCUCCUGGAAGAAGCGAGAUGAUAAUCUCCUUAUGAGAUUUAAGGAACACAGCAUGUGUAAGUAAGUUGCGUGGGGAGACUUGUGGCCAGCUUCCAAUGGUUCCUUGAAGAGUCCUUUUUUGCGGGUGCCUGAAUCAGAGAACUGUAACCCUAAAAUGUAACUCACAGAUGUCACUGCCAAAUGCCUUUCUGGCUGCCUCUGCAGGCAGGAAUUGGCGUUUGCCAAAGAUUUCUUGAUGUCACUUCUGGUUACAGGGUCCAGAAAGGGGGUGUUUUGUGUUUACCACUUCGCCUUGAAGGAGCUCAAAUAUCAAACUGAAAUUAUGCAAGCAGAUAAAAUCUCUGGCAUUCCUCCUUUGCCUGACCAGUCUGCAUGCUUGAUUCUGAACUCAGAAGUUUUGAUUCCCCCCCACAACCUAAGAACCUCCUUUUUGCCUCUGGUUUGCCUCUGUGAAAACAAGAUGUUGGGUUAGAUGGGCUCAUCCAGCAGGAUCUUCUUAUGUCCCUGUGAUCACAUUCUCCAGCCCCUUCCUGGCAACGGGCAGAUUAAUGAUUUUGUGGUAGAUUCAGUCCUUGAUCUCAGCCAGGUAGAUCCUCGGUGCUAUCUAGUCCAAGCUGGGUCUUCUGAGGAGUGUUCCAGCUGAUUUUGUUUCUGAAAACCAGAGGCAUCCAAAUUCUGCCCUCUGUGAGUUCUCUCUAGAGAGAUGCUCUGGUACCAACCUGUCUAUUUUUAUUUUCUGUCUCCCUUCUGACAUCCUUCCUCUUUCCAUUCUGACUGGCCUAGGAGGUAUUAUUCAGCAGGCAUUAGGGGUGGAAGGAUCCGUCCAUUUUGCUUCUCUCCGUUUUUCAUUUUCCCAAUAAUUAGUUCAGUCCACCACAUUUCUGCAGCAAUUUGUGAUACUUAAAAAAAAAAGAUUCUCAUAAAAAUUCGUAGCAUUUUAGUGUGAAUUUCUCCUAAUAAGCACAUUUUUGUGUGUAGUUUGGACUAAUGUACUGUACAUAUUUUUGCAAGUGCAAAAUAGCAUUUUUGCAAGUUAUUUUUCUAUAUUGUUUUCACCAAUACUUUCAUUUUUAUGCACACUUUCCGCUAAUACGUGCAUUUUUUAAACGUUGCCUGGUUGGAGAACUGCAUCACCAAAAAGAUGCUGACGCAAAUUCCUCUUGUUACCAGUAUUUGCUAUAAUUAUUUUGACUUACAUGCUUCUUUCCAGUCUCUCUCUUUCUCAGAACAAUGGUCAGGUCCUUCUUUGCACUGUUUGAUUGACUUACAAACUGGGACUCUGGCCUCCCAGCCAGUCACAGAGAAGAUGCUGGAGGGGCUGCAAUUUUUCUGUUUACAAAGAACCUCCUUUUAUGCUUGCCGUUGUCGAUUUGAGCUCUCAUAUAAGAUGCAUCUCCUUCACAUAUCUAUAAGCAGAUAUUUUACUUCACCCGUAAAUCUGAUAAGAAUUGUCUCCAGGUACCGUUCUUUUUUGUGUAUAAGACAAGGUUUUUUCCUGUUAAAAUAAUGUUUAAAAAUUGGGGUCGUCUUAUACAUGGGCAGUUCAGAGUGGGGACAGGUGAUUGGUUGCUGCCGCGAGUGGGAGGUUGUUUGCGGCGAUUGUUCUGGUGAUUGGUGGCUGCGGCGAGGGCUGCUGUCGAUUGGCUGUUGUUGCAUCAAUUGGGCGGGUGAUUGGCGGCUGCUGGUGGCAAGGGGGCUGACUAUUGUUGGCUUCUGCAACGUGUGCUACUGGCAGCAUUGGCCAGGCAAUUCCCCCCCCCCCCAAAAAAGCUCAAUAACUCAGGGCAAUCCCCCCCAAUUUUCUUAAUUUUGAGUCCCGCAAAAUAGGGGCAUCUUAUACAUGGGGGCUUGUUAUACACGGAAAAGUACGGUAAGCAAAAAAGAGAGAGAAGUGUAGCCAGUCGCAGCGGAUACCUUCCAGAAAGCCCCCUCUGUGUCUAAAAUCCUACCUGGAAAUCAGAAUCAUUUGUCGAUAUGUGUAUUCCCCAAUUGGAUUCAGAGCAAGACCCUGAUUUAUCCCACCAAUGGCAAGCCUGGAGAAAGGCUGCACAUAAGUGGUUUGCGGACCUAUUCGUUGAUCAUAGGUUCCAGCACAUAAGCUUUAGAUUAAACCCAUUUAUCAUAAGCAAGGCCGGGACACAAGGGGUCGAAGGUCGCAGGCUUCGCUAACGAAUUAAUCUGGGUGUCGCGUUCUGAGCGCAUGCUGGCCUGCACAGGUUGGGGCUUGAAAGACUGCUUGUUUCAAAAUCCUAGGGUUAAGAUGGAGUGUCCCUUAAGACCUCUUGACUGCCCUAUAAUCACAGUUAUAAGAAGAGUGCUUGACAAGUGGAUGAAAAGAUAGAUGCUCUCCCUGUCUUUCUCUUUCUCUCUCUCACACACUUCCAAUUAUAGAGAGGUUAAGGUGUUACUUGCAUUUGCCUGCCCCUUCAUAAUGUAAGUUCCCUAAACAUUAUACGGCUGCUGCUGCUGCUGCUGCUGCCGCUGCUUUGGCGAUCACUCGUAGCCGAGUAAGAUUGUCUUCCAUAAAACAUAGUUUUAACAAUGAGUCUGUAAGUGACUGUGGAGGCCAAUUCUGGAUCCACACGUCCUUCCACAGCAGGGACAUUGGUUUCCAGGCGGGAGUUGAUCACAGUGUGGAUUUGCCAAGCAUGCCUUCCUCUGAAGGCAGCCCUGUUUAGGGAAGCUUUUAAUGUUUGAUGCAUUACAGUAUUUUAAUAUUUUGUUGGAUGCCGCCCAGAGUGGCUGGGGAAGCCCGGCCAGAUGGGCGGGGUAAAAAGAAUAAAUAUUAUUAUUAUUAUUUAUUAUUAUUCAAAGCCCAUGAUACCUUUGGUAAAGGCUGUUCUCCAAUUGGAGCGCUCACAAGCGUUUCCCAAUUGUCAGUGUUUAUACUACAUUUUUUUAGAUUUGCCUUGAGACAGUCUUUAAACCUCUUUUGUUGACAACCAGCAUUACGCUUUCCAUUUUUAAGUUCGGAAUAGAGUAGUUGCUUUGGAAGACGAUAAUCAGGCAUCCGUACAACAUGACCAGUCCAACGAAGUUGAUGUUGAAGAAUCAUUGCUUCAGCACUGGUGAUCUUUGCUUCUUCCAGUACACUGGUAUUAGUUCACUGGUAUUAGUUGUUAUACAGCAAUUAGGUUUAAAACAGAAAUAAAGUGUAACACAGAAUAAUGUAGACAAAUUCAGUGUAAAAAUCACACAUAAAGCAGAAAGUUUGAAAUCUUUGUUAAGCAGCUUAAUCAACUAAAAAUCUUCCAGCUGCCAUUGAAACAAAGACAAGUGGUAUUGAAACAGUCUUUUAAGUUUCGAAGUGGUAUUUGAAAAGUCCUGAAGUGUUGUGGUUUUUUAAGUAUUGAUGUAUGUAAAUGAAGCAUAGAGCUGGCUUGUAGCUCUGUGGAACAUACCUGGGGCAAAUGCUUAAAAUGUCCAGCUAUGAUCAGAGCUGCCUAAAGUUGCCUUGAGAUGUUCUAUGCCAGCGGCCCCCAACCUUUUGUGGGUUAUGUACUGUAUGCAACACUCGUUUUCACAGAUAUCAGGAGACGAGGGUCCAUUUCAAGCUCAGACAACAGGCUGAUUUGCCCCAGUUCCCGAGUUCUUUGCAUUUAAUCUGGUGUCACCCAGGAAAGUAAACUGCCGAAUAUUUGCGAUGUACCAAAAUGUGGCACAACAGCUUCAAAAGCAGUUGCAAACAUGUGCACACACAGUUUUGACAUUUCCCCCCUCUCAGUGUGUUUGUGAAUAUUCCUGUGUGACAGAAAUAUUGGCAGGCUUUUAGCAGCUUUUACAAGUGUGGAGGAGCGAUGAUGAGUGCAUCCUUUAAGAAUGAUUAGGGCAGAUGAUUUGGAGGCGGCAGAUCUUUGUUUUGCAACCAAUUAGGCUGUGCAAGAUGAGAAGGGCUUAUCACAGUACUGGGGUAGCCAUUGAUGGUUUCAGACUCCAGGGGCUAGUUCUCUUUGAGGUGUGCCUCACAUUGUACCACUACAGGUCAGAAGGGGUUCAUGGUAUGGACUGCUCCUCCGUGCAAAAUGGCAACUCUCUGCUUGUUGAAAACUAUUAUGCAGGAAUUUCUUCACCCAACAUGGGGCUUGAACCCACAGCCCUGAGAUUAAGAGUCUCAUGCUCUACCGACUGAGCUAUCUAGCCUCGGACUAUGACUCCCAUCAGCCCUGACUUUAGCCCUGCUGGCUUAGGCUGAUGGGAGUUGGAGUAGAACAACUUUCUUGCAGGCACCUGGUAUAUAGGUUGUCCGUAUGCAAAUUUGCCGUUAUAAGGAGGAGAAUGGCAAGCUUUCAGCUUCAGUCCUAAUUGCUGAAAGUGUAGGGCAGCAUUGUCUUUUGGAGUUUUAUCUCUGUCUCGACACUUGGUUGCUUAAUGAAGAGCCCUUGAUGCUUUGUUGCCUAGGGAAGAGAGAAGGGAACGCUACUGAUUUUGUUCUCUUUUUUAAUGCUGGCUUUUAUCCUCCCGAGUUUUCCUCCAGAAGGAAAAGGAGCUAGACGGCAGACCUGAAUCCCUCUCCCCUUCAAAUUGUUGAAGCAAAACAGGCCGGGAAGGUAAAAACCUUGAGAGAAGCAUUGGAGAUAGCAGUGGCAGAAAGAGACAAAUCAGGGCUGAGUAGCUGGCCACAUCUGGAUGAUGUGAUGAACUGUUGUUUAGUGUAGCACUCAAACACAACCAGUUAUUUAGAAUGAGCCAAAGCAAGUCUUGGAUUCAUGUGCUCCCCUUGACUCCUCCAGCAUGGCCAUGAGUCGGGAAGCUCUCACUUCCGUUUUUGAUUGACUGCAGUUUAGUGUUGCAUCUGAAUGCUAAACUGUGGUUAAUCUUAACUGUGCACAAGCCAAUUUAAUAACCCAUGCUUUGUAAGUUGACUUGGAAAUAAAGGACUCCUUCAAAUAAAACUCCAUAAAGUCGAGGGGGCGGCCACACCAUUCUGUCUAUCCCUUCGUAACAAAUGACUACUGGUAAGGCCCUCUUAUCCUCCAUUAAUAUGUCCAAUCCCCUGGCUGGCCUUCAACGCAUGAGUCUCCCAGAUCUGUUCAGGAACAGCAUCCUCUCUCAUUCUUUCACUAACGUUUUCAAGUGGCCUAAUCGGUUGUGACUUUUCCUUUGAGCAAACCGGCCUUUGGUUCCUAAAGCACAGCCAGUUCCCUUAAAGGCUUGGAGUCACUGUCAUUGCUUAUCAAGCAAUAUGUAACUAGAUGGAAUAUUUUUAGCUCAAUCAGCUCAGGCCUUUUCCUCCUUUCCGCUUUUCUUGGGCUGUAACAUUUAGCAGAUUCAUUGGGGAGAUCAGGGGUAGCCUUCCAGUGAUGCUAGACUCCAAAGCCCAUCAUCCCUGACCAUUUGCCUUGCUGCUGCGGCUGAUGGGAAUUGGAGUCCAAAAACUUAUGGUGUGCCACAGAUCCCCCCACCCCUAAAUUAAUCCUGUUUUUUAAAAAACAAGAACGCAUUAAAAAAAGGCAUGCACAUAAGUGUGCAUUUUAAAAUGCAUAUAUGAGUGGAGGUAAUGCACAAAAUGCAUUAUGUUGCAGGAAAAUGCAUUGCAAAAAUUCAUAUAUUUGGCAGAACUGAGUACUAAAAUGUGCAUGGGAGAAAUUUGCACUAGAAUGCUGGUGAAUUUUCCUGAGGACUUUUAAAAAUGGCAAAGAGGUGUGGAAACGUGGAAAAGCAAAACUGCAGUUGACAGGUUUAUGCAUCCCAUCCCUGGGCCCAGGGUUCCUACAAUGAACGUGAUGCUGCUUUUGGCUUUAUUCCCAGUGCCGUAGAAAGUAAGACAACACCAGGAGGUGACACGUGGAAGGGUCAAAAUGCAGGCUGGUGACAUAUGGGGAAAUUGCAGCGUUCCGCUGAAACCAGCGGUUUACCAGUAGAAGGGGCACAGAAGCGCAAAGACGCCCUGAGGGUUCUCCAGGAAAGCUUUCAGGGCAUCAAAUUAGAUCCCUUUUUCACAUACCUUUAGAAAUAAUUGAAUGACUCAUUUUGGAGCAGGUAGGCGGGAAUAAAAUAGGAGCUGCUGCAAAUCCUCCUUAAUUGUAGAAGUUCGCAAAGGUUGUGGAAUGAGUUUUAGUCUGUCCUGGAUUAAACACUACAGAUUCCUGCAAGCAGCAAGCUAUAUUAUAGUGAGUGAGAAGGUGGAACAGACAACAGGACAGGGGUGUUUUCCAAAAGCAAAACAAAACAAAAAAAAAACCUGCAGAAGGCUACAGCAGACAAAGAGCUUUUCUGAAUUCCAAGAUCUCAUUUUUCUCUACUUUUCUGCUACUUUUUUUUUUUAAAAAAAGAAAACAAUGGCAGCUUAUUUCCUUUCAGAAAAUAGCAGAAAAGGAUGUCGCUGCCUCCCCCUCUUUAAGGAACAAAAAGAUUUGCAAUCUCAAGAAAAAUAGUUUUGUUUGGGAGGGCUGCUUAUAAAGGAGAUCUGUCCCCAGUAGGUUGGAGUAGGUUUGUUUUUAGUUAUUUACUGCACUUAUUUGUCGCUUUUUAAAUGAAACUCAAAGCGACUUAAAUAAGGCAUCCCACGUGGAGCUAUAGUAGGGCUCUCAGGUAACCGGUCUGAGCUGCUUUCAAUGAAGUUCUAAUUCUAUAAUGGGAAAGGACUUUUUUUAAAAAAACUUGGAGAUGGCACACUACUGGUGGGUGUGGCAGCAGGUGUGACUCUUUGUACAGGAGGCUGUGCUUGUUAGGACCACGACAAAGGCGGAGCACAUCUCUCCAUCCUCCAUCCAGGCAACUGAGAAACACCCUCGCGAUCCAAGGUGACAUUUGACCAUGCAGAAGCACAUGACAAGAGCUCCCAAGGGCCGGUCAGAGGGGUCUGGGGGCCAUAUUUUGCCCCUGAGCCUGAGGUUCCCUGUAAGGCAGAGAUAUGGCCUGAGACACUACAGCCCUGUUCCAACCCAGAAAGCCUGAACCAUUGGUGGGUAAGCAGGCACUCUUGGGGUGACAAGAGCAGUAUUUCCAAGCUUGGGAAUAUGAUUAUAAUUAUUAUUAUUUGGAGCGUGUUCAUCAGGUUUACCUCGAGUACAAGGCAGGCCUUAUGGCCCUCAAAUUGUUCCUUUACAGCCAGGCAGGGGAAUCUGUGACCCUCCAGAUAUUCGUGGGCUUUCAACUCCUGUUGUUCCAAGUCAGCCUGGCUUAUGGUCAAGGAGGAUGGGAGUCGCGGGCUAGCAGCGCCUAGUGGGCCACAGGCUCCCCAGCCCUUCUCAUGAUGGAUGCAGCGACUGCAGUCUGUGCUGCAGAGGGUGUCCCGGGGAAGCAUCCCUGGGGGCCUCACAGCUCACAACGCCCCCUCUCCAAGCACUGCUGCUUUCCGCCCUUAGAACACCUGUCAGGGAACUGCCAUCAGCUCAGAGGCGAGAGGUGGAAGGGCAGUUGUGUUAUAGGGAACCUCCGAAGAUCUUGCGAAGCAGUUCCUCCUCUGGCGAGGAGGAAAGCCCCGCCUCCAGUGGGGAGGAGGUGCAGGGGCCAGGAGAUGCUAGGAGAGCCUCAACACCGACCCUGAGCAAGCUGGAGAGGAGGGAAGCACCCCUUUGCCAGCGCCCACUCUGCGCAGUAGGUUUCGGCGCAGAGAAGGGAGGAGAAGGAUGGGGGGUUCACACAGCUGUUAUGCUGGUGGAGGUACAAGGACCGCCCACUCCCAGAUUCUGCUAGCGACUGAGCCAGACAUGAACUUGCGACGCUCUACACUGUAAAUAUUUUGGACUAAUAGUAAAGCUGGAAAAGACAGGUCGGAGUCUUGCCUGUUUGCUCUCGAGCGACCAGACCAACACCUGACAGCACCCAAGCCCUUGAGGGGCAAUGCCAGCAGGAAUUGUGCUUUGUGUGCCCAGAUUCAAGCAGCCCAGGCAAAGGAGGCCAGCACUGCUUUAGACCUGGCGCCAAAUGUGUGGUGGUCUUCUUUUUAAAAAAUUGAAGUUUGGGGUUGUUGUUGUUUUAGCUUUUUCUAACUUUAAUACUAAGCUGUCUUGUUUUUUUUUCACUUUAUUGAGUGGCUGGUUUGGUUUUCUGUGUUCUGUUCCUGUGUGCUGGCCUGUCAUCUGAUUUUUCUCUUCUGUUCUCUCUUUAGAAAAGUGUUAUAGCCAUUUUAUUAAACACACACACAACCCUGCCUCUAAUAUCUUGUGCCAGUAAUCCGAGACCCCUUCUUGGCACGCUGUGCUUGUUAUCCUUUCUCACAAAUAGAUAAUGGGGAGUGAGGAAAGGACAGGAAAUAGGCAGAUGUUGUUGUAUUGCCAGAGGGGAUGGAUGGAUGACAGGCAGGGAGUCGUCUAAAGAUGGCUUGUCAACAUGCACUGUACAAAAACAACCAUCUCCCCCAGCUAAAGAAGGGGUGACAUCGCUUGCAGAAACCUUUGGGGAGUUUAUGCUGCUGGGUCUUUGACUGUUCCCAGUGUGGGAGCAGCGCGACUCUUGCAUGGCCACCGUGGGAGGGAUGCCCAGUGCGAUGCCGUUUCUGCUUGCCUGUUUUCUUUUUCUCUUCCACAAAUGGCUCGCCUGUCCAAAAAUGACAAGUGAGCCAGCAGGAUGGGCUUCAGUAUUCUCUGGUUGAGCAUCCAGUGACGGCUGCUCUCGAUGUCAGGGUCUAUGUCUGUAAAGUUUCUGUGGUUUUUUUAAUUUUUGGAACUUGCUGAUACCUUUCCUUCCCCCUCUUGCUUUGCAGAGUAAAUCAACUCAUGAUGCCUCCAGCCUCUGUGAAAGUCUAAGGCGGUGAGUAAACCAAAAGAGAUGUGUGGGUCUUCUGUGUGUGUGUGUGCAGGUUGGAAGGUGGUUGCCGGGCCUUUGGGGUGAUGUGUUGAAGGGGAGCUAAAUGUGUUGAAGGGGAGCAUCUUCAAAUACCUGAAGGGCUGCCACAUGGAAGAGAGAGCAAGCUUGCUUUCCGCUGCUCCAGAGGGUAGGAACUGAGCCAAUGGAUCCAAAAUGCAAGGGAGGAGAUUCUGACAAAACCUUAGGAGUGUGCUGGCUGUUUGCCUUAAUAAACAUUGAUUGAUGGACAAAACCUUAGAAACAAGAACUUUCAUAUCUAUAUUUAUAAAAAUGGUAAAGGACCCUUGACAGUUAAGUCCAGUCAUGAACGACUCUGGGGUUGCGGCGCUCAUCUCGCUUUACUGGCCAAGGGAGCCGACGUUUGUCUGCAGACAGUUUUUCCGGGUCAUGUGGCCAGCAUAACUGAGCCGUUUCUGGCGAACCAGAGCAGCACACGUAAACACCGUUUACCUUCCCGCCGGAGCAGUACCUACUUAUCUCCUUGCACUUUGAGGUGCUUUCAAACUGCUAGGUUGGCAGGAGCAGGGACCGAGCAACGGGAGCUCACCCUGUCGCAGGGAUUUGAACUGCCAACCUUCCAAUCGGCAGGCCCUAGGCUUUGUGGUUUAACCCACAGCGCCACCCACAUCCCCAUUUAUAUCUAUAUUUUCAUUUUUUUCUGAUAACAAUUUUCAUAUGCUUACAUAUCAAAUCCAAAUUUGCAUUGACUCCCCCCCACCGAUUUCCAUUCCCCCCCUUUAUUUUGCAUGCAUCUAAUUAUAUUACCACUUAAUUUCAAAUUAUUUUUCACAUCAUAAUUCCACCCUCAGUUCAUAAAUGCUACAACAAUCCUGCUUAUGCUUCCACAUUUUUACUGUGCUCUUUAAAAUAAUCUAUAAAAAAAAUCCCCAUUCAUUAUUACAUUUUUUCUCCAUCUUGGUGCCUGAUCUUACCCAGAAAGUUUUGCCAUUUCAGCAUAGUCUAUCAUCUUAGUCCUCCAUUCUUCUUUCGUUGGUACGUUCUCUUCUUUCCACUUCUGGGCAGAAAGAAGAACUUUCUGACAGUAAGAACUGUUUGACAGUGGAACACACAACCUUCAAAGGCCUUCACUGGAGGUUUUUAAACAGACGUUGGAUGGCCAUCUUGAUUCUCUAGCUGUGAUUCCUGCAUUACGGGGGGUUGGACUAGAUGACCCUUGGGGUCCCUUCCAGCCCUACAGUUCUAUGAUUCUGUGAUUGUCUUCACAGAGAGCCCUAUGCCCACAGCCUGGAUAGACAUCUCCAUUUACUCUGCAGCCAGUGCACUCCUGCUCCUGGUUUGUGAAGCCAUGUGCGCAUGACAUUAGCCACAGUCCAGCUGUCUUGUAGGGUGUUUUGUUUUUUGUUUUUUGAGAAAUGUUGCAUUUGGGGGCAUUUACCCUAAAAACAGCUUCGAUCUGAUUUGAAAACAUAAGCCAUAUAUGAAGAUGCAUCUCAGCUGACUGAAGGCAGCUCAGAAACACAUCCGACUGUAGCAAUGUGUACAAUGACAUGCAAACGUGAUUUGAAGGGUAAUUAGGGAUGGGUGUGUGUGUGUGUAUCUUGCAGUGUUUUAAGCCAUUAAUGAGCAUAUCGCCUAAGGCAGCCUUUCUCAACCUGUGGGGUCCCCAGAUGUUGUUGGACUACAACUCCCAUCACCCCUAGCUAGCAAGGCCAGAGCUCAGGGAUGAUGGGAGCUGUAGUCCAACAACAUUUGGGGACCCACAGGUUGAGAACCUCUGGCCUAAGGCUUCCUUGCGGCCAGGAAGCCUGUGAAACCACAAGGCGGAAACGUUUGUGUCCGUAAAGCUUUAUAGGGCAUUGAAAAAUUCGGAUGAGUGCGAAUUUUGAAGGCUUGGCUCCUUUGAUUCGUGCAUAUUCCUUUCAGAACGACAAAAUGGGAAAUGUUUGGCUUUAAAGGUAUGCUGAAUUGAGUUGCUCCUCUAUCCAUGCAUUGGAAAUGCAGUGGGUUUGAGUAGGCGGACUUCAAGGCUCCCCUCAGUGACUCUUAAAUUGAACAGAGCAUUCCUAGAAGGAAGCAGCGAAAGGCUGCGCAGGGCAUCUACUGGAGUCAUAAAAGGAAUCCGGCCAUCCCAGUAGGAGCCUUUGCACAAUCCUAUUAAGUAGCUCUUACAGUUGCGAUUAAAUUUAAUCGUAUGAACACCAAGGGAUUCAUUUGACAGUCCUUUUAGUCUUUUUUAAUCACUUUAGGUACAUUAUUAGGCAAACAGGCUUUUCAAGUCUAUUAGUAGCUCAGCAGCCCCUCCAUUUUUAAUACAGAAAAUGCCACUUCAGAGGGAGCAGUUAGCCUCUAGAAGUGGAAGCCAUUUUCCUGCUCCAAAUCCCCACCUCCAAGUCCACAAUGGCUUUUCCCACUCUGGGGGUUCAAAACUGGGUGAACCUCUUGCUUCCUUUAGCUGAUCCCAGUCCCAAAAUGUGGCUUAAAUAUUGUAUUGCUUAAAUAAUAGUUUCAUUGCAUAUAUUUGCAUGCAGCAAACCAUUGCAUAUUUGGGCAUGUAACAAACCAUUGCAUAUGUUUGCAUGUAAAAAGCCGCUGGGGAAAAAACUUGUCUGGUCUUAUAGCACAUAAGUGGGAGCAUCACAUGACCUGUAGCUGAGGGGAGAUGUAGGUCCUUCACUGAAGCUAAGCUGAUCUGGGACUAGUCAGUUCCUGGAUGGAAGGCCACCUGGGAAUGCCAGUGUUAGCCAGCUUGAGCUCUCUCACUGCACAGACAGGAUGUGACUGUUGUAAAAUAAAUCGAGAGAGUCACAAUUUAAUUACAGGUUGUCACUCAUUGCUAGAGGAGAAUGCUAUGUUCACUCUUUAAUUUUGCAAGAACAGACUAGAUCAGCAGAACUUAAUACUUUGGCAUAGUAGUGUAUUUAAUAAGGGCCUGAUCGGAACAGAUCCAUGUCCUAAAAAAUUGCUUUGUAUCUGAAGCAGCUAUAAAGGAAAAUUAAGCCUAAGACUUAUCACCGCUUACAGCCGUGUGCCGUCAUGAGGAACAGGAGAAUAAAACCCUGUUUAGGUAACUUCUAAGUCUUGGGCUAUCUGAGUUGAUAAAAUUGCCCAAGCAUGGAAUUUUAAAAUCCUACAUUGAAACCAGGAAUGAAGUCAGGCCUUUACCAUCCUCCUGUAUUUCCAUCUUUACAAAUACAGUCAUACCUCAUGUUACAUUUGCUUCAGGUUGUGCGUUUUCAGGUUGUGUCCCGUGGCGACCUGGAAGUACCGGAAAGGGUUACUUCCGGGUUUUGCCGCAUGCACAGACGCGCAAAAUGCCGUCACAUGCAUGCGCAGCAGUGAAUCGCGACCCGCGCGUGCGCAGACGUGGGUUGCGUUCUUUUCAGGUUGUGAACAGGCCUCCAGAACGGAUCCCAUUUGCAACCAGAGGUACCACUGUAAGCAAAUUGCCUGAUGCAGCAGACUUCCAUAGAAAACAACUGAACCUGUCUUCCCUCCCUUACUUCUGGCCCAGUUCUGCAGCCUGUUGGAUUAUGGCCACACAUAUUCCCGUUAGUGGUCCGAGCUAAUACACAUCCAACUGUCUCCCUUGCUCUGAAAGCUUGUGUGUCUCCUUUCUUCCAAGCUAACUUGCCUUUGUUCCUUCUGCACAGCUGACGUCCCGGAUGAUGAAGGAAAGCUUUUGUGAGCUCCGGCGGCCGCCGAACCCCAAAACGAGCACCUGCAGGAGACACCCUCCCCCCUCCGAUCCACCCUUCCCGGAACAUGGAGCCGCGGGAAAUUCAUCCCGGGGAACCGAUUACGCAGCAACAUGGUGUUACUUCAGCCAGAGGAGAGGGGGAGUCCGUCGGAGCACAUCUCAACAGACGUGGAGUCCUGUGCUUUUGCGGUCUUGCCUAAAGAAGAUCUCCCGUCUCCCCUGCUCCAGAGGGAAGGGACCUUCCUGGCUGGCAUCUUUCCCAAAAAGUCACUUGGAGGACCGGUGUACAGCUUUGCUUUCAGCUCCAUGAAGAUGCUCCCUUGGGUCAAUGGCAAAGACUCCCUGCCCCAUUGAACACACUGCUGCUCUUGCCAUCCAUCUUUUGUCUCCAUCCAGAGGCGUCAUCCUAGUUGGAGAAGCAGAGCCUCGGCUUUGGGUUGUGAAAGCCAAGAUCCAUUUUGUAUUAUUGAAUCAUGGCAUAGGACACUUUCUGCAGGAAGUCAAAAAGAUUGGGCCGGCUGGGCAUAUUCACAUACAUACAUAUAUAUAUAUUAUUUAAAGGUGUUCUUUGCACUAGCAGGAAGCUGCUGGAGCUACCUCAAGGCCACUGCAGGGUUUGGUCUUGGCCAGGAAUUUGGUGUUUUAACUUUCUACUGGGGAAUCCAAGCGUAAUUUCAAGCCCUUUGAGGGGUGGGGAGAAGCAACAGGGAAAGCGGCGGCGUGGGCAGCUUUAGCCGAGAACGUUACCUACCUACUGAUGGUCCUCCGGGUCAGAAAUGAAGCUGCCCAGAGUGUCCGUUUCUUUAAAUGCAAGUGAAUGUGAGAUAGUUGCUGCUUUUGAGUCAAGGUCAGGUCGGAGAAGAACCGCUGUUUCCUGCUGGAGUAAAAUGCUAUGGGAGUAGGUUGAUGUUGGGGAACGCUUUGAGUAGGGCAGGCUGUGGUGGAGCCACAGUGAUCCCACCCAAAUCCCGAAAUCUCCAGCCUCUGCUGUUCCAAGAAAUUUGUGUUUUCAGAAAGAUCCUGAUUGGCUCCCGGUAGCACCUGUCAACUCACUCAGAGAAGCAGAAAGAACGUGAGGGUUAGCAGCAGGGGCGAUUUCUGGUGUGUUGGAUUUAACAUCAGCCAUCUCUUGUCAGUGAACAUGCACAUAUAGUCAGGAAUAUUGCCUCCCACCUCUUGCAAGGGCCAGGAGGGUAGUGACUCCUGUGGGGGUUCAAGGCUCUGCUGAAAGGUUGUAGUACCUUGGAAGAUGAAGGGCCUGCCAAGUUGCAUGGUAAAAAGGGUAAAGGGACCCCUGACCAUUAGGUCCAGUCGCAGAUGACUCUGGGGUUGCGGCGCUCAUCUCGCUUUAUUGGCCGAGGGAGCUGGCGUUUGUCCGCAGACAGCUUCCAGGUCAUGUGGCCAGCAAGACUAAGCUGCUUCUGGCGAACCAGAGCAGUGCACGUUAACUCCGUUUACCUUCCCGCUGGAGUGGUACCUAUUUAUCUACUUGCACUUCGUGCUUUCGAACUGCUAGGUGGGCAGGAGCUGGGACCGAGCAACGGGAGCUCACCCUGUCACGGGGAUUCGAACCGCCGACCUUCUGAUCGGCAAGUCCUAGGCUCUGUGGUUUAACCCACAGCGCCACCCACGACCCUAAGUUGCAUGGUACACGGUGCCACUUCUCCACGACAGAUCCCUGAUAGAGGUGUCAGCCCCUUCAACUUCCUGUUGUUGGUGCUACAAGCUUUCUGCAGCCGAGUGGGGUGGUGGAGACAAGCAAGCUAGCUUCACACACACAUAGACACCGCAAGUCAGGUGUGUCGGAGGGCAAACUUCUGAAGCAGGGAGCCUCUUCUGUGCAUGAACCCCCGAGGAUAAGGACUCCAAAAUGUGCAGGGAGCUCAACAGGAAUAGCGGCAGGGGGUGGGAUUGUGUAGGACAUUUGUUCCCCCUUCACCUGUUUACUUGACUUGGAUGUAGAAAGCCUGGAGCAGGCUACAGGCACAUAGGAAACUGCUCUCCAGAAGAGGCCUAAAAAAUACAAAGCAAAGAGACAGUGGAACUAGGUUUACUGUUUAUUAUACGCACCCACUUUUGCAUUGGAAAGCUAUGAGCCAGCUCUGGGAUUAGGCUGAAUUUAUUUGCCAGAGAGAAUGGUGCUGUGGCAGGGAGAGCAUAGCUGUCAGGGCCUGGAGGGGAAGAUAUUACCAUGGUCUGAAUUUCAGCCACAGAAGAACAUUAAGAAAAAGGUGCGCUCUCAGAGCAUAAAUCAGGUCAAAGCAUCACCACGCAAGAUGGGAAAGUAAUCUUGACCUCCACCCUCAUCAUCUCCCCCCAUCUCCUCAAAUGUUCCACCUUUCACCCUGCCUCUCACAGCCGGGCUUUUGUCAUUUGCUCCGUCCUCCCCCCCCCCGUCUUUCUUUCCUUGUAAAGAGACACUUAAAAACAAUCGCUUUGGCAAAUGGUGAAAGGGAUGGAAAUGUGACGUACGUUUUCUUGUUAUACAAGGCAGGACUCGAACCAGUUUUCUGAUUUUCUUUCAGAAGCAAAACAAAAACAAAUAAGACGAAAAAUGGCUAUUUUAUAUUUUAAAGAGCAAUGAAGUUGAUUAUGGAUCUCAGAGUAUAAGAAGAAGAAUUAAAUAUAAAUAUAUGCAUUAUGUAAAUUAAGAAAUAAAGCUAUUUAAACACUU